AGUCACUUCAGCCAUAGGUUUACUGCAGCACAUUGCACUUAAUCUUGCCUUACACAGGACAAAAAAUACGGAAUUUGUGUGAGAUUUAACAAUCCUCUUUGCAAAUAGUAAUUGCUUUGGAAAGAAAAGAAGAUGUGCGUAUUGGAGGGUUAUAUGAUUUAUAAAAAUACACUACAGAAAAACAUUUGAGGAGCAAGGUGGAACAAUUAAUUAAGCAAGGAGGCGUAUCAUGUCAUUCAACCACUCCUCUCUGUCAGGCUUUGCUUCCGUGUUUACACACCCACAAAAAACAGGACACCAGCGGCCGUCGGAUGAAUGUUUACCGAGCAGGCAUAGAGUGGUGGUGAGGGAAGUGACAGUCACACUGGAGGCUCGGUAUAUGGUGAAACGCAGGUGAUUUCAGCUUCCACGGUUGCAUUUUACAGCGGAAUGUUCACUCGAAGGGGGCAUGGGGACGUCAAGAAAUCUACACAGAAAGUUUUGGACCCAAAGAAGGAUGUUCUUACCCGACUCAAACACCUCCGGUCACUGUUAGGUGAGUGAAAUGUCACCGGGCUUUGAUGCUGCAGGCUCGCUGAGGCUCGGCUAGUUGGGCUAAGCUAGCUGGUAUCAGCCGACAGCUAACGUCAAACAAGGCGUCAGGUUAGCUGGCUGGCAGGCAUUGUGUUGACCAAUGCAAGCUAGCGGACAGGUAACAUUUAUUCACACAAUGAAAAAUGUCACAUCCAGAGAAAUGUGAACUUUUCAGUGCUCAACGCGAGUUCAUUUAUAUCGUUUUAGUAUUCGUAAAAAGACAAGUGAUACUGGAAAUGCAUGGAUGCUAGCAAAUAUGAGCUAGCUCCCCUGGCGGCCAGCAUGCUAGCAAAUGCUAACUGAUGCUGCCUUGACUGAAUAUGAAGAGCAGGUUGAAGCAAAGCAUUGAUCUGUCAUUCAGACACAUGUCAGCAAGGAUCUUCUGAAAUGAGGAGUGCAUCCAACUUUCUAGCUCAAGAAAAAAACACACAAGCAGCUGUUUGGAAAGCAUCAAUAACAAUUUAUUUACUUUGAGUUAAUGUAAGAAUGGACCUUGCAUCCAGGGGGGUAGCCUGGCUCAGAAGCAAUGAAGCUACUGGUAGUUAGCCCUAAAAUAAAUGAUUUUAAAGCCACUAAACUGUAAUCUGUCAUACUAAUGUGGCCCUGUAUUUCAAAAUAAAAAAAUCUAGCAUGACAAGGAAGUGCAGUGUUUAGGGCAGUCAUAAACCUGAUAUGUAGCUAUUGUUUUACUCCUCUCUUCCUCAACGUCCAUAAUAGAGAUAUGAAAUUGAUCUGAUGUAAUCUGACUUUUGCUGCACUUUACAGAUUAGUAUUACACCAAGUGGAACUGGUUUCUAAUCCAUUAUCUCUCUCUCUCUCUUUCCAUCUAUAUAUGUAAAGAAUCCAUGUUGAAGGUUUCUUUGCCACCACUCUUCAGCAUAACAUCUGCAGUUAAUCAUAUAUGCAUUAUUCAGUCAUUGCAUAUCACCUGGGUUGGCUCAUUUUAUCACAACCUAAGUGACCCUUAUAUAUUAUAUAUAUAUAUAUAUUUAGACCUGGAGCUCUGAGACCUUGUUUCUUCAGUGGUCAGUGAUUAUUGUGUGGAGUAGAAGAAGUUUAUUAUGAGGAAUUAUUAAGGUAUAAAAGAACUGCAAAGGGCUAAAAAAAAAAGUGCAUCGACUGUGUAAUGUACAGUUCUCCAGUGUUUAGGUUAAAGUAGGUCACUUUAUGUUGUUUUGUCAGUUUGUCCACAGUAGGGAUGCACACCCACACAUAUUGAGUUCUUGCAUGUGUUUUCUAAUCAAUAUAUCCUAUUUUGUGCUGUUUAGAUAACUCACUGCUGAUGAAAUUCUCCCUUUUUAUAGUCAAAUGUAAAGAUUUAUCACAACAGACCCGAGUUGUCAUUUAUCAAAAUACACCAGACCAGACUUACCAUAAAAAAAGUUUUUUAUAUAAAGCAGUCUAAUUAUAUUAACAGUUUAUUUCAACAUAACUUGAUCUCACUUAAAAAGAGUUGUACCUGAGGACAAAGUGCCUUUGACAUGCUUAGUGUUGAGCCAUUAGUUUCUGCCCACUGGCGCCCUUUUCAUAUUGGUGUGUUAGCUGUUUUAUUGAUUUCUGACUCAGUGGUACAACUACAGCAGUCAGUAUCAGCUUAAUAGUUACAGUGGCUUGGGCAAAACUGGUUAAUAUGGUAACAUCUUUUUUCCACCCUAAAAGCGGGCCUUCAGUGUCAAGGGUAGUUCAGCCCAAGUGGAGGUCAAUCCACAGCUGUACGUGUCCUAUCUGUUUUUCUUUCCCUCAUGUGCAGUUAGAGAUAAGGCUGGUCUGUUUGUCCCGCAGCUGAUAGUCAGACUUACAUGUUGAUGUCCCCCAACCACCCUAAUUUCAGCAUGCUUUCAGCUGAGGAAGGAUUUCCUCCUGGCUCUGCUGGUUCCUGUGUGGACAGGAAGCAGUGGUGAAAGAUGGGGUGUUGUGGCAGACAGGACAGGGGCUCAAGAGAGUACUGUUGGCCCCCCUUCCACUACAGUCAGUAUCUUGUAUUUUUGUUAAUCAUCCUAGUCAUGAUACUUGUAAGACUAAAAUGUAUUUUUGAUGAAAGAGAAGCGGUCCAGCCCAAUCAUCAAAUAACAGCACUAAUGAUGUAUCUGUCAAGUAGUAUUAAAUAAGACUGUUGACAAACCACAAUAACUCACGACAGAAAAAGUGGGCGCAGCAAUAUUAAAUGGCAAGUCAGCCAGCACAGUAAUUUCCAUUAGCUUUCUUGCACUCCCCUUGCCUUCUCACUGUCACACCUGUAAGGAUGGGCAUGGCCUAAAGUCAUGCUACCUACUGACUAGAGAUGCACCGCUCCAAUUCGAUACCGAUACCUGGGCUGAGCGUAUUGGCCGUUAUCUGAUAAGAUCUCAGGCUUGACUUUAGCCUAACUAAAAAAAAGUAACAAAUUAACACAGGUAUACAUUUUAUUUAAUAUUAUUUAUUAACAAAUAACAAAUUGCACAUUAGCACACAGCAAAAAUAAGUAAGACUUCCAUGUAAACAUUUAGUGCAAGAGGAUAGACAGACAUAGAAUAUAGAGCAAACAGAAUCGCUGUGUUGCUGUGUAUGAUAUUUAUUAAAAGACAAAAAAAAAAAGACUGGAUCGGAACGCUGAAUCUGCGUCAUUCAUUAGACAUCCGAUCCAGUUCAUUUGUCAGUAUCAGAGCCAAUAUCCGAUCCAAAUAUCAGAUCGGUGCAUCCCCACUAUUGACCUUUCUUGUUACUGUAGUUCAAAAAGGCUCACUGUAUAAUAAUUCAUUACAUAUAAUGUAUUUAAUUCAUUACAUACAAUAUAUUUUUGGACCCUACACACACACACACACACACACACACACACACACACACAAUUUAGGCACAGGAUUUUUUGGGGCUUUAACCUGUGAGAAUUGCAGUUAAAAGUAUUCUUUAAUAUUUGACCUAACCUUUGUCAAAGACCCUUGUUCACGAAGAUUCUACAUAAAUAUUUUGUAGACUUUGUUUAACAGUCUCUCUUGGUUUGUAGUACCAAAACCAGAAUUGUGUUUGGCCAGCUUGUUGAAUCUAUUCAUGGCAUGUGUUGUAUUGGAAUUGAAAGUACAAUCUGUGGUCUGGGCUAUUUUCAGAGUGGCCCUGUAUUGGUUUUCUGCUCACUGAGCAGAUCUGUGGGAUAGAGUGUGAAAGCUGCUGCAUGUUAAUUUGCUGGUCAUGCCUGGCUGGAUUUGGCUGAGGUUGUUAAUUACAGGAGCCCAGCAAAUCACCUGAUCACUUUACUCUUACUGGAGGGAGGAACAAACAGGGAUUCCUCACUCUGAGACCACUCUGCUUCCUGUUGCAUAUUACUGACAUUAUUCCCUCCAAAAUAAGACUGAAAAUGAGAUCAAAAGGCCAGUAACACUGACAGGUAUUGACAGGUAUAUACUUCCUCUUUUGGGGCCAUAACUGUUAAUUCUCUAAGGGAAGACUUCUUACUUGUUCCUGCCAUUUAAAGGACAGAGUGCUAAACUGCUUUAGAUUCAGUCGGCCCUGCUGAUGUAAGGAGUGAUUUGGUCUGGAAGGUGUGUUUGCUCCCUUUUGUUCCCUACAACUGAUAAAAACAAGCUCAUUCUGAAUCUGUGGUGAGCUGUAUGGGGACAACAGGUAAUGUUUGUUCGCGUUUGUAGUGACAACAGUCAGGUGUGUGUUUGUAGCAGCAGGGGAGGGAGUUUUCACUGCUGCCAAACGCAGUACUUUUUAAGGGAGCUCAGAACUCUCAUCCUCAGGAAAAAAGAAAUAUAGUGUCAUUACAGUUACUUUCUCUGUCUGAGUGCUCCAAGUGUUGCUGGAGUCAGGGUCGACUGAAAGAGCUGCUGUUAUGAGAGGAAAUCACAAGGUGAAGCACCAAAGGAAACAAUGGGCUCCACACUGAAAGGGCUCUCGAGAAGGUCUUCUGUGUGGCUAAAGUAAAGGCUGAGAUUACUCGACUUCUGAUUCUCCUCUUUAGUGAAACACUUAGACUUGUGAAUAACUUCAGGCUCUUAUCAUCUUUUAUCCCACACUAUGUGGGAAUGAUAUCUACACUCAAGAGUAGUACUGUGUAGCCUGCCAUAAAUAGAUUUUUAUUAACUUUCAGGAUCUUAAGGCUUUUUGUCUUCUGUUUCUUUUUACAGGCUGUCACACACUGAAUUUGAUUGAUGUUGUGAUGUAGUCUUUGUGAGGAAGUAUAAAAACCACAAGGCACUUGACUUCCACAGUUGUGAAUUGUUUUUAUUCCAGAUAACUUAGCAGUGUUGUGUAUCACAAUAACAGUUCUAACCUUUAUAAGACAGUGGAUGAAAAAGAAGAAGAACUUUAUUGAUUCAUGAAGGGAGAUUCAAUGAAUAAAGCAUUUAGACACUGAUUGGACAAAACAAAUCUGUACAAAUUGACUUGAACUUCAUACCUGUACAGAAUAAAAGAAAACUCUGCUCAUAGGUUGAAGCAUCUUAAGCAGUAAGUAGUUUGUUGAAGGUAUGUCAGGGACACUUUAAUUGCUGUUUGAGGCUUGCUUUUGAUUUUUUGUUUGAGGCUUGCUGAUACUUCUGUCAGGUUUUGCGCUGGCAUAGCCGAUUAUGAUAACAGCCUCUACCGUUGAGUUGGAGUUUUAUGUUUCAGUGCUAGCUCUUGGCGUGUGGGGCAGCUUGAGUAAGAGAUUGGACAAGAAAUUAGGAACAUCAAUGCAGUAUCACAACAUCUACAGGAUAUAUAUUUCUUGAGCCAAUACCAAUAAUGGAUAGUAGUUUUCUCCUGAUGGCUGAUAUCUGUAAGAUUAUAGAUUUACAUUUACAGGUGCAUCUUAAUGAAAUAGAAUAUCAUCAAAAAAGUUGAUUUAUUUCAGCAAUUUAGUUAAAAAAGUGAAACUAAGAUGUUAUAUAGAUUCAUCACACAUAUACUGAUAUAUUUCAAGUGUUUUUUUUUUCUUUUCAUUUUGAUAAUUGUUACUUAUAGCUGAUGGAAACCCCCAACUGUUUCUCAGAAAAUUUUAGUAUUACUUAAAACCAAUUAAAAAAAGGACUUUUAACACAGAAAUGAUGGACUGUUAAAAAGUACUUGGUUGGGGCUCCCUUUACAUGAAUUACUGCAGCGAUGUGGUGUGACAUGGAGGUGAUCAGUCUGUGGUACUAAUGAGGUGUUCUAGGACCCUCAUUCAUAGGGAAUUGAGGUAGUACAUUUGUAAUAAUGAUAAUAAUAAUUUAUAGCACUUGCUGAACAUAGAGCCUAAAGGGCUUUCAAAAUAAAAUGCAAUGUUUAAAUUCUAUUAAAACGAGAAUUUAAAAAUAAAUGAUUAUAAAUACAACAAUUAGAAAAGAUGGUAGUAACAGGAGUGACAUUAAAACACAAAGGUUUUGUCUCAAAGUUUUUGUUGUGAUGUCUAAAAUUAUUGUACAUCUUGUUGCAGGAGUGAGUGACAGAAUGGUAGGGAGAAGGUCUAAGUUCAAGGAUCUUUAGAUGUUGGAAAUCUGGGCUUCUCAGCAAUCAAGAGUCAUGCAUGAGGGCAAGGCCAUGUCCAAGUUACUAGACAAUAAAGCAAGGAGAGAGGAAUCACACAUUUCAUGAGUGUGACACCUUCAAAAGACACAGGAGAGGGAAGUAGUUGUCGAUCAAACCACAAGCCACAAAUAAUUACUGCAAGUGACAGUCAAGGAAGCACAGCAUGACAAGGUUCCAGUAUAAGUGAACAGGGAAAAAGCUCAGGAAAGCCAGGCAACUCAGCAUAGAUUCACUGGGUAAUCAAGAUGGUCUUGUCACACUUCUCAUUCAGCUUCAGCUCGGAUAUGUCAGAAAAUUUUGGUCAGAUGUUCUCAGACAGUGAAUUUGCCAAACGGUUUUCAUGCGGUGCAACAAAAUCGGCUUACCUUGUAUGCUUUGGCCUGUGUCCAUAUUUGGAAGAGCAGCUGAUCAAAGUUGUAAGAAAAGCACAGUGCUGUGUUGUGUCUUUUGAUAAAUGCCUAAAUAAAGUGACACAGAAAGAACAAAUGAAUGGUGUUGUGUGGUACUGGAGUGACUGUGAAGAGAAGGUAGCUGUGCAUUAUUUUGGUUCAGAGUUUUUGGGACACACUCAAGUGGAGAAGCAUUUUCAAAAUGAUCCUGUCUCCACUUGAUCCUAAAAAGCUCUUGCAGAUCUCAAUGGAUGGCCCUGUGGUCAACUAGAAGUUCCCUAGAAUAUUACAAGAGGACAAGAGCAAAGUAGACCCAAGUUGUGGUCUGCAUGUCAUGCAUAGAAGCUUUCAAUGCGGGGAGAAAGAAACAGGUAGGAAGGUGGGAGAUGUCCUGAGAGCUCUUUGGUAGUUGUUCCAUGAAUCACCAGCAAGGCGAGAUGACUUCAUUCAGGUGACCAAAACAAUGUUUCCUCGAUGGCUGGAAGAUCUAGCAGUUGCCGAGCGGGCGAUAGAAGUGUGGUAGGCAGUCCAGGAGUACAUUAGCAGCCACAAGAAACUUCCAAAAAGUAAAGUGCCAUCAUCUGCAUCCUACUGUUGAGUAGAAAAGGACAGUGAUGGCCUACUUUUUGAGUCUUUUGCAUGUGUUGCUCGACAGUGAAAGCCUUUUCUGGAGACAUUCCAAACAGAUUGCCUCAAUGGUGCCGUUUUUAGGAGCUCCAGUUCAUCCUGAUAGGCUUGCUGGCUCGCUUCAUCAAACGGGAAGAGCUGGAGAAGAUAAAAUCACCUGUCCAGGUGCAGAAACUGGAUCAAAAGACAAAACAAUACAUGUGUCGCUCAAACAGCUGGACACAGGAUUUGCCACAAAGAAAACUUUGGAGGAGGCAUGCAAUAAACUCCAGAAUAAUCCAAAUAAUAUACUGGCGUUCAAGAAAGAAUGUGUCUCCUUCCUUGUCGUGACCUGCAUGAAAAUCAUGGAGAAGGGUCCUUUUAUGUAUCCGGCAGUGCGGCGCAUGGGCUCCCUUGACCCUGUUGUAAAAGAACCUGAAAUUGCAAUAGCAGUGUUUGAGAAACUUCUUCUGGUUCUCCUCAAUGCAGGAUGGUACACUGCUGCCCACUGUGACAAAGUUCUUGCUCAGUAUAAAGCAUUUUCAUUGCAUGUCAGUGCAAACCAUAAAACAGAGUUCCAAGAUUUGGUUUACAGCUGCAGGCUUGAUGAAUUUCUUAGAAGAAAUGUCAGCGGCAGAGCAGAGUAUGCAGCACUGUGGGACCUAAUGAAAUCUCUCCUCUCACUGUCUCAUGGACAAGCUGUAAUAGAAAGGGGAUACUCUGGGAACAAGGACAUGCUUGUAGAAAACCUGAAGGAGAGGACUCUAGUAGCAUUGCGUCUGGUCCAGAAUGCAAUGGCUGGACAUGCCAUAGACAAAGCACUACCAAAAGAACUCAUUCAACACUGCAAAGCAGCAAGAAUGAGGUAUGUGCAGUACCUGGAUGAUGAUGAAAAGAAGAAAAAUACCAAACUGCUAAUGAGAAGAAAAGAAAGGACCUCCACCAAAAAAUGUCAGAUGUCAAAGUAAAUAUAAAAGCAGGGAAUAAUGCAAAGCAUUGAGACGAUGCAGAAAGAGGCAGACGAAAUGGCAGUCAGGGCAGAGAUAAAACAGACUUCGCAUUACUGUCGAAAUCAAAUGCCUUUUGCAAAUGUGUAGCAGAGAAAAGGAAAGAGCUGGAGGUUAGAGUAGAGUUCUACUGAGGUCAAUUUAUGCACUUUAAUUUCACUUAUCCUCUAAUUGUUAUUUAUUUAUUUCAGUAAGACAGCUUCCAGAUUCCUUUGCUGGUUCUUUUGUUUUUUACUUAUUUAAUUAUAUAUUUUUUGAGCAAAGAGAAAGCUGAGAUGUUAGUUGUCCAUUGGUUGCACAAAUGAAGUAAGGUGCUGUACAUCUGUGGUUACAUUAUUCUCUACUCCAUUUGCCAUAAUUUUUUAAGCAUGUAAGAGAUGAUUUCAUAGAUAGCCAUAGACUGCAAAGUAGGCUUCCACUGAGAGGAACAUAAUGGACUAUUUAGGAACUAAAUUUAGACUUCCAUACCAGCUUAACCAUCACUGAAGAUGUCCUGGAAAAUGAUCUCUGGAAAAGAGUGGGAACCCUGAAAUAAAAAAGUUAUUUAAAUCGACAUGUUGCUCCCUUAUGUGAUCGUAUCAUGAUCAGUUCCUUUAAACUUACUAAUUGGUGAUAGGCCACAAAAAUCCUGAUCAUGCAAAACCUAGGGAACUGGUACCUUCCCUCAAUAAUUUAUGAUGCCACUGGAGAACAAGUUAGUAAAGUUGCGAGUGUACAGAAUACAGGAGCAGUACCCCACCAAAAAUAUAAAUUCAUGUCUGUUAGGGAUUGACUUUGCAAAGUCAGCAGAAACCGUUUAUAUACGUCUCCUGCGGAUCUAAACGAUUUCUGCCGACUUUGCAAAGUCAACUGCAGAAUUAACGGCGUUCUGAAUGAACGGCGCUUUGAAAAGUCCCGCAGCAUGUGUUAGACGUCACCAUCUACACAUGGACCAAUCAGGGGCUGCCUUUCCCUGUUGUUCGGGGAACAGUGGAAACACAGUCACUGAUUGGCCCGGUUAUUUUCUGAUCGCUAAUACAUGCUCCCAAUGGGCCGAAGUCCAGACUGUUGUGGGAAGGAACGGCAAGUGAUUCACGCAAGAGGACGGCCCAGCCAGGCUAUCAAAAACAUGGAUUGGAAUGAAAAUAUUUUUUAUCGUUAACGCCAGAAUAGCAAAACGUAUUGUGAUAAAUUUUGCCAGUCCCUUAUGGCAGUCCUUAUUUCUACAGUUUAGCGAUAUUUGAGCCUUUCUAUAAAUUGGUAGCAAUACUUUGAAUGUAAAUGAAGUCCCCUUAGUCCCACACUGUACAAAUACUUUUGUUAGAGUUUUGCUGUGCGCACAUUAAUUAAACAGAAAGGAAUAAAAGAUUACUAGUUAUAUAGUUUGUUUUAUGACUUGAUGUACAGUUCAAAUAUACAGCUUUAUAGAAUUAACCUUGUUUUUUUCUAUCUUGAGUUUGUUUUAAUUUUGUCUUGUGUUUCAGAGCUUCCUUAAUUUGGAGCACUGUAUGAUAUAAAUCACAUGGUGUGGAAUGAAAGGCUUUUUCUUUGCUGACCUGAUAGAGAGCCAGAGAUAGGAAAACACUAGUGCUCUGUGUUCUGCUCUGGAUGAUAUCUGUGGGAUUUAACACAGCACGUCAAAGAACCAGUUUGUCCAGUUACACUGUGUACCUGUCCUGCUUUUGUAAUAGUCUAACCAAGCCCAAGACUUGCAGUUGACAGUUGCAUCAUUACUUUUUAUAUUUAUCAAGAAUUGAUCUGAAAGUGGACUUUAAUUUAAUGUGUCCUUUCUGAGUGCCGAAGCUCAAGCUAAUCUGCUGUGGAUUUUCAGGUUUAAAGCCUUAGGAAAAUAAACACUUGGCUCUGGCUUGAAGUAUUAGCAAACUUGUUAAAGAGCAUGCUGGCAACAAUUUUGUGCAAGGGGACACUUAAGGAAAACUUCUUUAUUGGAAACAAAGACUGCAAAGAAUGUUGUUCAGAUAAACGGAUUUUUUAAAAUCCAGCAAAAGUUGUAUGUAUUUUAGGAUGUAUUUACUCCAUGAUCAGAUGUUGCUUUCAUGGAAAUUCACCAUUUCACUCCAUUUACCUUUAGAUAUACAUUGAUGUUAACAGACCAUUGCUAAAUAUAUGUCAGCAAAAGAUAAUAAGGGCUUAGUUUUAGGGUUGAAAACAUUUGCCAGAGUCACAACUUCAGUGCAAAAGCAAAAAAAUAAAUCACAGUUGGAUUAUUCACUUCAACUUUUUGGCUUUUGAGAGUCUGCAUACAAAAAUCCUAAUAAAUCUCAACUACUGCAGAAAUGGCUAGAAAGAACCAACUGAGUAAAGAAACAAAAGUAUAGAUCCGUACAUUGAGGAAAGAAGGAUACACAGAAAGAGGAAUUGCAAAACGCCUAAUGGUGUUUAACAAAGGAGUCCACUACACUCUGAAGAAACUAGAGGAACCUGGAAUUUAUGAUGAUAGAAAAAGGCCUGGACAAAAGAAAGAUACUACAAAAGCAGAGGAUAAACAUAUUGUCACUAGUAAGAGAGAUCGGCAAAAGACAGCAACAAAAAUAAGGGAGGAAAUCAACAUGACAAGGUCGAAACCCAUAUCUCUGACAACUGGGACCCACAGUUACUAUACUUGGCAAAUAAAGGCAAGUAUAUGUCAUUCAAAUAAAUAUACUUCUUCCAAAAUGUCCUCUUUAAUCCAUUAUUUUAUUAAUACAAAGUGUUGUUAUAUUUGACAUUAAACCACAAAAUCUGCUUUAUUCAGCUCUUUGGAUAUGGCCUGCUUUGUAAAGGAAGGUUUCCCUGAAGUCCACAUAUAUGUAUAAUUUUUUGAGAUAAUGAAUAUUAUGUGGAGGCAAAGAUAAGGAUUUUCAGGCCUCCAGGAGAGGGAGAGUGAAAGUUGCCAGUUUAACAGCUCUACAGUGCUAAGCUGAUGAGAUAAGCCAUCCUCUCAUGUGUGAGCUCAGACUGGGUUAAGGUCAAAUCUGCCAGUUCUGCCAUGGCUCUUUCACACUGUGCUCUUCAUAGACCCAUGGGCCCCAAUCUGUUGCACAGCUAGACAUUGACUGCAAGUUGAGAGGUGUUACGCAGCACUUGGCACAGUAGCAUCCUAAUAAAAUUAUAUGCACCAGUGGGGUUAUGAUAGCAUGAAAGCCCUUUUCGUAAUGGUCAGAUGUGUCGGAUUUGUUUGAGUGCUGCUGAAAUUAUUAAAAUGCAUCAAUGAUCAUAAGACUUAAGAUGACUCUGCUUUAUAAUUUACUGAGUUUCUCAUUUCUCAUUCAGAGUUUUUCCAGAAGCCUUGCUUGUUAGACUGCUUUACCAGUUUUUAAUAGCAGCUCAUGCUGUCUGUUCUGUCAGCUCAGAAAGCGCUCCAGUGCUCUGUUGCUUUGGCCUGGCAGCAUGUCAAUCAUUCUCUGUAAACACAUUGCUCAGAGGAUGAAAUAUUGCAGGGCUAAGUCAGUUAUUCAUGCUUUUCCUGAUCAAAAUUCAGCUACUGUAGACCUGUAUGGAUAUUGGUCUGCAAUGUAGCAGUAUAUAGUGAGCUUUAUAAGUCAAAGCAGUCCAUAGAAAAUCAAGCAGUAUUCAGACAACUGGGGGAAAGGGCUCCAGUUGACUCCUGAUAAGAACAUCAAUGUACUUUAGUGAGUGUUCAAUUAUAAAUGACUUCUUCAGACCUCAAUUAAAGUCUGGAGUUUCACAAAUGGGUCACCCAACCUGCUACCUACUGCCUGGUAAAACAAUUGACUGCACAUGUGACAGACCUGACCUCCUCAGCUGAUUUCCCUAUAUUUAUGAUUAACUUCUGCUAUGACUGUGGUCAGAUACCACUCUCCUCACCCACAUGACACAGUCUUUUAGUUGAUUUGUUCCUAUUACACCUUUUUGUUUUGCGUUUGUGUUUUAAUAAAGUACAUUUAAAUAAAGAGUGGCUUUAUCUGGAAACUGCAGUGAUUUUAGUAUAUUUUUACACAAUUAAACAGAUCAUUGUUUUGCACUUAAGUCAGGCAUUGUUUAACACAGCAGUCAAUAUUAAAGCAUAAAUCAAGAAAUUAAAAUUAGAAAUUAAAGCAAUGCAUCUGUCAAUGAGUCUUUGGGGUCUCUAGACCAUAUUAUUUCUGAAAGGUUGCAUAUAGUGAUCCCUUUCUUUGUCUUUAAAGCAAUUGCUUCCAUGGAUUUUCUAAGAGUAGCAUCAUAUGCGGUGUAUCCAGCAGCUUCUACAUAAGCUACUACCCCCCCUGUCUCUUCCAGUAAGUGUCAGUGCCCUCCAGGCAUCCCUCUGCUGGGGCCCUUAAAGAGUCCUCUGUGUCUGAUCUAAGCAUAGUGCCAGAGAAACAUAUCAGUCUUUUCUCUCCACUCAUCUCCUUCCUGGCAAGAAUCUAGUGCACCUGCAGUGUUAGCCAGCACAGCCUAAUGCAAAUGAGUGUGUGUCCGAUCAAAGGCCUGAUUAGACUGCUUUUAGAGUAUGAGAUGGCAUGUUAAUGACUCUGCCUCAGGCAAUAUAAACCCACGCAUUGUAUGUUUCCUAAAAGCUAAAUAUGGUUUAACACGGCCUUUGAACAUUGAAUGUGAGUUCUCACGGUGCGUGCGUUGUGUGCUGAUUAAGUUUAAACAAGGAGUUGUGUGCAGAAUAACCUGAAGUUUAGUUUGAAUGUGUCAAUAUACUAUAGGCUUCCACUGACUUGUUGACCUUCACCCAUUUGCCAACAAGUUGUAUGCGCACACCGCUGUGUGCACUUUCUUUAUGCUUGCAAGUCAAACCCAGUCUAUCAUCAGUUCAUUAAAAUAGCAAGCAACAGAGGAAAUUCAAAUUAAUCAGAUUAAGGUCACAGUUAUUCUGCUUCUUUUAUCAGUGGAAGGUUCCACUUUAUUACCAUAGUUAUUAUACACCAAAAGCAUGUUAUAGAAUCACAUCAUACAGUGUAGGAGUUCAGUUUAUCUGACUUUAACUAAUGGCCCCGAAUGACAUAGCAAGUUAGCAACCUUCAGUCAUAUCAUGAAGUAUCAGAAUUUUGUCCAUUAAGUCAGAGGGUGAGUAAUUAAUGGCUGGUCUUUUUCCAUUGAGUUCUUGUGGAAAUUGAAGUGAGUUGUUAAUAUCUAUUGCUUUUUUGGCCCAUAGCUCCAGGUGCAUGUUAUUGUUUUCCGGUAGGACCUCUCGCUUGGGGUUUGAACAUCUGCGGUUAACAGGAACUAUAUCACAAUUGAGAAUAUUAUUAUCCACUGUAGUUUUAAACCACAAUGGAGAAUAGGGCUGGUAUUUUUGGCAUGUUUCUAAUUCCCCAAGGUAAGAUUGUAGAUCUGUGCCUCAUUUGGUUAUCACUUUCAACAGUUUUUUAGUCUGUUAAAAACAAAGAUGACUUAAUGACCCCUAUUUGAGAAAGUCUGCUUACUGUAGUUUAGUCAGCUUAUGGGCAAAAGCUGUGUAUUUAGCUCCAAUCAUUAAGAGGUAAAAUUACUAGGAUUGCAAUUUUGGAAACGAUUGACCCUUGGUUGGUUUGGUUACUGAACUGUGCUUGGUUUUCAUGAGUCCCUCCAUCUCUUCUAACUUGCCUUUCAUUAGUUUUGUGUAAAACAUUGCCACACAUUUUCAAUAGGAGACAGGUCUGGACUGCAGGAAGGCCAGUCUAGUACCCACACUCUUUUACUUUGAUAGCCAUGCUGUUGUAACACCUGCAGAAUGUGUUUCAGUACUGUCUUGCUGAAAUAAGCAGGGACAUCCCUGAAAAAGACUAGGCUUGGAUGGCAGCUUAUGUUGCUCCUAAACCUGUAUUUACCUUUCAGCUUUAAUGGAGUAUUCACAUAUGUGACAGUUAGCCAUGCCAUGGAUACUAACACACCUCUAUACCAUCACAUCUAAAUGCUGGCUUUUGAAUUUUGGGCUGAUAACUUUGCGUCAGCCCAUCUCAGAUGAGCUCAGGUCCAGAGAGGCCAGUAGUGUUUCUGGGUGUUGUUGAUAUAUGGCUUUGGCUUUCCAUGGUGGAGUUUGAACUUGCACUUGUAGAUGUAGUUAAUCAGUUUGAACAUCAAAUAUAUUUUUUAAGUGUAUAUUCACAUGGUUAAUAUAGGUCGAAAAAGGAUUUGCAGAUAACUGUACUCUGUUUUUAUUCGUGUUUUACACAUCAUCCCAACUUUACUGGAAUUGGGGUUUAUAUGACAUUAGAGUCUUGCAGAGGGAGGGGUGUCAGUUGAAGGCUACAGUUAUCUUGUUAGGCUCAGAGGAUACAGUGUCAUCCCUGAAUCCUCAGGACCUGAAGAACAGGUUUUGUCUCUGUUAUGCUGUCACCUGAGAUGCAAGAAUUGGCCGUUGGGGAAGGGUCUUGCUGGAUAUUGCACUCUACAAUGUUGUCAAAUACUUAACUUCAGUCACUUGACGAAAUAUUAACACACAGAUGGUCCCAAACAAGAUAGGAAGGGAAAAAGCGGAGCUAGGCUGGCCCACUACAAGAACCGGGAAUAUUUAAUGUACUCAUUUCUUAGUUGUGUAAACAUCCAUUUAAAUUCUGACUAACAAGUCUAACUGUAAGAAACAACACUGAUAAAACAAGAGAAUUUUCCAGGUUGGGAUCAAUAAAGUAUAUCUAUCUAUCUGUCUAUCUAUCUAAAACAACCAAAAGAAAGCAUGAUUACUUAUCGCACAAUCUGUAGGUUCAUGUCAAAUAAGUUAGCAGAAUAUGGCUAACAUGAGCCUUCAGUCCUUGCAGGCUAAUGUUCUUUAGCCUGUGCUGCGAUGCGUUGUUCUGGUUGAGUUUAAUAGUUCAAAAUACUCCCACAACACGGUUCGCUACCGUCAGUCAUCUGUGCUUGUUUACGUCAGGGGAGUAAAGCAUUUGUAGCAUUAUAGUGGCAGUCAGCCCCCAUCUACUAACAGGCAUUUACCACAAUGUUGCACACCACACACUAUGGGAACUAUUCAAUUUGUCAUCAUUUGUCGUCGUGUGGGUGCUCUGACGUUGUCUAAGUUUGAGAAGAUUUACGAACUCUUUUGGUGUUUGCCAGGCUUUAGAUAAGCCUUUGAUUGCUUGCUUUGGUCCACCAUAAUCCUAUUCUCACAACUUUGUUUACUUACUGUGUCACAAGUGAAUUAGGGUUAUGCUGACACAGUGGGUCCUGGCAUAAAAAUAAAACUUUACAUGACCAGCAAGAUUCUCUUGUCAGGUUUAAUCCUGAAAAAUAGAUGUUGUUGAUAGGAAGUAAAAAGUGAAACCAACAUUUAGGUGAUUUAUUGUAACCACAAAUCUGAAAAAUGUAUGCCCCUUAGGUAAAACCCAGUUUUGUAGAUACUUCCUAGUUUAAAAGUAUUUAACAUGUACUACUGGGAGGCUUCUGGCUGCCGUAUUAUGUUUUUUUAUUUAUUUAUUUUUUUUUAUAAGAGGGUUAUUGCUCUCCUGAGACUCUUUCACCCUGUCAGAGAACCUCUGAUCUUUUUUCUUAGACCUUUCUUUCUAUCUGUCACGCUUGAGUGGUUGGUUUGGAGUUUUUGAGCAGAUAGGGAACAGUGAGUCUGAGGGCUGGAAUGCAUAAAGAUGAUAGUCCUGUGAUCAGAGAAUGCAGCAUGACUAUAACUGACCCACUUUUCAUCAGGUCCUCACACACCAACAGGAUUCAAAAUUAGAGUUGCAUGAUGAUUGUGUUUACUCCUCUGUAUUUUUCAAAUGUUAACAGGUGUAUCAUCUGCCCAUGUCAGACCUGUUUGACAUACAUGAAUAAUAUAAUAAAUCAUUAUCAAUAAAUUAACAUUCUGAUCCUUACAACUAGACUUACCACCAUAUUGAUAAUGACUGAAUUGAAAUGAACCAGGCAGGGACAAUUAAGCUAAUAUAUUAGCCUUAACUGUGGUGUUAGUGGACAACAUCUACAUCCCCUAGUGUUUGUGUGCUGUUGCAGCCUGUGCAAUAUGAUGGAAAUGCAGUAUUAAUUUUUUAUGCAUUGUGAGAUCAAGUCACUGAUUGGACAAUACAUACUUCAUAGUUUAGUUUUGUUCCACAGUGAAGUGGUUUGUUAGAGUUUGUGGAACACUGAAUUUAGCAGAUGUGAUUAGCUCAAUGCUAGCAGCAAGGAUAAGAUAGUUGAUUGAAUUUAAAGACACUUUAAAACCCUGCUGAAAAAUGCCAGAUUUGAAUCACAAAAUGAAACGUUAACAGAAAUGUGUCUCUUGCUACUUGUGUGUCGAUUUGUGACUAUUUGCGAUGUACCUAGCAUUCAGUUUUAAGCAACAAAAUCUGUUUUAUUCCUACACCAAGGCUAGAAACUCAACACAUUUUUGCCUUCUGUCUGACAAUCUCAUUAUGCAUCCUAAUUGUACUUCCUUUAAUCUCAUGGCAAAACAAGUCAUCGAAGUAUUUGUCACACACUACAUCAUUCCAACACUCCCCAUGAGCUGGACUGCUUUUGGGAGUCUUCCAAUUUGCCAUGUGGUGGAGUAAAAAAUUCCCAGCAGAAGGUGAACCUUAAUUGCUCACACUGUGCCAGGACUCUUCUUGGCCUAUAUUUGAUUAUUCAGACCAGGCCAAUCUCAUAACCUCAGAACUAGAAGACUAUCCAAUAACAGGAAAUCAUUAUACAAGGAAUUCAGCACAUUGUAAGUCCCAUGCUGGUUGCAUCUGUACAUGUACCACUGAUUUCUCUCAUUAAUUACUGCUGCAGCAUCUUAUGUUGCCAUCAAGAUAUCUCAGCAUGACCUCAGUCCAGACCACCAUUUAUCUUUUUUAAAUAACAAAUACAAGCUGUGAACAGUAUUUAAAAUCAGAGUUGAAAAUCAAUAUAAACACCAAAUAGUCAUAAUACCAUGAACAUGUGACCAAUCUUAUGCAACCCAGUUCAACAUGUCGUCAUGCUUUUUCACAUUUACAACAAAAACUGCAAAGUUACAAAGUUUGGUGUCCAUACAAGAUGUAUGCAAAGUUUCAAAUCACAAGGUAGAGAUAUGUGGUCAUAAUCUUAGACAAACACGUGAAAAUGUGAGACCAUGGUUUAGGUGCAAGAUUUAGUAAAAUUCUGACAGAAGAAUUCUAGACUCUUCUCACUGGUUCCUCUGAGCGUCCAGCAAAGCAGAACGUCCUGCCUCUGACAGCGUGUGAGGUGACACACACGGCAGAGUGGGGUAACCAUAGACAUAAUAUAAAUAUACAUUGUAUAUCUAUAUACAUAAUGUCUAUGGGGGUAUUGCUGCUCUGCUACUGACAAUAGAGGAAGCUGGUCGCAAACAACCAGCUCUGUCCUCAACCAGCUUCCUAAAAGCCUCCAGAGAGGUGGCCAAUCAGCAAAAAGUGGGCUUGGGGAAGGAAAGCCUUACAGAAGCGUUUUAGAUGGAAGCUGAAAUAUUGAUAUUUUAAUACACCACUGUGAGGAACAGAAGGCUUUUUUUGAUCUGAAAAUCAUGUAGCUCUAUUAAAGAGGUAUCACAAAGAAAAUAUAGAGUCUUGAAAAAAUGCAUGGCACUGCAGUUUGGUUCAACUUUCUGUGCACUGACAAAACUGGCAUGUCGUGGCUCCUGAGGGACACCGACUAAAUUUAACAACUUACAUAAAACCAAAUUCUUGAACGGAGAGAAUCAUCUUUGUAUGGCAGUAUAGUCUAAGGCUGAAGACAAUAAAAUGCAUUUAUACCAGACAAACCACAAAAAACUUCCAUAACUUGCACAUAAGAAGAUAAAUUCAUAAAUGGAAUUUUUAUUUCAUUCAAUUUAAGUUGAUGUCAUUGAGAAAUGUUCUCUGUGUUUACCUCCACAGAUUUCAUCGACAAGAGUGAACUGAAGGCAUUCUUUGAAAGCAACUGUUCUCAGAUUUAUUUUAUCUUCUAUGAAAGUUUCAUCACACUGGAAAGCAACUUUAAACAAAAAGGUAGGUACCCCCCACCCGAUCCUUUUUUUUUUUUUUUAAACCGCUAUUUGAGACCCGCACACGAAGCCACUAUAACCAGUGUUUGUUCAAUAAUUAACCCCCUGCUCUCUGUGUGGAAAGUGUAACUUUUGUGGCUUGAAUUACUGUCUUCCCUGUUGUGUAGCAAGCAUUAACCCACAAUGAAGCAAUUUCAGUAUAUGUUUAGUAUCACUUUGUGUUCAGCCCAAGUCCAACUGUAUUCAGGGGCAGGGGAGUAAUUCCCACUGGGAUUAUGCUCCUGCAGUAACACUUAUUCCUUUGUAUAAGUGUUCGCCAAAUGGCCUACAUUAAUGUUACAUUAUUGAUGAGCCUGCUGCAGUAUAGCUUCCAAUUAUAUGUUUAAAAACAGAAGUACUUUCUCUGUCUUUCAGGGAAUAAAUCUCAGAGGGAGGAGCUGGACUCUAUCCUCUUUAUUUUUGAAGUAAGUCAUCUGUGUUUUUAUGUGUUGCUCUUCUCGUAUUUGAUUUCACAGACAGUGAACUCUGGGGUGGGCUCAUUGUUUCUAUGGCACCAUGCUACACCUCUAACAACUUCCACUUCCUGGUUAUUUGAUCGAAUCAUCCAGAGAUUGUGCAGAUAAACAAAACAGUGUUUGAUCAGUUGGCGAAUUGUGCCAAGUUGUUAGUCAUUUCCUUGGUGUGUAUGCAAAUCAGAGGGUGUGCUUUGACUUUGUGUGUACAAGGUGUUGUUAGGUUUUUGGCCCCUCCCCCCUGUUUUCCUCAACACUUCUAAUGUUGCAUGUACAGGUUAAAGUCCCUUCCCUUGUUUUCCCACCUGACUGCAUAGUCAGCUCCAGUUUCCAAUACAAACAGUCUGCUCUCCAGUUACAUUUGCUCAGGGCAGGGCUGAAAGGAUGGCAGAAGACCAAGAAAAUGGAGGGCAGUCUGUUGGUCCUCCCUCCUGCAGUAUGUCUCAUCCUAGUUUUCUUGUUUUUGUUUUUGUUUUGCUUUUUUAUAUCACCUAACAGCACUACAUGGAAAUGUCCCUGACAUCAACUAAAACAGAGUAAAUCAUUGUCAGGGCUUUUAAAUUCCCCCUGGUCACAAAGACCUGACUCAAUGUAGAAUCUGUUCUUAUGUUUUCAGAAUGCAUCUUUACGUCUAAUGUUCUAUUGAUGCAUUUUAGUGCAUGAAUUAUGGCGUUUGUAUCUGUUGAGUCUCAGGCUAGUCUGUGUAGAGUUAAAAUUCAAGUUGUUCAGGUUAAAACUUAUGCCCAUAGUUGCUUUUUUAUCUCAAUAAUCAAGUGGAAUAAUGAUUUUGGCUCUUCUUGUUAUUUAAAAUAAAAUAAAAAAAACUAACCCACUAGAUUUCCUUCACUUGUCCAUAUUUUUACAUCCAGUCAUGUCACCUGUGACUAGAGCCUGGAUUUAUAUCUCCUACAUAUUUAUGGAGUCAUCUUUUCAAAAAGAACUAACAUUGAAAGCAGCUUAACCCUCAUUUGUCCCCUUUUAGCCCCUGUCUGUGGCGUUGUGUGCUCUUACCAGUGCACUGAGUAGAUAAGCUGACUUUGAAUACUCUAUACAGGACAGAUACAGGGUCCCUUUGAUCCCCAGCACUGCUACAUUUUUCUCUAUGCAAUAUUAGAUCAGGCUUGUUGGAUCACAUGUGGUCGUGAGUAUCAUAUCAAAGAAUACAUUAUACUUACCAACAUGCGCUGCAGACAUUUACCAUGGUGUCCAUGAGGUCAUGUUAUGUAACAAAAGGAAAGGACAUAUACAGUAAAAGAUUAACCCAUACAUCUGCUGAGGUAUGUGGAUUGUGUCCAUUCCUUUUCCUCUCAUAAACAGACAUAGAUAGCACGUGUUGAUUGUGAAAUUUGCCGCACUUUUUCAUGAAUUUUCUCACAGCGGGAUAGCGCUUUAUCUUUUCUUGUAGUCACAGAAGGCAAUCAACCUUGACACAAACCCUAUAGAAGUCGUGUGCAAAGUAGACUAUGGAUGAAAUGAAACCCAGACAAAAGGUGCUCGUGUCUUGCAACCAGCUGUAAUGCUGUAUGUUUGGUUGAAAAACCCUCAUGAUGCUACAUUGCUGCCCCUAUGUGGAAUAUUUACCCUGAAAGCCAUAUCUUUUCUUAUCCCUGAAGGGAAAACUAGUCCCUAUCACUGUCCAUCACUUGACUCUUUCCUUGCAUUCAAAUCUGGUUGACCACGUCUGCGGUUUGCUUUAAGUGUGUUACGCAAGGAUUACUCCUCUGUCUUGAUAAGGUACGUGACCCCUUUUUCCUGAUUUGCUGUGGGGGAGCAUGAGCCCUGAUGCUUAGCCUGUUUGAGUAAUAGAUAUCCAGAGGGGGUAAUCUUUUGUCCCUCCUCCUAAACACCCCACCCCCACCGCCACCCGCAGCCAUCUCCGUCCCCUUCCAAGAUCUCUUUGUGUCUGCUGCCAUGAAAGCAUUCACCGUGGCAGCAUGUGAUUGUGUAUCUGAACUAGCAGAAAGAGGGACCUUAUCUCUUUAAAAGGUUCAUAUUUCUUGUUACUUUUAUUCACUUUUUACCUGGUAGUAUCAUCAAAGAAAAUGAUUUUUUUUAUUCUAGGUGUAGUCCUUUUGAUUGGAAAUUGAAUACGUGGAAUUAAGGAACAGUUUAACGGCAAAACCACCCAUAAUAUGACACACCUACAUCCUUGGUGGCACUAAUUGUUUUUAGAAGUUGAAUAACAGGUCUAAUAAAGACCUGAGGGUAAUCCAGGUGUGGUAAUCCAAGUGGCUCUUAGUUUAUUACAGGUUUAUAUAAAACAAAAAGUGGCAAAUUCCUGCAGAGAGCUAGCCAGAGAGGCAGUACAAGAGUAUGAAACUGAUUUUAAGCUGCUACGUAUCCUAAGACUAUGUGCAGGUCUGUCACAUGAAGUGGAAAAGGUGACCAUGACAUUAACAACUCAGCUUUUAAUGAAAACUGAGCAAAAUCUUGUUUUAAUAUUGUUGUAUGGAUACUGAUGCAUGCAGUUGUUCUGUAUUAUUUGUAUUGGAACUUUACCUUGUCAUGCAGGUUAAUAAGGAGUUUUGUGAGACAAAGUUUUUGCCAGUUGGAAAAUGUCUGCCAUUCUUACUCUGUACCUGAGUUAAGAGGUGUUGAAUCUGACCUGUUUUAUCAUAUCAAGCUGUUGUACAUACAAAUAGCAAGCAAGUGUGGGUACACACCAAAAGAAAUGUUCUUAAAAGCUAGACCCUCAUAACUGAGGUUGAAGUGUGCUGAAAUGAAACCAUAUGACAACACUCAUGUUUUUGUUUGUGUCAUAUGACCAGAUUGAGCUUCUCAGGCCUUAUGUGACCUCGGCUUGUUGAUGCUUCUCCAUGACUUUAAAUUAUGUUUAGUGUCUGUGAGCAGUUCAGUCCUGGUGCCAAUGAGGUUGUGGGACAGGUUAUGGGAAGCUAAACCACACAGGAAAAGUCUGUGCAAAGCUACUUUCUCUCCAGGAUAUGACCUCAUGAUGACCUUUCAUCUCUCAUUUGGACCCGAAUCAGCAUUUUGAGUUUCCCUUGGCAUCCUGUUUGUAAAAUAAACUUUCUUUAGCUCUGAGACUUUGCCCUGUCAGUUUCCCUACAUGAGUAAGCCUUGAGUAAGUAACUAUUUAAUCAAAUUUUUAUGGAUAGUUUUAACUAAACCUCUUUUGAGGCUGUUGUCUUUUACAAAACUGGAGGAAAUGAGAAGCCCUCAUCGAUUACUUUCUUUUAUUGGGAUGGUGAUUUUAGCAAAAAAUAUAAAAGCCAUUUUUGUUGGCUAAAAUGGCACAGUUUCUAGAUUUAGGAAACACAAUAGAAUCAACGGCACAAAAAACUAUAAUUUUAGUAUAAAUCCAAUACAGAGUGAAAGCGCUGACUGCAGUUUUCCAACAACUAUAUAUUCUGAUGGUUGUUCUUUCCCAGCUAAGCCAGAAAUUUAGCAUUCAUCCCAAGGACCAAUUGAGGGUGAACGUGUCAUGUUAUUUUCUGCAUUAGCUUAUGGCAAACUAAAAAUGGGUUGUUCACUCAUUUGAAUGCCCCUAUGAAAUGCAUCGCAAUAGCAGGGUGCAAGUAAAAGUCAGUAAUUUUGGUGGUUAUUAAUAAUAGUCUUGCUUUGUAUUCUGUAAGGGCAUCAUACUAGUCAUGAUGCGUAUUUGAGGUGUGCCUGAAAACAUUCUGUACUUGUUUGCUAAUAUCAUGUAGGAAAAAUUAACAUUUAGCUAAGUAAUUUCUUUCCCCUGUUUCCUCUUUCUGCUGUGCUUGUUAUGAUUCAUAGGUCAUCAACAGGGGACUAUUGGUAACUGCAUAAAUGCAAGUGUCAGGGUUGAAUUCUAGUGUUAUACGAUUAACUUCCACUUAUAUUUGGCCUUUUAAGACGAACUCCUAAAAAAAUUCAGACACAUACUGCAAAGAAAGCUUAAUUUUCAGUACGUCAGAAAUGUAAUUUGUUGUCUUAUCAAUUAAUUCAUAUGUUUUAUGUUAGUUGACUUGCAGUUUACCAUAAGAUGUCAAGUUGUCAUGCCUCAUAUAGUACAUGGAAUGGGAAACUGUUCCAGAAUGGUCAGUGAGGCUUUGGCUGAGAACAUACAUAAAACUUGAUGGUCAAGGAGAGUGGCACUUGGACACAUGGAAGUUUUCUUAUGUUCUACUACUGCCACCUUCUGGCUAUAGAGGAGAAUGACAGUGUCUUGGAUGUAGUUUUUUUAUUUAUUUAUUUUUUAUAAAUAAAUACAAUUUAAAAAAAAGAGUCAAAAAUGGUAUUAAUUUUAAACAUUGCCACUUCUAGUAUAUUGCAACCCUAAAUAGAUUGAGGCCUUUAAUAACAUAUCAUGAAGUCAAGCCAAGGACUUUGGUUAGCAUGUAAAUAAGCACACAGGCUCGCUUUGUUUAGACUUACCUUCCCAUGCAGGAUAAACAAAGCAGGUGUGCAGUCAUGUCUUCUCUCAGACAGUGUGCAUACAAGUGACUCAUAGUUCUGGUUCAGUUUACUCUGUCAGAAGGUCAGGGUAAGGGUUAUUAUCGGAUACUGUGGUGUCUGCAUAGAUAAUGAUGAUGGAAUUAUUGCACUUUAUUCCUUAUGGACAGUGUUCCAGGGAACUGCCCUAGUUUUGGUAAAGGCCUAUAUGUGCAUCUGGUGUUAUUUAGCUUGUAGUUAAUGUAUAUUAAAAGAUAAGUUUUUUGUCUCGUAUGUCAUUGUGUCUCUUUAGAGGUUUCAUUGUCCUUAAAUGGUGCAGUCACCUUAGAGUUCUAUCAAAAACCUAAACCAAAUGCAAAGAGUUUUUUUCUCUGUGAGUAUUGCGUUUCUGUUGCAAACAUCAAAAGCCCUUGCAGACCACCUUUUGGAGAAGCGUAUUCUGUGGCAUGAUCAGCCCCUACGACUGGAAACCUAAGUGCGGAUCAUGUAAAUGUAUUAAGGCUGAAGUUGUACCACAGUAAUACCCCCAUCUUUAUGCUGGUGUAUGGCUGCAGAUUAGAGUAACUCCACCAACCCUCAGUCCAUUUAUUCACUUCAUAUCAGCCAGUAAAUUCCUCAUUGUUGCAACUGCCAUUCCAACACCACAGGGAGUCUUUCUGAGCUACCCUCUCCAUCUCAUUCCCACUCUUCCAUCUUGGUGCUCUGUAAGGAGAGAGAAAGACAGUGUUAUUGUGUCUAUUCACACACAAACUCAUGCACACAUACACACACACAGGGUAAGGCUUAAGCAAGCCACCCUGCUGUGUUACUGCCUGCCAUAAUGUGUCUGCUGCCCCAAGGAGACUGAGUGAAAGAGGCCAUUAUAGAGCCUGCACAGAGAUGUUGUAAUCCCAUGCGGAUCAAUAGCAAGGUGCAGUCAAUGCUUGUUCACGCAAAUCAUCACGUCUGUGGAUCAGAGAGGAAUUGAACAGCACUGAUAGUCAUUCAGUGCCCCCUUAAAAGUGAUGUAUGUCUUUCUGUAUCUCUGCUGUCACUGAGAAUGACAGGGAUUUACCUUCAGAGGACAAAAAUGGAAAGUUGAAGAUUGAGGAUGACAAGAGAAGAACAAAGUUGUUGACAAACUCAAACGUUCAAGACAUGAGAUGACUUCUUGGCUCUCAGUAUCGUGUGGAAUCAUUGAGAGUAAAACUGAGUUAUAAAAACAAAUUUUCAGACCAUUUCUGUUGAGGUAGUAAGGAAAAUAUCCUGCAUAGCAAUUUAUUGCUUGUAUACAACAAUUGAGACAAUCAUGUGAAAACUUGUUUUUCUUGAAAAAUUGUAGGAAAAUGAAAGGUAAAAAAUGUUGUUUCAUACUUGUAUUGACUGUAUUAAUUAUCAAAUUCAGUUCCACUGUUUGCACUUACCUAUAUACUUUUAUUUCUUUUCUUCCCAAUCAAUGUCCAAAAAUCCUUGAGAGUAUGAAACAUCUUGUUUUUUUUUCAUGCCACACAAUGACUCUCUCAAGUCUUUGAAGUUUUCUGCCAUACUCAUUUCAGAAGGACUCAGUCUUUGUGCUUCAACAAGCACAUUUUUUAAUGCUCUGUAUCUUUGUCCAGUCUGUUUAUGAGCUUUUUAUCUUGCCGGCCAGAGGUGUUACCUGGUUGUGUGGGUCAACGCUGCAUGCUGAAAGCAGUAAAGGGCGGAAUUGACCCCCACAUUACAAUCACCAAGUCUUACUGGGUUAGUGAUUAGGAUUUGAUGAUAAGUGAGCUUUUGGAGCUUCGGUUGCUCACAGUGCGCUGACUAACCAACAGUAUGUGCACGUACACACGCCCACACAUCCACCUACCCCAGCCUUUUUUCCACAUCUCUGUUAACCUGUCCCUGCAUUCACAAAUAAUGAUAGGCUGCUGAAAGGUUAGGGCUUUCUAAUUGAGUUGUAAAGUGAUUGUUGGGGAGGUGAUGACAUUUCUCUGUGGAGUCCUCUGUCAAAGGGAUGUGCAGACAUGCAAGGCCAAAUGGAGGGAGAUGUACAGUAUAUAUAUUUGUUUUUUUCACUCGCCAAACAAAGACAGUUGUUGGUUCCACCUUUUUUCAGUUUAGGUUCAAAUAGAGACAGAAGAUCUUUAUCGGUUAGGUCAAGCACUACCUAGUUUAAAGAGAAUCUUCUUGAAAAUCAGUUAUCGUUUGGUAUCUGUGAAACCGCACAAAGUUCUGAGUAUCUGCUAUGUGGAAAACAAGGGCUACAUGGAUGCUCUUAUAGGUGAAGAAUUACAGAAACAAAUGCAUUUAAAAAUCUGAAUUAGAGUCAGCUUUUUGCAUGAAAGUCUGAAUAACUAUUAUGAAUUAUGUAUAUGAUUAUGUUUUUUUUGCUCUUUUCUUUUCAAGCUAGCAAUGUGAACACUGAAAGAAAAAAGAUCCCUUGUGUAUCUUGAUGCAAACACUCUAAUUUUCAUUUCUGAAAAGUUCCCAAUUAUCAUAGCUGGAUUCUGUUCAAGGUUUCUGCCUGUUAAAAGAAGUUUUUCCCCUCCAUUGUAACCUGCUAAAUGCUGCAAAGUCUUUCAGUCUUUGUCAAGCAUCUUUAGAUAACAGUUGUAAAUUGGUGCUAUAUAAAUGAAGAUCAAUGGAUUUAUUGAUUGAUUUACUAUCAAUUUAUUUAUUCUUUGCUGUUUUUCCUCCUCAGAAAAUUUUGCAACAUCUGCCAGAGAAAAUCUACAGCCGAUGGCAGUUUCACAGUAUAGGUAUGUUUUGCAGUUUCUUCAAUGCUGAGGUUCGUCUCUCUGUUACACCAGAAUCUUAGCUAUGUCCUGUGUAUGCGUCUUUCUUCCUUCAUAUGCAUCUGUAACCUCUAAGAUACACUUCAGGACAAAAAAAAUGGCACCACAACCAUGGUUAAGCCUUCCAUAAUGAAGAGAAAAUAAUUAGUCCUAGAAGGGAAUGUAAAUGGGAAAUGCAAAUGAGCACUUCAUUUGAAAUUCAAAUAAGUAAUUGAAUUAUGCUGGCAUGAUUUCAGUCUCACACGAAAAGGAAAACCCUUGCAAGAAGUGAUAACCUCAAUUAAAAGUGUUGUUUGUCAGCCAUUGGCAGCAGCCAUUCAGGUCUAGAUGAUUGUAGUAGAUGGGCCAUCUUCUUAGCCUUGUCAUUUCAAAUAUCAGAAUUUGGGUGGGACUGAAAAUCAAAACAGCAGCGUAUUUAUUGUCUCACCUACUCAUGCUAUACAGUCAUUACAUUACUAUAUGUUUAUAAUAUAAACAUUAUCUAGCACUCUUAACAGAUUUCUAAUCCAGGUGGUUACUGUUUUACUAACCCAUGAUUCCUCAUAGUAAGGCCACUAACAAUACAAUCUGCACUUCAACUUUCAGGGGCAUUAUGUGUCAGUCUGUUAAUCUGAUAGUGUGUUAUCAUAAUGAGAUAGGUUUACAGUUAAUUUAUUAUCACAAAAAGUCUGUGUCAUUCUAGUAUCGCUCUUAUUACAUAUGGUAUCACAUUAGAGUCACCCUGCGUCUCCCAACACUUAUCAAAACUCCUCUUGAGAUUCAUUCAUUAAUAUGUUUGUUUUUGGACCUGAGUUCAGAGUCACAAAGCCGCCUCGUUGGCCUUCUGCUGAACUCAAUUCUGCGGAAAUCAAUCAGCAAUCAGUGUGCACGUAGCUUUAUAAAUGGUAAUGCCAUCACCAUGCGUGUCUUCCUGUUGGAGUUUGGGGGCAGGUUGAUAGUUCUAAGUAGAAUUCAUAUGAGAGAUUUUUUCUUUUGCCUUCAGGCAAAUUCAUUAAGGAUAUUAGUGACUAGCUAAAAUUUCAUCUGGUUAAUCAGGUCAGGGAUGACAUUAAUGUGGUGUUCUUCUAGCUAAGUAUGCAAGGUGACAGACAUUUGACACCAGUCAGUAAAAGCUGUGGAAAAAACUUGGAUCUUUUAUCAUCCCUGUCUGCUCACAUCUUCCUUUUUUCCUGAAGCUGAAGUCAAAUGAAAAGAUUUCAUUACACCCUAAUGUUUCAAAGGUAAAAAUAGAAUUGAUUUAAUCUGCUGAGAUGAAAAUAAUAAAAGCAUCACAAAAUUCCACUUAUAAGCUCAAGCACUCACAUCAAUUGUGUCUGCUUUUCUAAUCCCUGAACUUAUCCCCAUAAAUCCCCAUAAAUACUAACCUAGUUUUCCUCACAGCCCACAAGGACCUCAUUAGAACAGUUUUGUCCCCAGGCUGUCAAAGUAUGUCCUAAUUCACACACAGGCAGACCUCUUCCGCCCAAGGUAUUUAGCAAUCAGAGCAAUGCCUCAUUUGAUUACAGUGGAACCAUGUUGCCCUCAUGAGUGCACAUCACAGCCAACCAAUGCUAAUUUUAAACAGGCGUAUGUGAAGCCUUACAACUUACUGCACUGGUUUGUUAGAACCUCCAACCAAGGUCAAUUUUCUAUGGUGUAGAUGACAAGCAGGUCUUUUCCUCAUUGUGUAGCAGUCCCCUGAUGAAUCCAUGAUAUUUUCAAUCCUGUCUUCCAGGUUCUGUUCUAAAAAAGCUUCUACACACUGGAAAUUCAUUCAAAGUAAGUGCUGCCUUUAAUGACACAAGAUAGAUCACAAUCUAUGAUGCCCUGUAACUCUAAUUCAAAUAAACAAUCUCUCGCCUAGAUCCGCUGUGAGGGGAUCCGUCUCUUCCUGCUGUGGCUCCAGGCCUUGAGGGACAACUGUGCUGAGGAGCAGUUCCUUAUCUUUGCCUGCUUAGUUCCAGGGUUCCCUGCAGUACCCUCCUCUAGGGGGCCAUGCACCCUUGACACCAUCAUCUACAACCCUUUCUCCAACCCUCCUGAUGGUGACUACAGUCUCUCGUCUUUAAAAUGGCAUUCAGGGACCUUUGUUUUAAUGGGGGUUGUCAUAUAGAUUAUCUUCAAAGAACUUCUCACACUGGAUUGUGUAGGUUCCCUUUUUGGUGGAUUUUUAUUUCCCUACAUGUAACUGACAUCUUUGCAUCUCUUGAUGUGAACAGCAAAGGUGGUGCCUGAGGAGAUUACUCCGCUUGUUCCAGCUGUGGUCGGAGAAAAGGUUACGGAUGACCAGACCUGUUACAUCCUUGAAAUCCUCCUUAAAUACAUGGUCAUCCAGGUAAGGAACAAUCAUACCAGAGACAAUACAUGCAUUUGCCACACAACACUCCACAGGUGUUAUCACAAGUGAAAUUCAUUAGUGUAAAGGUGUAAAUACUGCACUCACACUGGUUACAAUAAAAUGUAAUGGAAUACAGCAAAGAGAUAUGAUAGAUGUUUUUUGGUCACCUGUUAAGUUGUAAAGGAUCAUUAGAUCUUCAUGACCUUGAUUUGUUAUUGCUUUUAUUGCUUCAAAUCGCUUUUUUAACUUCUUGUUUUACAAUGAUGUCAGAAUUACUGUAUUAACUAUAGACUGUAUAUACAACGGACACCGUCUGCCUCCUUGCUCUGGUGAUGAGCUGCAGUAUAGGUCAUAACUCCGCCUCCUCCAGCAAUCCUUAUGAAGCUGUGGACAAACUUUAAAAAUUUAUUACACAGAAAAUCUCCCCCCUGUUUCUGAUGUUGACAUGUAGCUACUGUAAGACUGGUUUGUGCUCAAGUCCUUUUCUUUUCUGUGCAGCUCUGUUUUUUAAAGUUAUAAGCGGGUUCAUGUUUCCUAUGAUUGACACCUGAUACAGCCUAUGGGCGUAUGAAGAUUACGUAGCUCACCACAGGGGGAUACGCUGUUUGAGCCAAGCGUCAUUACAGCGAUUCUCUGCGACUCUUUCGCCAAAUGUGUACAAUGCUACUGCGCAAUGUUGGUUUCAGGAAGUGGAGAAAAGACACGGAAAUACAGAGAAGCUCUUUAGCUUUAAAUCCUUAUACUGGCGGAAGGCGGAACCAAGUUGUCCAUAGUAUAUACAGUCUAUGGUACUCACCGAGCAGAUGUAAAAGCACACACAUUAAAGUGCUUAAGAACAAACUUGACAGACACCGAAAUUAUGGGAAGAGCACAUCACCUACAAAGUUAAAGCACCGCUCCUUUUGUGUGUUUUGGUUACACGGUGAGCUUUACACACUUGGGUUGUUUAUCAUUUUCUUGUACAACACGAAGAUCAAAACUUAACACUCUUACAUUUGAUAAGUACUUUGGUCUGUUAAUCUUCUGCAUAGCUCUCUUUGUACUCUUUGUUUGUGCAACCUUGAGCAACUGUUAUACUGCCAGUGAUACGCUGCCGCUGUCAAAGUGAUGCUAACCGUUUCCUCUGCCUGUCUCCUGACCUUGACUGCUUUUGUGCUUUGUCUGCCAGGCGUCCAGUUUAGAAUGGAGGAACAAAGAGAACCAGGACACAGGCUUCAGGUUUCUCUUCAGUCUUUUCAAGAAGUACUACCUUCCACAUCUUUUCCCCUCCUUCACCAAGCAUACAAAUCUCUACAAGCCUUUACUCGGUAAGCUGGCAUUCACUGUAUGAGUAUAUAUUUGCCUUUCUGCUGAAGCCUUUUCAAACUCAGAUUUCUCUUAUUGGCUCUUUCUAUUAAGGUACACUCACUGUACUCAAACUCGAGAGCUGCUACUUGUGCGGUGAAAGCGCUUUAUAUUUACACCAUCUAAAGAAAACAAAACUGUAUCUGUUAUCUGAGAUUUGACACUGUUACAGCUUUGAAAGUGAGCAGGAUAAAAACAUCACACUUGCCAAAUCGUGCAAAUAACGCUUGAUAUUCUGAACAUACCGACACAGAAAUAAAUCACCUUUUUAUUUUGGCGCUUUUCUCACUUUGUAAUGUUCAUGUUGAAUACCCUGACAGCAAGAACUUGUGUUGAGUGAAGUCUUUUUAGGUAGUUAAACAGACUACAGUUAAAGUCAGGUUGUACAGAUGCAUUGGAAACAAAAACAUCUUUUAGAAACAAAUUUUAUAAAAUUAGUUGAAGUAUAAGUUUUAACACCUCAUUACUAAAACCUUCAAUAUUCAAAUCUCAUCUCUUACCCUUACUCCUAUUCUUAUGUUCUCAUACUAUCCUCUCACCAUUUUUUCACUCUUCCUCUCAUUGUUUUGGCUUUAGACUUACCCCACCACAGACCAAAACCCUUGUAUGUGCCAGUGACACGGAACAACGAAAGCACCUUCUGUACCAGGGACCAGUACCUGGCACCCCGUGUGGCCUUCAUCACCUGGCUGGUCACGUUCUUCCUGGAGAAGAAGUAUGUCAGUAGUGCGGCACAGGGCGCGAAGAACGGCACUGAGGUCAUUCCCAAACUCAUCCAGGUGGGCAUGUAUCAUCGUAUUGAUUUCUUUGCUUUUCAUUGAGAGUUUUGGAAGUGGGGCUGUUUUGAAGAAGUAGUCACCUGUUAGUUUUUCAAGUAUAAAGUUCAAGUCGGAAUUAGUUAUUACCUUACCCUCAGAGAUCGCCAUAUCCUGGGGUGACCAUAUGUCCUCUUUUACCCGGACAUGUCCUCUUUUUGGAGGGGCUGUUCAGCCUUGUCUGGGGAAGUUUAUAAAAUCCUUCAAAUGUCCAGGGUUUUGUAUGGAAGUUUAAAGUUUAUGUCUCCUGGAAUUACUGAGUUUGAAGCACAUAAAAAACACUUGACCUCACCCAGAAUACUCUCAAAAUGUCCUACGCACGACUUUGUGACUCCGCCCCACAUAGUAGUGUCCUCUUUUUGGGGAUUCAGAAUAUGGUCACCCUACAUAUGCACAUUUAACAGAUAUAAAAAAAAUUGUCAGUGAGGUUUGCAAUGAAUUAGAUUACAGUGAGGUGGCAGCUGUAUAGCAUACCAAGUCACUACCACCUCUCACUUUAUCUCCUUGGUGUUCCAGACUGUCACUGCAGGCAGUAGCAGCCAGGAAAAGGAAAAGACAUCAGAUGGGGAUCCCAAUGGGCCAGCGGGGGAGCCUGAGAAGAACCACUCCAACAGCAGCACACUGUCCGACCGACGGCCAAGUGAUUCCAGUUUGUGUAGCAUUGAGGAAGAGCACCGCUAUGUCUAUGACAUGGUGCAUGCCAUCCUGCUUUCCACCAGGGACAAUGUGAAUUUUGUCAACGAGGUCUUCCACCAGGUACACCAGGAUCACAAAGCAUUUUUGUCUCAGUCAAUAGUUGCACUGCAGUUGUAUUACAAUGCCUGCCUCUGGAUCAUAAUGAGGAAACUGACUCAAUGCCAGCGCAGGCAUUACAUGUGCUAUGUCGUUGCCCUCUGCUGGUCAUUUGUUAGCAUAACUUUGAAAUUCUUUUGACUACCAGGAUGUCUUCUCUGCUGUCAACAGUGCUGCAAUGGUUCAGGUUUUAAGUUCAUAAUCUGCCCUUUUAGGCCUUCCUGCUGCCAUCCUGUGAGGCAUCAGCAACCAGGAAGGUGAUCAAAGUGUACAGAAAGUGGAUCCUGCAAGAGAAACCCAGCUUCAUGACUGAGCCUGACAAGAAUACUCAGAUGGAUGAAGUGGAUGACAGCUCUGGAAAAAUACUUAGCCUCGAGACGAACAGCAUGCAUGCACAGGUAAAACGUGAGAUACAGACAAACAAAAUGUAGAUGCUGAUCUUAGAUUUAAUUGAAAAAGAGACGUGUUAAGAUUUUAAUAAGAAAAUAAAUGUAUUACCGUUUUGUUAAAAUUUGUGAUUGACAUUUAAAUUUGACAGCGAUAUAAUAAAUUACAUUAACAAUCUAUGAUUCUGACUCUAUCGAGGGUCUCAAAACAGUAUCAGUAUCUAUGUUAAGUGCAUAACGUGGGAAUCCCUCAUAAAGAAAAAAAAUAAACUUAGGACCCUUCCCAUUUGAGGUGUAGUGUCUCUUAGUUUUCAGUAGCUGAGUUUACAUGAUCGGUCCUCUGGUGGAUCAAUUAAGUGACCUGCCCUUUUCUCUAUCAGACAAUAGAGAGUCAUGGCCACAAGCGAUCCUCCAGCUGGGGGAGGACUUACUCGUUCAGCAGUGCCAUCAGUCGAGGCUUUCUCACAGAGGAGGAAAACAGGGAUGUCAAGGCUGGUAUCCAGCCAACACUACAGGUCUGUUGCAGUAUUGAAACAGCACUUAUAUGUUACAGUUUUACUGUAUACUCAGCACUGACAUGUCUGUAGCAGCCUUCGUCUUCAGUACUUUUUCUUUAAAUCCGUGCGGGCCAUCAGUUUUCCUCUAACUGCACUUGCAGGUGUUCCUGACCAAUUCAUCCAAUGUGUUUCUACUGGAGCCGUGCCAGGAUGUUCCUAAACUCCUGGAUAACCAGGUUGAGGUGUGCAAGGGAGUUCUCAGCAUCUACAGGCACAUGAUCAUGGAGCACACUAUGAACACACAGACAUGGUCAGUGAGAUAUGCAAAUGUACACCGAAAACUCUCAAGAUCCCUUCAUGCAUCUUACAUACACUGCCUAGCAUUAGUCAGUACACCCUCUAUUAAAAGUAAUGUAUUACUCAAUAUCCAGAUGAGCAAAAGUACAAUUUCCAAAGUUUUGACAAAGCUGAGUUUAUCAUAACAUUUUAUUUACCAUAAGAUGAGAACAAGGGCGAUAUGGUCACAAAAAUUUAGCUUUGCUUCCAGAAUUUUGAUCGGGGUGUACUCAUUUUUGCAUCCUGAUUUUAAAUUGAAAAAAAAGUUGUAUGCAACUUAAAAAAUCUUGUUUGCAAUCAAUGGCCUACAUUUGGGGGAGUAUUUUGUUGUAUAGUCUGACAUAGAAAAUGUUGAUUUUAAAAGAAAAAUAUAGGUUUUCUGACAACUCUGAAGGGGUGUACUCAUUUAUGCUGAGCACUGUAGAUCUAGUUUAUUUAUUUAUUUUUUUAAUCAUUCUCAUUCACUCCUUUUUUGUCUUAACUAAUGCUGUUAAUUUUCUUUCUGUGUUCUACAGGGAGCAGAUGCUGCAGGUAUUGCUUAGGAUUACAGAGGCAGUUAUGAAGAGGCCACAGGAAAACCAAAGAAAAGACAGCUAUGCUGAAAGUUUAGCCUCUAUACUCUUUAGGGUAUGUUGUUUUUAACACAAGUGAUCUAUGGGGAGGGUGUGGAUAUAGAAUUUUCACCAUAGAAAACAGCUGUGGUCUUUUAGGGUAUACUGUGAUUACAUAAAAUGACUGUAGAUAACUCUUGAUACUUUACUGCCACAAUUUGUUGCUUAGGCACUGGAAUGAGAAGGUCUCUGUGUGUGUAUGUACCUGUGUCUAAAAUGUGUAAUGCUAACACAAAGGCACUACACAAACGAGAUACAUCAGCGUGAGAAAUGUGCUGUCACAUCUUAUCAGGAGCUGGUAUUCAUAGCAGCAACACUGUCUGUCAAAGCUAAUUCCUCUCUCCUUUUCUCAUCUCGCAUGCAGACCAUCAUUGUGGCGUGGGUGCGGGCCAACCUGUGCGUAUUUAUCUCCCGGGAGCUAUGGGACGAGCUGCUGGCAGUGCUGUCCUCUCUUACCUGCUGGGAGGAGCUGGUGACAGAGUGGGCCAGCAUCAUGGACUCGCUGACAGCUGUGCUGGCACGCUCCGUCUAUGGCCUGGACAUGGCCAACUUGCCUCUGGACAAACUGAGCGAGCAAAAGGAGAAGAGGCAGAGAGGACGUGGUGAGAAAAGGGAGAAAAUAUCAAGAUGUUUAAAAUCUUGUCCAAAAAAAAAACCAAAAUUUUAAACGGACUUCUUAAAAUAAUGGCGUAAUGGACCAGUUGAACUGUUAAGUUAUUUAUUGGUUUUUAAAUGCUCAAUAGGGUUUUAGAAAGAUGUAAAAGAUGCAAAGGGGAAAAAUAGAGGGGAAGGUGUUGCAAGAUAGAUAUUGCAAAUCAUUGAAAGUCUUUAUUUAAUUAAAAAUAGUGCAGAGACAACAGAUAAGAUGUUGAAACUGAUAGGUGUUAUGAUAAGUGAAAAAAUUUGCCAGUUUGAUGUCAACAUGUUUAAAAAAAAAAACUCAAAAUAAAGGCUUUAAGUGAUUUUCAAACCAUCAAAUUCUGCUUUUACUGACAUUUUACACAAUUCAACUCUGAUGGAAUUAAGAGUUGUUAUUCAUACAUAUUGACCUCUUCCCUGUAUGGAUGUAACUGCAUGGUGCUGACUUUAAAUUUAUUUCGAUGACAAAUCAGACCUUAGACAACUUUCUAAUGAAUACAGUCUAUUUUCAGAUCCAUCAAGCUUGAGAAAGGGAAAAAUACUGUGUGUGCAUUGUGAAAAUUACUAUUUUCGACUGGUUUUGACUGCCAGCUAAUCGAAAAUCCUGCGACUUGUCAACGUCACAAAUUUCAUUUCCCUCUGUCUGCCAGAAUGACUUUUACAAUACGACAACUGGUGGUCAUAAAAAGUUAAAGAAUUUUAAGAUCCUACAGAUCUUAAAAACAUUUUUUAAUGAGUUCAUGCUAGGCUAGAUGAUAUCUCAAUGCAAAAAUUAAUGCUUGCAAAUUUUUAAAAUGAGGUGGUUAGUCCUUAAAAUGGGAUAAGUGGUACUGUAAUGAUAUCCUUGAAGAGUCCUUGGUGUUGCUCAAGGCUAUGCCCAAAUCUUGGUGAUCAGAAAAUGUUUCCUGCUUCUAGGAGUGAUCCAGGACUCUCAGAAAGCAGCAGCCGUUGCACGUUCUUUCUCACUGAGUUGGAGAAACCAAGGGGAGCAGGGUGGGCCAGGAGUCCAGGAGCCCAUGAGGAUUCGCUCAGCCACUACGUCAGGAGCUCCUGGUGUAGAAAAAGCCCGCAACAAUGUCCGACAGAAGGCCUCUGGUAAAUACUCGUAAUAUUAUUCAUAUCAGUAUUGUUGCUGUAUGUCCCCAUACCAGGAAUAAAACACAAAGGAUGGCUUUUAUAAGACAGUCUGUAUAUACGUGCUAAUCUAUGUCCAUGCUGUGUUAAUCUUCAGACUUACUGUAAGCCAACAUCACAGGGUUGAUAAGCCUUAGGAGCACAAAGUUUAUCAGAUGUAUUGACAAUGUGUGUAAGCCUUCAGACAGGUCCAUGUGUACCCAAGCCCAGGUGUCACUGAAAGGCCCAAUCCAAAAGACAAAGAGGCCAGCAGAUGGCCCUCAUUGUUCCCUUGGCAUGUCACUGGCCAAUGUCAACAUGUUUCUAUGUCAGCUUGAUUGCAGGCAUACAGGACAAUCUCCCCGUGAUGACAUGUCAGAGGCCAGCUUUGGACACUCAUUGUCAUUAGCUCAAUUCAGACACUGCAAACCCUUCUUAUCUGAUGAGAAUGUGGCAGGCUAAUUAUAAGUUUAGCUGAAAGGCAGUCGAGAAGAAAGUCGCUGCAGUGCCUGUCUUCCCCGUCUUAAUUUUGUCUAGACAGAAUCUUAAUGUGGAGGAUAAAAGACACAGAUGAACUCGUAGCGAUUCCUGCCCUUUCGCCACUCCAAUUACCACCAACAUACUAAAAUGAUGAGCUUGUUGAGCUAGGAGCAGAUGAAUUUGUGCCUGAGGAUAAAGUCUGAGAAGAGGUUUGUGUGCGUUUGUGUGUGCGCGGACAUCUCUAUUGUGUGUCUCGUGUGCAUGUUAAUUCACCUAUUCCCUUAGUCUGUUUAUUUGUAUCUGUGUGCAAGCAAAGAUGGACAUUAAACACUACCGCUUCAAAUUCCCUUCCCUUUCUUUGGCCUAAUUGGAUUCCUCCCUCAUUGAUCUUCAAAGGCCCAACAGCCCUCCUCCCAACUCCUCAAGAAAAGCCCACGCAUCAAUUGUACCCCAGUUUUUGAUAGUUUCAUUUAGAGUGUAAUUAAUGCUCAUUAAUAUGCAUAAAUAGGGCGCAGUGGCAGGCUGCAGCAGAAACCAUGUAUCUCUCCCUCUCUCUGAAAAGCAUAAUUAAAGUGUGCUGAAAACAGAGAAUAGAGCUGUCCUCUUUCAUUGCUCUCUUUGAGAUUAAGUCUGAAGUGCCAGCUAGAUACAAUGGCAAUGCUUCAGCAUGGAGAACUGUCAAAGUUUGGCUGCUGUUGUGCAUGCAAAUACAAACUAAUAUUGUUGUGAACUCUUGUUCAAAGAAAUCAACAGAGUAAUUCAUUGUUGUACUGUUUAAUGUUCUCCAACCACAGAGUCAGUUGAACCUGCUGUCACUUUGCCAUAGAGGUGUGGUUAUUAGGCUUUCCUGUAUGCAGUUAGUUCUUGUGUAUUGGUACACUGUUUGAUUAUAGGUUUGUAUUUGAAAGACAACAUUAGAGUAGAUACUAUUUACACACACAGUGUCUGUAUGUAAUAUUCCUAUAUCAUAUUUCAACUAUUUCCACGUACCAUUCAGACAGAUCAACCCCAACAAAACAAAGAUACAUGCCAGAUACGUCUUAAAGCUUUUAGCAAGGGGGCACAGAGCAUUAAGUUAAAUUUUAUUCUCAAAGCUGUAAAGUGCUCAGAUUUCAUGAUAUUUAAAUGUCCCCCAGGAAAGUAUAUCUCGCUAACCUGCUAGCUAACCAUUUUCAGCCCUAGUUUAUUUUCUCAACAUGUGGCAGAGAUGAUGCCUACCUCACCAGAAGUAUCGCAAUGCUUUUAAAAAGAAAGCAAUGAGUCUAUUAGUCCUUUACUUGAAGAAAACACAGUUCUCUCUCUAAAGCCUGUAUCACUGAAAAUGUCUAUAAAUAUUUCUGUUUCAAAAUUUAAUUCCAUUUAACACAAAGGCCAGAGUGUGGAUUCAUCUGGUUUAAGAGAAGUCAUUAAGAUAAGUUUGCUGAAAAUUUAAAGUAUGAGUUUGGAAGUUUGGUAUUCCUAAAUUUCCCUUUGAGUGUCAAGUGCCUUAUUUUACAUAAUCUGGAGAGUUGUUAUGAACUGUUUUUAUUUUUGUGAAGAGAAACUUGUCCAGUUCAAUGACAGUUGUCUGAUACUUUCAGCAUCUAAAAUUCUAAGAGCCAAGGUACAAUGAUGCUUAUGAGAGACAGAAAGACAAGUUUAUUCAUUUGUACUCCUGCCCAAGAGAGCCAUAAAAUAUAGAGACUUAGACUAAACUUUAUUCAUCCCUUGUGAUGACUCCUGCAGGAAAUUUGGGUUACCAGCAGCUUUUACAGGUAAAAAGGUAAAAAAAAAAAAGGUGCAAAGUGCAACAUGCAAAACGUAGUUACAACAUAAAAUAAGAUAAAAUAUAAAAAAUAAAGAAAUAAAAAUACAAGUUACACAAUCUACAAAAACUCUGUAGAGUCUUGCACAUUGAAAAAAGGUACAUAUGUUAUUACAAAUAUUUUGAUAUCAUAACAGUAUGAGGAUUGACUUUUUUAUAUAUUCUUUGCACAAUUAGAAAAUAUGUAAUUUAGUCCACUUUCAAAAUGCCCCCUUUUCAAUACCAUCUCCAGGCCUGGAUGACAGUUUUUAAAAUGUCAAGCUUAUUACAUGUAUGACUGCUGACUGUGUAUCUAUGAACUCUUACCUUUUUGUCUCUUUCUACUUCAUUUCAGGCAAUAAUGAGUUUUAAUACUUGUUAUUUAUGGCUACAUAAGCUUAUAAUCAUUAUAUUUUCAUAUACAAUACCUUUGCAUUUCUAAACUCUUUAUAAUUGUGUAUUGAGGGAGGAUGCUAAAUAUUGAAUUAAUAACUAAACAUGAUUAUCGAGACUUUUUGUCAGAUUUAAACUCUGACAAUCAAAGUAAAAAUUCAAUAAAAGAAGGUGGAGGGUAUGAACAAAUACCUAAAAGUAUUGUACUUUGAUAGUGGCCCAGAGAAAGACAGGAAUAGGCUGAGAGCAUUUACACAUGGAUAUAUCUGGAGUCCCUUUCUCAAAUGAAUAAUUUAUAUUCCUAUUAAAUAUGUGCAGCCAGAGAUUUAUGUAUUUAACUUUGAGAGAAAAUUCAGUUAGGAUUUUUUUUCUUUUUCUUGGGCAGCUAUAGCAGUUGAUAAGUCUGCUUCAAUUUUAAAUAACUUGGCAACCAUUAGAAUAAAGUAGUCAUGAAACCCCCUCUGGUUUGUAGUGAUCUUUGUUUUAAAAAGAGCCAGUUUGAGGAUGAAUCCUCUACAGAAAGACAGUGUCAGCACAUGAACUUUUUAUCCUCACUUUUGUGAAUUUGCCAUUUUAGUGACUGAGAUAAGAGUUUUAAUCAUUGUAAUCACCUUUUCCUCUGUUUUGGUUGUUUUUCCUGCAUUUUUUCUGUCUGUCAUAGUCAAAUUGUAAUAAACACUGAGUUGACCCAAUUAAAGUCGAAGUCUGCUUCUGCUCUGCUGUGCUCUAUUCUCUGCCUUUAUUGAAUACUGUCUUCUUCCCUCUGCCUUUUUUUCUCUUUCCACUUCUUUCCCUUCUCUUUUGUCUUUUUCCCCGAUGGAAGCUAAACGAAGCCAAUCAAUCAGCAACUGUGUUCAUCUAUACGAGGCUUUGCCCACUACUAAAAGCGUUCCUAUGCUGCUCCACACUGUGAGCUCUUUCUUGCCUGGUAUCUCUUCUGGUAACUCUGCUUGCUCUCACAGACUCUCAGGUAAAGUGUUUUUCUGAGAGCUGCAUGUGUGUUUGUGAUCUUUGUCCUUCUUUUCUAUCCACCCAUCACUAUCUGUAAUUCUCAACCAGCUUCUGUGUCUGUUGUGAUGGAUUUAAGGCAGAAAGGUUGAUGUUUGACUGGAAAUUUCUUGUGCUCAUCCAUUGAGUAACAUACGGUAAAUCUUUAAAACAUCCCUGUAUUGGAUAGUAAGUGUGCAUGUCAUAAUUAGUUUUAACAAAUAUUUCAGUGCUUACAUUUCCCUUUUACAGUGUUUUCAAAUCACUAAAUCAAAUCAUAGUUGGUUGUGUUUGUAUUUGUCUUGUCACUGUUUUUUUUUUUUUUUGGUGAGUUUGUUUUGUUGUCUUUGAACUCCUUGACUGUGUGUCUUUUUUCCUCCUGUCUCUCAGAUGUGGAAGAGUGCCAGCUGUCAGAAUGUGGAGGCGAAGAGGAACUUGCCGGAGAAAGUCCUCUGCCACGUAGCAGCAGUACCUCAGACAUCACCCAGCAAGUGUCUGACACUUUACCAGGUAGAAUCUGAGGCACUUCUAUUGACAUCUUUCAUAUUUGUAAAAAUUAAUAAUUGACACAGGCCCGCACACCCUUUUUUUUUGUGGCUCUAAACACUUUGAUUUAUUCUUUUACUCAUAUAAAGAGGGAAUCAGGCAUUGGAGGAAUCUAAGAAUUAUGAAGCAAGUCUUGUAAUUUCCUAAAUCGGUUGUAUUAGCAUAUUAGACAGAGAUCCUGAUUAAUAGGGAAAAAAAAACCAGAAUGAUCUCAAAUACCCAUGGAGCAUUCAUUUUCAUUUAUCAUCUUGGUAUCAGCCUAAACAGCUACUCCUAAAUGCUGCUUGCUAACCCAAUAACCUCAAACACAGAAAAUAAGCUGUGAAGAUAUAAAAACAUUUGCUCAACAACAAGCAAAUUUUCUUUUGUAAUGAGUUUUUUGGUUCCUGUUUGCAAGAGAAAUCCCCCUUGUGUCAUGAAUUCCCUCAUAAUAAGUAUUAGUUGCUGUAGAUAACUUUAUAACAACUGCAGUGCCUUUUUUAAAAUAUCCCCUGUUGCACCUCAGCCCAGAAAAGAGAGUACUCCCCCUCCUCGUGCGGCUCCGAAAGCAGGACAUCUGAAGGGAGAAGAGAAAGUAGUGAGCCACCCGUGGUAGGAAGACUCAUCUUGUGCUAGAAUAUAACCUAAAACUAACAUUGCUAAGUUUUCAUAUUGGUGUUUAUUUACUUAAUUUUGUGUCUGCAUCCUCAGAUCCUCAUUCGUCAGAGUAGUAGUCCAGCUGAUACAGAGUGUAAUUCAGAGGGACACACAAACUAUGCUAGACCCAAACUCAGAGAGAAAAGUAAGUCUGUUUUUUUUAUUAUAAUCACUGUGAUAUUCACAAAGCUCUAUUUAAUAUGUAUGUUCUACUGGAAAGCCUACCGCCUAAAUGUAACGCCAAAUCCAAAGUGUAAAAAAUGACUUUUUGCAUGGAGAAAUAAUUUUCUAUACACAACCAUCUAACUCCUUCCGAUAAUUCUCUUUUACUUUUUAUGUCAUUUAUAACAUUCCCUCAACUUUUGAAGGUGAGAGUAUAAGCAGUGAGACAUCCAACGGCUACCUGAAUGAAGCGGAGGUGACCUGGCAGGCCUUUGAUGAGGAAGCUGAUACUCAGUCCACACAGUCGGCUCACAUGGACGUUACGGCUGACCCUCAGAGCCAGGGGAGUUUGCUUCUCAGCCAUAACGAGGCCCUUGCAGGUAUUGCAGAACUAUUAAGCCUCUCCAUGAGGAAUCGAGCACAGUUGGACUAUUUUGACCCUCUGUUCCUCCAGAUUAUUCUGGCAUCUAUUGCUUUUAACAACAAUCUGAACAAAAACUAGUAGUAAUACUAGCUCUGCCACUGAAAAUACAUAUGAUUGUUAAAGUUAGAUAAGUCCAUUGAUACUGGCCAUAAUUUUAAAAUUGAUCCACAUUUUUAUAGCUUAACCUGCAAUAAUUUUGUGUAAGACUUUUAAAGUCAAGCCCUGUUAGCUGUAGAGGAGGUCAAAGUAGGUUACGUCUUUUUCUCUCAUUUUUUGAUUUUUGGUUAUUUUCAGAAAAAAAAGUGGGGAUUUUUUUUAUUCUAAUUUUGUAUUAUCAUUAAAAAAUUUAUUACAACUGUGCUCUGAAAAAAACAUCAAUAAAAGAAGGGAUGCACCAAUCCACUUUUUUCACCUCUGAUACCAAUACAGAUAUGUACAGUUUAGUAUCGGCCAAUACCGGUCCAGUUCCGAUACAGAAAAGUCACGCUGAAUUACCUUUAGUUGUAACCUGAAGUUUUAUCACUGCCCCUUGGAUUGUUUACUGCGCAGGUGUUGCAAGUGGCCGCCAGGCUUGUAGGCUGAUGUAUUGUGAUAAAGUUCAAGAUAGCAGACCUCUUUGCUCGCUCCAUUUUGAAAACAACGUGGGCAUCCACUCAGCGUGUUAGUUGUGGAUUCCACUGACAGCGCAAAGCAUAGAGCUAGACUGAAAAGAUCGGCCCCUAUGCAUCAGGCCCAUUGUCACGAUACCCGAUCUAAAAUUUUCUUCAGUAUCAGGACCGAUACCAAUAUCAAACAUCGGAUUAGUGCAUCCCUAAUUAAGAGUUGAGCUUUAUCUGGUAUGUUUCUGGAAUCUUAAGUGUCUUCCAUAACCUACCACUUGAUGGAUUCGUCACAUGGGUAUACUGUUCCUGCAAAGGACUUUGGCCUGCUUGUCAGUAUCCUCUACAGUACAUUCUUGCUAUUUAACAAUUUAAUCAUUCAACACUGCAAAUAGGUUGUGUGUACAGUAGCUGAUGUCUUCUAGCUGAGUAUUCUACUUUGUCAUUUUCAAAUGAUCAAAAAUGUUAUUUCGGAUAAGAUAUUGUUUCUUCAAACCUUUCAGUUUUCAGUUCUUCUCUCACAUCACAAAACCAUUCCCAGCCUUCUAUGUGAACUUUGUGUGUAGACCACAUUGUGUAGAUCAUGAAGUUCUCACUCCUCUCCAUGCUCCCGUCCUCAAACCCAGAGUUAUCCCUUUCCCCUUGUUGUUCUUUUAGGUCCUGAGUGUUCCCAUCCUCCCCACUCUGCACCCCCGUCCUACCACCACCACAACCACUACCACUACCCCCAGAACCCACCCGCCUCACCAGCCCUUCUUGUGCACACAGAGUGCCCGCGGGACUGCCCCUUGGAUGACAACAUGCAUCAGUCUGUCUUACACAUGCCACACCACUUGGGUACUGCUCCCCAGCUGCUACUCAUCAUAUAGACCAUAGUUCUCAUUUACCAUCAACUCUCCAUGCUCUGUGGUGUUUUGCUUGCAUGUUUCUUGAUGUUUUUUGUCUUUUUAGUACAUUUUCCCCGAAAACUGUUUACUUACUGCUGAAUACAGGAAUUUGACUUUUCUGGUUUACUUGGAUUAAACAUGCAUUCCUGCUUAUUCUGUUUUUCAUUGUGCUUAACAUUUUGCUCAAGAACUCCAGAUUCAUCUCUAAUGUGCUACAGAUGCAAAGUAUUUCUUUGGUUUGAGCUCCUUUUACCCCCUCCUCCUCCGUCUUCUUCCUUUUCCGCUUCUUCUUCUUCUUCUUCUGCUGUCCACUAGGUGGCAGCAUCCUCUCACAUAUCAACAUGAAUUGGCUGAUGCAUGUGACUUGUGCCUGAUUCCAAAAGUGUACCUGUGUUUUGAUAAUUUUUAUGAGAGGAAUCUCUUACUUGGACACAUUUGGAAAAAAUGCACAUGAAGUCAAGAAAAUUGGUCAACAACUGCUCAUACAGUGACAAGACUUUCAUGUACCACAAACAAACCUGAUGAUUUAAAACCUUUACCGAAGUUACUGUGCAGUUUUUGACCAGUUCCCAUAAGCUCUACGAAACCCAGUGUAGAGCAUUUGCAGUUGAUACAAACACAUUUUAAAUGUAUGCUAGUGAUUUGCUUUCUAACCCACAAACUUCUGAAAUUCUGUGCCUAACCUUGCAGACAGUAGUGAGUGUCUCACUGAUGAUGUCAGCAUCAUUGCGGGUGGGACCCUGACUGGUUGGCAUGCUGACUCUGCUUUUGUCCUGUGGAGGAGGAUUUUGGGUAUCCUUGGAGAUGUGAACAGCAUCCGCUGCCCCAGAAUUCAUGCCAAGGUCUUUUACUGUCUGUAUGAGCUCUGGCACAAGCUGGCAAAGGUGAGUACAAUCAGUUUAAAAAGUUUUAUGUAAGAUGAGAAUGAAAAAAAAAAUGACACCCAUUUUGCCAUUGAGAUAUUACUGUAAAAUCAUGAGAUACAUUACAUACCACAAAAAAAAGUUUUAAUGAUGUAAGUGACUAAUUAUUUUAGCCAACAGUAUUUAUCUUUAUGUUUAUGUUUUUAUUGAAAGGGUAUUUCAAACCAAGAUUUUCCCCAAUAUUUUUCUCCUGCCCUAUGUUAAAUUCAUGCUUAUAGGAAUCCUGCAUGUUGGUCGUUUAAUUAACUCAGUGAACAUUUACUUAUAGAUUCGGGACAAUCUCGGGAUCAGUGUAGACAACCAGUCAUCUCCCCCGCAGCCAGCCUUCAUCCCUCCUCUUCGAAUGCUGGCUUCCUGGCUUUUCAGGGUAUGUACAACAGAGACACAGACCACAACAAUUACAAUACUUGAAUACUAGAGGCACAGCAUUGAUAAUAUGCAAAAUACAAUAACCGAAGUACUGUUGGAUAGAUUGAAAUGUGGUAUCUGGUUCCAGUUUUCCAAAUUGAAAAGGUUCAUGAGGAAUCAGUUCCAUUAUGUCCUUAAGACCCCAAAUCGUUUCCAUGACCUGUAGCUAUUUCACUAUAACCGAGUUUAUCAAUAUGUUUGUUGUACACAAUAUCCGGUAGGUGUUUCCUGGGGAAAGCCUCUUUGCUUGAGAAGGAAUUGGAUUAGAAGUAAUUAAAUAGAAGUGGCUGGUAUGGAAAGAGGCUGUGAGCCAAUCAAACAGCAGCUUACUGAACCAUUUUAGAGAUGAAAAUAAAAGCAUACAUUUUACAGCUCUCUUGUUGAUGGAGAACAGCCUCUCUGUUUAUGAUAGAUUUUUAGUAUCUGUAGCUUCAUUCAGGAGUGACAAGUUUCAGCCAAACAAAAAAAAAUACUUUUUCAGUGUCCUUCUUACAUAAUGUCCAGAUGUCAAAGUUACAACUUCCUUAUUACAGUAGUGAACUUAGCAUUUGUGUUCCCUCUUCAGGCCACCAUGCUGCCCGCUGAGUACAAGGCUGGUAAACUGCAGGCCUACAAACUAAUAUGUGAGAUGAUGACCAGGCACCAGGAUGUGCUCCCGAACAGUGAUUUCUUGGUACACCUCUACCACAUCAUGCACAAGGGCAUCACCAGUGAUGACCAGGUACAGUCAGAAGGGGGCACCUUCAGAAUAGCUCCUCGCUCUUCCUUUUUUUCACCACUAGAUGGUACACCAGACACAUUCUGGUGGAAAACUAGUUGAAAUUUUUACAAUUUCCUUUGCAGCCUGAGAUGACAGAGUGAUUCCCAGUCAACUGUUAGUUCUUGAUGUAGACAGACUUGAAUCAACACCUAAAUGGAUCAGUGCCAGUUUUUUUUUUUUUUAUUUGAAGAUAAUUGGAGUCACUAUGAGGACUGGGACUGACAGGUGGAAGAAUGGGGUUCAUAUUAGGUUCUCUGGGAUGUAAUUGUGUCGAGUCCCUGAUUAAGUAAAUGGUUUUGAAUCUGUUUGCCAACCAGUGGUGAUGAAGAAGGCCUGUGUGUUUUGGCAUUUUCCACCUCCUUCGGCCACACCCUAACUUGUAUUUAAUCUUGGCCAGGCUCCAUUUCUCCCAGUCCAAGCUGAGUAAAGAUGAAUGGAGUCCCCCCAAAACAAAGGAAAGGGAUAAAAGUGUGUGUGGUUGGGGGUGUAUUGGAUGCAUGUGUGUGUAUAUAUGCCCUCCUGGCUUGGUUUCUAUUGCACAUUGGCAGCGCGACAAGCUUAUUAGAAUGUUUUCCAUGUCGUUAAAUAAUGUUUUGAGCCCCUGCCGCGUAUACGUGAUUAAUUAAGGAUUGACGUCUGUCGCGCUCCGUUAGACUGACACGUCGGCCAGGGGCCCAGAGUAGGCUGGACUGCCUGCCUGCCUGCCUGCCUGCCUGCCUGCUUGUCUGUGUGUGUGUGUGUGUGUGUGUGUGUGUGUGUGUGUGUGUGUGUGUGUGUGUGUGUGUGUGUGUGUGUGUGUGUGUGUAUGCAAGUGUGUGAAGGAGCGGGAGGGGAGACUGGGGAACGUGGUGUAGAGUAGAGCAAUGAGGGGGGCACAUUGAGGGACGAGGCAACAUUCUCCAGCUUUUGUUGUGGCUCUGUAUAAUGCGUCGGGGGGCCAGAGCCAGGCUGGCCACUGAAGCAUGCUCAAAUUGGCCGGAGAAAAGAGUCCUCACGCCACACAAUAGAGGACAGCCGCACGCCUGCUUAACAUAAGAAAGUGGCUCUUACGUCCCCCCCUCCUCCUUCCUCUCUUCACCCAAAACCCCCAACCUUGCAAAAAAAAAAAAAAACAACCUCUCUGAAUCCAUCAUACAAAUACAUAAAAACAUGUUUUAUGAGGUUUACUUUUUUCAUUUAUUGAUAUGUCACUAUCUUUAAAAGAUGGACAAGAACAAUCCAGGGAGGUCUGUACAUACUCUUUAUGAUUGUCUUUAUGCAAAGAAUUAAAAGGGUAAGGUCACGAUUGAAUUCAGACUUUAACCACAUGCUUUUAUUUUAUCUAAAAGUACUCAGGUUUACGCGUUGAGCAUUUUUUAACUACCUGUUUCAGAGGUCACAAAACCUGCCUUAACCUACUGGGUUUUAUGGACAGCAAGGAGAGUCCCUGUGUAAACCCUAUUCACUAAAUUCGACUUAGCUUUGAGAAAAUGACAGUUCCCUCCGAGAGAUUCUCCUUCCAACUGACGGGGUGCCAAGGUCAUGGCUAUUGUCCUGAUUGUUCAUGGUCACUGGUCUCACAAAAGCAUGGCCAUAACACAAUAGCAGUAAUCUAUCUAAUAGGUCUACCAUCUGAGCUGCAGUUGUUAACAGCAUAUUUUGUAAAGUGUAGCAAAACGCAGACAAGCAAAGCAUUUUUUCCUUUUUUUUUGAGAGAGAGGGAGGCAGAAGAAAACAAAAAACAACCCUAUCAUUGUAUAUUCUUUUCCACUCUUGUGUUAAACUAAAACAUGCUGUGUACAAGGAUUUGCCAUGUCUGUCCCUGCAGAAGAGGUACCUUGUGUAAUUAAUUCACUGUCAGAUUAAAUUCUGCCUGUUGACCACAAGUCACAAAGGUGGCUGUUGAUUAAACCUCCCACUUCAUAGUUAUGCAGGUGGAUUAUGUUCUACAAGGGAAAACCCCAGAUACUCUGUGUAAUAAGGGGGGUGUUGAAUUGCAACAGAAAUCUUUCCCGUACUAAACUGGAAACAACCAUUAGUAAAUAAGACAAAAAAACGUGGAAUGUUGUGUAGACUAGUGCUGCCAUACUGGACUGAACACUGUCACCCCAGAGACAAGCAGGUGGACAGUGUGUGCUUUCCUGGAGACGAGGCCAAAUGAAAAGGCCUCUAUUCACAGUUACGUUAAUGCACCUUUUGUUGAUGUAGGGGCCAUUCCUACCGCCAACACAGAGCCACACGCGGGGUUCAAUUCCCAUCUCUAUACACACACCUCAAAUCAGGUUCCCUCUACUUACACAUACAAUGGAAAACACUUUGUGUUCAACAUUUGUGGCUUCCUCUAAAAUGCUCAUUUGAGGCAAUCAAGCAACAGUUUGUUGCAUGCUAAUUACCUCUGACUGCACUGCACAUUAUGUUUCAGAGGUCAAUUACUAACAAAAUGAGGGUAAAAUUGGCCCUCAAUCCUAAAGCCCUUCCCUGCAAUUUUCCGCAUGUAGUGCAUCAUGUUGACUUCUUGCUCAUCGCCCUCUGCUUGUUUAUUUUAUCCCUCUGGAGUUCACAUGUAUGCCACGUUUACUAGAGCUUUGGUUUAUUCAUGUUAAAGAGAUGUAGAUAAAUAAAUACUUAUAUAUAUAAGGAUACUAUAUGGGACUGUGUGUGUAAAAGAGAGAGAGCAUGAGAGAGAUCAUUUGUGCCUGUGUUUGCCAGGGUGCUGUUUUGGUUCAGCUAAAAAGAAAGCUAAUGUUUGAACUGUGCGAUUUACACAAGUUUAUGGCCAAGAAGGCAGGUGUUUCCAUCUUGGACCUUGCCUUUGUACACAAACGUACAUGCACAUGUCUCCGAUAAGAGAGGGGCACUCUAUCUGUUUCACUGAGUUGCUGUAUCCAUAUGCCAAUAUUUGACCAGUAUAGAUUUUCAAAACAUUUAAAGUUCAGUUGAAUUUAGUAUAAAUGUUUUGUUGAACUUUUUGUCUAACAAAGUUAUCUCUAAAAAGUAAAGAAAUUUAGCCCCUUUGCUGCAGCUGAAUGUUGCAUGGAAAGCCUUUUAGCAGCUUUUCAUGCUCUUGUCUUGCAUGGUAUUACACUGUACAUACUUGAGCAGUUUGUGCAGAGCCCUCUGCAGUACAGCAUAUGUCAGUGUUGAAAGAGCCCCCAUCUGCCACUGAGCCGCCUGUACCUCAGCAAAACAAUACCUUGUCUCUGGCUUUAAUUACAGGUUUGCUUGUGUGUAUAAACACGUGACUUUCAAAAGUUGGGGUCUUUUGUUCUGCCUCUGUGAACAAUCCAUCUGCUGCCCCUUCCUCUCUCUCUUUCGCUCAUUCUCCUUUUUUCCCCCUUUUUUCUCUACUCCUUUAUCUUUCUUUAUCCACUCAUUUUUCCUGUGUUUUGACAAAAACAUACUGUGGUGUUAAAAGCCUUGCUCCACAGAAGAGGAUUAGAGGCACAAGAAAAAAAAUCAUAAUAAGGUCCAAUGAUAUAUAUUUUAUUUUGAUUCUAAUAUUUAAAAAAAGGUUAGAAUUUUGACUUUUUCUUAGAAUUCCAACUUUUUUUCAGAGUUCUUACUUUUUUUUCGCAGAAUAAUAAUAAUAUAUAUAUAUAUAUAUACAUACUAGGGGAGGGAAUCACUAGUGGCUCCACAAUACAAUUUUAUCACGAUACUUGGGCCACAAUACAAUAUUAUCGCGAUUUUUAACAUUUUGCAAUACAGUGAGUAUUGCGAUACAAUAUAUUGCAAUUUAUACAAUUUUUUUACUGUUAAGCUACUUUAGCUUUUGGUUUUCCUUUAUGUUUGUCUUAUUUACUCUGUGUUUUAUUUCAUGUACCACAUCUUGCAAAUUUUAUUUAUAUAUUUGUUGAACUAACUUUCCCCUGCUCUAUGAUGUCACCUCUGCCAACUUCACUGGACAAUCAGUUGAUUUCAUUUUUCCAUGAUCAUAGAUUUGACUUCAUAUUAGCGAUUAAUUUGAAAGAUGGAUACUUAGUAAAUGAGACGAUACGAUAUAUCACCAGACAAAAUAUUGAGAUACUAUGCUGUAUCGAUUUUUUUUCCCACCCCUAUACAUACUAUUUCUCCUAUUUCUUUUUCCCCAGUUGCUAAUCCUCUUCCAUAUUACUCUCCUCAACUCAUAGAAAGUGCUUAGCCUACCUGUUGGAGAAAAGCCUAUUUCCUGCCAUGUCCCUGAUAUGUGAUUGACAAAACACUGACCCCACUGGACAUGAUCCUCUGCUGUUAUUAUGCACCAAAUUAUAUCAUAACAAAGGACAUACUACAGCAGUAAUGAGACAUUUUCAGUGUUUGAAGCAAUGAUAGCCGUUAAUUCUUUCAUUUAUGCAUCAAGUUACACCACUUACUGAUGCCUAACAACAUUAUUAUUAAAAAGUAAACCACUGUGCCUAUUGAUAAGUGUGCGUGUGUGUGUGUUUGUGUGUGUGCGCGUGUGUGUGUGCACUUGCAUAUAUUUUUGUCAUCAGGAUGUUUUGAACACUAUGAUCCGCUCCUGCUCUCCUCGUUUCUUCUUCCUCGGCCUGCCGGGUUUCACCAUGCUUGUCGGAGAUUUCAUAACUGCUACUGCCUGUGUUCUCAGCUCAGGCUCCCCAGAGGUAAAUGCCCACUUUAAAAAGUUAGAUUUUAACCAGAACCUGACACUUAUUUCAAAAACAAAGAUGUUGCUCGUAAAUUCAAUCAGUUCAGACACAUAUGUAAUGGUUCUGCAUCUUGUGUUGAAAUAAAAAACUCAGGAUGCUGCAAUCUAAUUUCUUUUCUGAUAUAAUAUGACCUUCAGUUUUUGCCACAUUUAUUCAUCCACUCAUGAGUUGUAGUUCUAUGACUAAUAAUGCAUCCUUUUAACUUCUUGCAUUCUGAAGCAACACUUAGCUGCACUGAUUUCUGGUAAUAAUUAAAGAGACUUUCGUGCACAAAUAAGCAUGAAACCUGAAACAUGUUCUUUGUGUAGUUGAGAAGGUAACUGGGAUAAAUUACAGUCCAUCUGUCAAUGCCAAUUCAGGACUGUGCAAGGAUGACUAAAAUUAAAAUUAACAACACUGAGACGUCUUCUUUUACAGUCUUGUCUUUGGGAACCAAAUGAGCUACUUGCAUAUAACAUAUUCCACUUCCACAUUGUGCUGUACUGAUAAGAUUUAAACUCAUAUCGUUAUAACUAAAAUGUGGUUUAACUGUAAAUAAAGUAUUUGAUACUCAAAGUACAGUUUAUUUAGAUAAAACAGGUGGAUGUGAUUGGUAAGUUUUGUUAGAUACAGUCCACCUUGGUUUAGGGAUUUUGGACCAAUUUUAGUAAAUUGUUUUAAAUUAUUGUCGUCCCAAAAUAGAGUAUGUCAACUUGUUUAGUUUGCAGGUUGGUUUUUUUUUUAUUUUGUGCUCUUGCACAUUAACAUGAACAUUGACUAAUGUUAAAAGAUGCAACAUGAUUGGCUGGCUUUGAAGCAUUGAAGCAUUGAAGUAGAGCACAUUUUGGCAAGCUCCUCUCCAGGGUAAGAAGACUUAAAUUAAUACAAGGGCAAGUUCUAUUUACUGUGGUUUUGUUGAAUUCUGAGUGAUCCAACCAUUGAGAAAUCAAACCAUAGUGGCAAAACCAACAUCCUGUUUCCAGGAUAUUGGUUUUGUUAAAAUGGCAUGAGGUUAUUAAUGAUAGCAUGUGGGCUUUUUUCUCCUCUCAUCUCUGCCAGGCUCCAAGGAUGGAAGCUCAGACCAUUCUGGGCUCUCUUGUGUGUUUUCCAAACCUUUACCUCAAGAUUCCUAUAUUGCAGCGAGUGCCUGGCUCUGAUGACAUCAUUGUGGGUAACGAGGAUAUCAAGGUAGACGGUCAACAUGUGUCAAACUGGGCAUGUACAGUGCCCAGCAUAAGUCAGUACACCCCUAUUAAAAGUAAAGUAAUACUCAAUAUCUAGAUGAGAAAAAGUGCAAUUUCCAAAGUUUUGACAAAGCUGAGUUUAACAUGACAUUUUAUUUACCAUCAGAUUAAAAUAAGGGUGAUAUGGUAAUUAAAAUGUAGCUUUGCUCCCAGAACUUUGAUUGGGGUGUACUCAUUUUUGCAUACUGAUUUUAAAUAAUUAAAAAAAAAACUUUUUUUGCAUGCAGCUUAGAAAAAUCUUGUUUCCAAUCAAUGGCCUACAUUUGUGGGAGUAUUUUGUUGUAUAGUCUGACAUAGAAAAUGUUGAUUUUGAAAGGAAACUAAAGGUUUUCUGGCAACUUUGAAGGGGUGUACUCAUUUAUGCUGAGCACUGUAAAUUGCAGUCUUGUAACCUACAGUGCACUUGUAGAUUACAUGUAUAUUGACUGUUAUGACAAAAGUCAUUGAUACUUAAUUUCAAGCAUGUAAAUGUUAUUGUAAGAAAUCAUUAUCCUAUGAUAGAAAUAACCAGUUUUCAAUGAUAUUUUAGUGUUAAAGACUCCAUACUUUCAUUUAAAAACAUUUUGAAAUCAUAAAAUGUUUUUUUUUUUUGCUGUCUAGGAUUAUCUGGUCAACAUCUUGCUGGAGACUGCAACAAAGGAACACUGUGAAGGGGCCAGGUACGAUUGUAGUGUUGAUGUUGGGUGAUUUUUUCGUUUUCUUCUCUGAGAUUCCACUGUCAUUUUCUGUGAGGUGUUCUUCUGGAAUGUUGUCAUUGGUUGUUUAAAUCGAUUGAAAAGUUCACAUCUUGUAAACAAGUGAGCACGACACAAUUUACAAAAGAUCUGGAGCACAUCCGUUUCUUUUUGAUGUGAAUGUCUGGUAACAUACAGUUAGGGAUGGGCAAUAAAUUAUUGUUUACGAUAUAUUGUCAGAAAAAUCCUCCAUGAUUAAAAUUUUCCAUCUCAUGACAAAUACGAUAAAUGCAAGUUGAUGUUGAGGGGCAAGCGGCGAACUCACAGCCAUAGCCCACACAGAGCAGAAUAACAAACAAACAUGGCUGAAGGUAAUGAAGAAGACGUUUCUGAGCAGCUUAUUACUGAGCGAGGCUCCACAUGAGGGAUUCCCUUCAAGAUUGGGGCUUAGAUGAGUGCAAUCAGAUAUGCCUGACAUCAGACAGUGGAUCUGCUCACUCUGGUCACUCUGUGCAAUAAGAGUUUUGAAUAAAUAUUGAAAAUCUUUUCACAUUUGAGACUAGUUUGAUGUCAUGAGUUUUCUCCAUCACCUACCACUCAAACUUGUGGUGAAGUAUCUUAUUUGACUAUUCCAACUUGUGUUCUUAAGACAAAAUGAGUCAAAAAUAUAGAUUGGAAUUAUAGAUUCUUUUAUCUGGACUUUUGUUGUUAUUGACAGAAUGGCAAAUCUUAUCAUGAUUAAUUUAUUAGCCCAUAUCGCACAUCCCUACGUACAGUAUUUGCAGUCAUACCAUGAAAACCACAUGGGUCUCUCCCUGUUCUCAGGAAGUUUGGUCUGUUUUUUUUUUUUUUUUACACACCCUGUAACUUUUGUCUUCCAGGUGCAUUGCUGUUUGCAGUCUGGGUCUGUGGGUUUGUGAGGAGCUGAUGCAAAAAAACUUCCACCACCAGGUUAAAGAUGCCAUCAAUGUUCUUGGAGUAACACUAAAGGUCAGUGGCACUGUGAAGCAAAACAGCCAACAUUGCACCAGGCAUACUUGUGUGGUUUGUUAUCUGCUAAGUAAAGUGUACACCCUCUAAAAACCAAUGAAUGAAGGCCUGUGUUGAGUGUUUUAGUACAUCAUUAUAAGCCAUAAUGUUUGAAGACUAACUGUUAAAGGUAUGAUUGGACUGAAUCUGGGUUUAUGUGGUUUUACCUGGAAGGACGUACAGUGUUUAGCUCUUACAAAAAUGAUUGCUGAUCACAUAUGAGCACUGCAGAACAAUUUCAACAUCGUGAGCAGUGAAGUGUGACUGUGAGAGUAAAACACGUCUAGUGAUGUGACUCAUGGGUAUAUUGCGAAAGAGCCCACUUUUUCUCCGUGAGUGAAGAGAUGCAGAGAGUCAGAGAAGGUGGAUUUUUUUCUUUUUUUCAUGGAAAAGGGUUUUUGGGGCGGUCUCGUAAUUUCCAGGCUACUCGCUCGCAGUAGAUGUGGGCCAAUUUAAGCAGCUACAUCUCCCAGCUUCCUGCUCGAGUAACCCCCUCCACCCACCCCCCUACUCUCUAAUGGAGCAGUAAUCACUCCCCUGUACAACUUGACACACAGACUCAGCCAGCCCCAAAAAUAGAGGGUAUAGGCUGGGUGGGGGAUCUGGGGGGAGAGUGGCACUGAGAGUCUCUUUUCUAAAAGCAGGUGCUGAACUCUCAGGGCCCCUUUUUGUGUUUGGCCAUUUCUGCACUCCCCACAUUGUCUGCCCUUGUUACAUGUUGAGAGGCAUUCAAGCUGGAAGAAAUGGGAAAUUCUAUUUCUCCACAAAGAAUUUCAAAUCACUGAAGAAAUCCACAUUUGAAAGAAAAUUGUCAACAGCUCAAAUCUCUCCUCUGAUGAGUCUGGAGAAAAUGAGCCAUGGGUUGAAGUGGAAAGGAAAUUAUGCUGAUUAUGUGCACAUUAAGUAAAAUUACCCAGAAUUCUCUCAUAGUCAGUUUGUGCCUAAACUUUUUCUUUCCAUGUUUUCAACCAGCAUUGUCCCUCUUGCCGUUCCAGAGUGUGUGUAUUUAAAAAACACAAAUUCAAUGAGGAAGAGUGCAUAAAUACUAACACGCAACAAAGAAUCUCUUGCUAAAAAAUCUGAAUACAGUAAGUGAAGUCCUGAAGAUCAGAAAAAAACUGUUUUGGGGACACAUCGCCGUCAGUUCUUGAUUUCUGUAUAUUUAGAGUACAUACAAAAGGUACUAUUAGUGUACUAUUAGUGUAUGUUGUGUGUUCUUUAGAUUGAAAAGUGUGGCUAAGUAGCUCCUGUUUAGUUGCAUCAAAAUAAACCCAAACAGAGAUUGAUUCUAUGUGAUGAAUUUCUACAGGCCUUUAUUUCCUCCUUUGCUGCUGUCAGUCAAGAAAAUAUCUUUAUUGACAUACAAACAAGAAAAUCCCACAAGUGACUUUAUAAACUUGACCCAGGGAUACAAAAGAGAAAUAGGGCCACAAGAAGAAAAAAAACAUAAUAACAGGAGGGAGAUUUUUUAAAUUUCCAUUUCGGGAUUAAAGCCGAAAUUUCAAGAUUAAAGUCGAAAAUUUAGAAACUUGAAAUUUAGAGAUUAAAGUCGAAAUUUCGAGAUUACAUUUUUAAAAAGUAAAAAUAAAAAAAGUUGAAAUUUUGAGAUUUAAGGUGAAAUUUCUGGAUUAAUAAUGUCGAUAACUAUGUCGAAAUUUUGACUUUAAUCUCGAAAUUUCAACUUUUUUAAAAUUUGACUUUAAUCUCGAAAUUUAGACUUUUGUCUCAAAAUGGAAAUUAAAAAAAUUUCCCUCCUGUUAUUUUUUUUUUCUCUUGUGGCCCUAACCCUCUUUCGUACAGGGAUGAUUACAAUCACCCUAGACUAUGAAAAAAACGCUUCCCCCUGGUCUAAAGAUGUAAAUCUACAGAAACAAAAAUGAAAUGAUUGAGUUGCCAACCAAAAUCUCCUGACCUUUAUGUUACCUAAUGUAAAAAACUUCAUGUUUGCUUUAUGGUGCAGUUUGGAAACAAAGCAGUGGCUCAGAUAGCCUGUGACGUGUUUCAACUCCUCAUCUCUCACUGGGAACAUCUCCAGAGGUUGGAAUCGACCCUUCCCAAGAAAAUCAUUGAGGUAAUAAACACACCCACACACCUAUACACAUACACUUGAAUUGUCAGUUCCUGUUAGUAAGUUGUGAAACAAACUUCAGAAAAAAGGAUGUUCCCGUCAUGUCAAUCAUGCUUUUAAAACUGAGAUUUUCAUGAACUAUUACUCAUUGGUUUACAUUUACCCUACAUCCUGUAGCAUUUCGUCCAUUUGGCACACAGCCCUGACUCAGCUGAUAAAUAGGAGUGUGUCAUCCAAUUAUCUUCCCUCUUGUUUUGUCCCAACACAGAUCUUUGUGGCCACAAUAGCGUUUUUGUUGCCAAGCUCAGAGCACUCAACAGUGGAAGCAGACAAAAAGGUACAUUUUUGAAAGGAGGGGACAUGAAAUACCUGACAUCUAAAGGCCCUUGAUCUAUCAUGCUGGAAUGGUGCAUUUGCAGAGGAAUGUUUCUCUUAAUGUGUUUUUCUCUUGUCCUUUUUGUCAUUGCUUAUAUUUUAUCUGUGCAGCUCUCAUUUAUUACUGUUGUUUAUCUCAAACUACCUUGUCUUUUUUAAAUUAAUUAUAUAUAUAUAUUUUAUUUUACUUGUUGUUACUGAAUAAGAAACUCCUCUAUUCUCACCCCUUGUUAGCUGAUGGUGUCCUUGCUGCUCUGCCUUCUGGACUGGUGCAUGGCAGUUCCUCUGAGUUUGCUCCUCGAACCCAUUACCAUGCCUUUGAUGGAGGACACCGCAUCUCACAAAGCCCCUUUGCUGGACUACAUCUACAGAGUGAGUGGCCUCACGUCCAGCUCAGCAGGGGGGGAAUAGAUGAAAGUUUCUGUUGCAGCAUUUAAUAGACCUGAUGGAUGGCCUCUUACCAAAAUCUUCUAAAACACUAGAUCUCUCUUUGCCUGCAGGCACAAUAACUUCUGCCUCGACAUCUUCACCCCUACCCCCAAUCUCAUCAAAUGGGCUUGUCACUUUAAUUAGACUCACCUUCAUCAUGACCUCAUGAAUAUGGUUAUACUGGCACAACAGCAUAGCAGCAGCUGACGUGUUCUGUUGGCAUUUCAUCAAAUGUAGAAAGUCUUAAAGUUGUCUUCGCAGUAGUUCUGUUUAAUUCAAGCGAGAUGUUCCGAAUUCAAGCCAUUUCUCUGUAUUUGUGUCUGAGCCUUUAUUUUAUGGUCUGACCCUGAGGAUGAGGGGCAAGCUUCAGGCACAAAUGAAUGAGGUAUUAUUCAUUCCCUCCUGUCUGGGCAGAUGCGGUCAACGGCAGAUCUUUGUAAGGAUGUCACCCCUGAUAAGAAAUGGUCCAAUUAUUCAAACAGAACCCUUUGUCCACUUGAUAAGCUUCGGCUAUAAAUGCUUGUCCUGAAGAUUUGAAUGGAAUAUGUCUUAAUAUGAGAGCAACUGCAGCUGCUAUAAAAGCAAAGACAAUUAGACAUGAUUGGUUGUCUAUCAGCACACAAAAGCCAUGGCCCCUCUGGGUUUUAUUGAAAAUAAUAUAUUAAGCAAGGCAUAACAAGAUGAGAGAAAACAAAUGAGCACCAAGUCAAAAAUCUAUACAUUUGAUGCAAAUUAUAUUCUUAACGGCUCUAACGGAAACCAUCCCCUUAUUAUUUUUCACAUGUCACUUAUAUUUAAUUACAGUUUUAUAUUUUAUUAACUCAGUCAAUCCCAAGCCACCAAACACAAGCACAAAACAUGUCCUCAGCUACUAAAGGACGCUGAAAGUAUUGUGCAAUCCUGAGAAGACCAAAAAAGCAUUAAAAGCUGUUUUGAUGUCCAACAGCAUUGCAGAUUGUGUAAAGAGCAAUGUUACAGUAGACUUCAUUGGUUCAGUGGUGUUCUGUUCAAGCCUCUCCAUCUGCUCUCCCCGCCUGCCGUAACAACCAGCUGCACCACCCUUGUGUGUUUAUUUGUGUGAGAGUGCGCAGUGGAGGGAUUGUGCGUGUUUCUGUGCAAAAGAAGCAGAGAGGUUGGGUACAUGUAUGAUUAUGUGCCUUUUUAUUAUUAUUUGUUUUCUGUGUGUUCAAAGUUUGUCCCAUAUAUCCUAAUAACCUGCGCUGGUUUAAGUACAAUAUGCCAGUUUCACCAUGUGUCACCUUCCAGGAACUGUUGCUAUGCAAAGUGCAGUCACUUAGUUGUCAAGCUCAGCUGUGGGCCCCCUCCCUCUUCUUUGGUCUCUCCACCUCUUCAUGGAGAAACCUCUUUGGUGCUUUUGCUCGCAGCUGUUUGUUUCAGGUCUUUUUAGUAUUGAGCCUCAAUCCCCCCCCCAUGCACCCAGAGGGCCGUCGAAUCAUCCACAUACUGUCUACAUUGCCUCACACACAAUACUGUUUCGCAUGGCAGGGCCAGCAUGCCGAAGAGCGUCUCUUAGCCAAGUAUGAGCGUAUGUGAGCACUGAAUGGGAUUAGCCUUUGCAUGGCUUUACCCAAGUUGCUUUACUCUGAAUGAGAGGCCCCCUUAUUUGCAUGCAUGAAGGAUGGCAUAAGGCAUGUUUUUUUUCUCACUCAGAUACAGCGGCCUAACCUUCUGUCAGAUCAUACAGUAUACAGGUGGGUUUGUGUGUUUUUUCAGUGUGGAUGUUUGUGGUUGGAGCUGUGCACAAGGAUAAAGUCUUAAUUAAAUCAAACAGUGUAAACCUGUCCGAUGGAUGUAAUCAACUGCCCCAGUGCGUCUUAUCUAGCCCUGCCAACGGAUGCUCUGCCAUCUGUUAUGUAGAUCGAUACACUCACACAUCACAGGAGAAAUGGAUUAGUGGCAAUAAAGACCCUCUUUUCUUUCCCUCUCUCACCCCCUUCUUCUACCGCCUUAUGAUGUAAAUAGACCAUAUAUUUCCCUUUCAUGUGCUCCUGGAUCAUGUCAAUCGAGAAGCAGGCCUGCAGGGGUGUCACUGUUCAUUGUUACACCAGACACCACCAUAUCUAACAGGAUGAUGUCAUUGUACAUAAUAUUUCAUGUUCUGUCAUCAAAGAGCGUUUUUGUUUUCAUAUUGUAAAAGGCCUACUCAUGAACCUUAUAGUCACUUAGUCAUACCUCUUUUCUACUUUCCCCUAGGUGCUGCACUGCUGUGUGGCCGGCUCUAACCUGCACACCCAACAGAGCCACUACCUCCUCACCCUCUCGGACUUGUCAACUGACUAUGACGUCAUGUUGGGUCAAGUUAAGAGCUUCGAGCCACCACCCUCCCAGACAACCAGCACUGAAUAUGGCAACCUACUCACUGUAGCUGAGGGUAAGAGCAAAAACUCAUUUUCAUGUUUGCCUAAAAUCCCGGCUGUUACAUCAAAUCUUAUCCCAAAUGAGUUAAUCUAAUCACAGUUUGACACACAACUUUAUUUAGGCUCAAGGUUCCUACACAGUUGGAAUUUCCAUAGUUUUCCAUACCCUUCUUUUAAGAAUUACUUUUGGAAAUACCUACUUUUCUAUUUUCUAACAGUAUUUAAGAACUGUGGUAAUAGUCUGGAAAUGUAAAUAUUUUUCCAUACUUUUUAAGACCUGGAAAUUGAUCAAAUUUAUUUCCAUACUUUGCCUUACUUUCCAUACUUGCCUAGGAACCCUGUAGGUUUCAUACUACACCUAUGAGCGACCACAGAGACAUAUAGUGCAAAUUUAUUAAAAAAUAAAUAAAUAAAUUCAAAAAUUGAAGGAAAAGCAGACCCAAAGUGGCCCAUCCAUUUGGGGACUCUCCAUUAAAUGUCAAUAUCUUAUUAAAAGUCUGAAAGGGAAAUCAACCACCACAGAGAAAGAAAUGUUCGCAUUGGUACUCAGCCCUAGAGAGAAGACCCAUUACGGGGUUUGAUAAAAUGUGAUUUUUUUUUUCUUCUUUUUUAGUGACCUUGUGAUUCCAUUAGGCAAUGUAUUCUUCUCUCCUCUGUGUCCUUAACUUCUAAAAAGUCCUCAUAAUUCAAAUAUACAGAGCACAUGUGUACCUAAAACAAUGUUAAAAAAUGUGAACAGCAGCUUUUCCCCAGAACAUUUCACCACUCUUGUGCUUUUUUUUGUGCACAGCUGCACAGAGUCUUAGUGGAAAUAACAAAACACUAUCAAAAGGGCAAACCAAAGAGUGCCGGCCUAGUUAUAUUCAUGCUCCCACCUCAUAUUGAUCAAGUCACUUCAAAGGGCCAGCACAUCUCUAAUGCAGCUUGGCCUGCUUUCUAAAGAGCUUUCUCCACUUUGAUGGGGGAUGAUGGUAUUGAUAGCACUGUCACAAUGCAAGAGUGCAUCUUCUUGUUUUUCCCACAUCACUGCAGAAUAAAGCAAAGCAUGCCUCUCACUUGCUUGUAAAAACCUGUGCAUUUACAUAAAUGCAAUUGGUUUUGCAGAGUUCUAUUAAGCAGCCUGUAAAGAUGAUGGUUCUCAUUAGCACUCAGCCAGUCCUGAUGCUCGUGCAUUGUAAGAAGACUCAAUGAGCUUUUCAAAGUUCUCCCUUAUGAUCAGAGGCUACCAUCCAGGAAGUGUGCCUGCCAAGCUAUUGUGAGAAAUGAAUAAAGUUCCCCUAUUAGUGAUCAUAAAUGAGAUUGGCUUUGUGUAAAGAGCUAACGGAGAUGAUAGCGUGUCAACAAACAAAUGUGAGCCUUUAGAAAUCUGGUUAGAAAGUCUGCCUUGGACGUAUUAUAAAAGAUAGCCAAUGUGCAGCUUCUUCUUCCAAACCCAUCAGUUACUUUUAUGAUUAAGCGCUGUACAUUUUUCACAUCUAUUUACCACAGUCCUUAUUUCUGCUCUCAUUAACUUACUCUCUCAUCAGAAAAGCGUCGGAGGAACAUGGAGCUUAUUCCUUUGACUGCGCGUAUGGUCAUGACACAUCUGGUGAAUCAUCUGGGCCAUCAUCCACUGAGCGGUGGCCCCGCACUUCUCCAUAGUCUAGUGAGCGAAAAUCAUGACAACCCAUAUGUGGAGACAACGGAGCUGUCCUCUGAUGUCUUCAAAAGUCCCAACCUGCAGCUCUUUGUCUUCAAUGAUAGCACACUGGUGUCCUACCUUCAGAUUCCUUCAGAGACCCCCACUGUUGGAAAGCCCCCCCAGCCUUCCUCACAAGUGCGCGUCAUUGUCCGAGAUAUCUCUGGCAAAUACUCAUGGGAUGGCUCAAUCCUUUACUGCACCACCCAGGAUGACUCCUUAGACAGGGGAGCUUUUAAUAUAUUUGAUCACCCUCUGUCUACCACAACUGGAACUCACUGCAGGAACCAGCCUUCCUCUCCAACAAAGGGGCCCAACAAAAGUAAAUGCUCAGACUCCCUCUCAGAAUGCUAUGAGGAGGAAGAGGAAGAUGUCCUAGAUAAGCUUUUGGAGGACCUGGGCCAAAGCAGCCCUGAAUGCCUGCCUCAGCCUCAGCUCAGGCUUAACCAGCCUGCACCCUCACCCCAUGGGAUGAACUUGGAGCAAGAGAGUGCCAUCCUAGAGGCUAUUCUGCGCCAGACUCAGCAGGAGGAGGAGCAAGUGAAGAGGUGGGAUGCUGAUGUAAGCUUUCGGGCUGCAUGCCAGAGGGAACCCUCUCCACAGGAACCCAAGGCUCCUUUCUACUUCUGCCGGCUGCUUCUUAAUGACCUUGGCAUGAACUCUUGGGAUCGCAGGUACUCUACCAUCUGGAAUUGCAUACAACCUUUGGCUCAGUUCACACUAUACAAGAGAAAGAUAGAGAUUAAUACCGAAAGGGUAGUUUGUAAGAAGUCACACAGGUUUUUUUUUUUUUUGCAUGUGUCUCUUAGUGUGUUUCUGAAUCAUUUUGAAAAAAAAAGGCUUCUGAAAUGAACACAAAAUUCAGGAAAGGAGAGUCAGAAAAUGCUUUUAUAACCUCAAAAGUUUAUUUUUGAACCCGGGUUACUUUCUUCUCCACCAAACGUCGCAGCUGUUUUCUUGUUACUCAAAAAAGAAAGAGUGAAGCUAAAAGCACACUGAAGUCUGCAGUAUCUUAAUCUCCUCUCCACAGGGUAAAAGUGCCCAGCUGUUUUCACUAAGGUCUGCUUUGCAGAGCCACAUCUUUGCAGUGCUUCCCUGUAAAUUAAAAGCUUACACCUCUUAAUGGUGAUGGUGUGACAUGCACACAGCUAGUAGGAGAUUGCUUUUUGCACCUGUGCCCAUUUUGCUUUUGUUAGUCUUGACUCCAAAACAAAAAUAGUUUGCUUGUAGAUUAUUCUACUGUUUCAAAUGGCUGGUUAUUGUUAUUGUUGCCAUCAUAGCAGUUUUCUGAAUACUGUUCAAUGUCCAGAUUCGACAGCAUCUUAUCUAAAAAAAAAAACCCUCUCUUUAACAGGAAAAGUUUCCAUUUGCUGAAGAAAAACUCAAAACUCUUAAGGGAACUGAAGAACUUGGAUUCCAGACAAUGGUAAUUCUUCUAUGUUCUAUUUUAUGUCCUCAUUCAUCUCUACAUGAGCAAAAUUUACACAUUAGUAAUCAUAAAGUGGGCCACAGCAACUAGAGCUGUAAUCAACCAGAGAAAUUGUUGGUCAACUUAAACCCUGACAUUUUCGACCAAAAAUUGACUGUGAGGGACAAAGCAGCUCGGCGGGAUGAAAAUAUACUGAUAUCAGAACAAGAAGGCGAUUAACACAAAUAUUAUAUUCAGAAAACCACUGGACGUUGAUUAACGUGGACUCUUUUCAAUCGAGUGUCUCCAGUGGGUUGGGCGAAUCCAAAAUGGUAAAAACAAGGAGGGUGUUCUGAAACCUGUGCUCUGAAUAAAACCCUAUUAGCACUUGGUACAUUCCUCCUGAUGAAAUUCACCAUAGACUGUAAAAUAUCGAGCAACACGUCUCGACCUAUAAGUCGAUUAGUUGACUAGGACUUUACAACCCUAAAAGCAACACCAUACAUCACUAUCUGCCAAUUCAACCCCCUUGUUUGUUUUUUGAGCCUUACCUAUUCACUUCUGGGGCUCAACACCAGCAGCUGCCUAUAAAGUAGCUUUAUCUGUAUUCUGAAAUUUCCCUCAACAUCAAUCAAGAAUCUGUCUGUCCUGCUGAUAACCCUAACCCUAGCCCAUUUACCAUCUUUUUCUGCUUCUAUUUAAGUCCAAUCAAUAAGUUCUUGACAAAUUGCUGAUGACAGAAGCUUAUCAGAAAUCCUCUUUGAACUGGAUCUCAUUCUCCCAAAUAACUGAACUUGCAUGGACUAUUACAAAGCUGCGGGCAAGCAUGGAAAGUGCCCUCAAUUUACCCUAGUAUGUUUUACUGCCAUGGUAACAGGGGAAGCAGGAGAGACUACUUUUCUUUAAAUUAUGUUGACGCUAGAGAAAAAUUUAGUUGUAUUUGUCACAUUGUGCUCCUGAUUGUACUCAACAACUCAGUUUCACUCGCACACACACACACAGGUGCCUUGGUUAGUAAGGUGAAGGGUUUUAAUUCAUGGCAUUCACAUUAAAAAAAGGAAUUAAUUAAGUGUCUGAGAAGAAAUAUGCUUUUCAAAUUCUGUUUCAUUUCUAAAACUGUCCAGUGUUUUCUUUUUAAUAAUUCUAAUACUUCACAUUUUGUACUUUAGUCGGGAAACACACAAGAUCGCAGUCUUCUACAUCGGGGAGGGCCAAGAAGACAAGUGCUCGAUCUUAUCUAACAGCACGGGCAGCCAGGCUUAUGAAGACUUUGUGUCUGGACUUGGAUGGGAGGUGAAGACAACCACACCUUCACAGACAAGCACACUGCGUCCACACAGACAACAUGAAUAUGCUCACACAGAUGUAAAAAGCACUCUUAGCCCUUAGCUGAGUUGUUCAUGUGUUCCUCAGGUGGACCUUGCCACACACUGUGGCUUUAUGGGUGGCUUACAGAGGAAUGGCAGCACAGGUCUGACAGCUCCUUAUUAUGCUACCUCCACCAUGGAAGCGAUCUUCCAUGUCUCCACUCGUAUGCCGUCUGAUUCAGAUGACUGCCUCACCAAAAAGGUAAGAAUUUGGGUUUGGUUUUACAACCUUUUCAACCUUUGAAAUGACACAUUUUUAGAUGACUCACGACAUGAGGUCUUUUCCCCAUACAUUCAGAGAAUAUUGCAGUAAAAGAGACAUUACUUGUGAAGAAUUGCCCAUUUGAUGCAGUGAAAUGGCAACACAGCCCUGCCUGACCAUAGCAGUAUGUUGUUGUAGCCUUCAGUUUUGUGUUAAGCUGUGAUCAGGAGGUGUGACUCCAGAGUGCGGGCAUUGAUUAGUGACCCCAGCCAGGCAGGCCUGAGGAGUAGAGAGUCGCAGGCGCGUGAGUGAAGAGAGGGCAUGUGCCGUGGUGGUAAUGACUGUGAUUCUGCUAGCCCAUGCACCCCUCCCUGUGUGCUGUGACCAAGGCCUGGAUUCAGCCAUUAGCUCUCCCUGCUAGGGCAGGCGCCGGCCGGAUGCCGGCAGGAUCCUUUUAUCCAAUUCCUGCUGCCGCCACAGGAGCAAUCGAUUGGGUUCUGCAGUGGGAUUCUGGGCUGUAGUCCACCAGUAGUAGUUAGCACAAAGAAAUGAGCCGCAAGGCCCCUGCCCGUGCUGCCAAUCUUCUCAUACAGCACCCCGCUGAGAAGGGAAAUUCAUCAGGCUCUCAUCAUAUCCAGCCCCUCCUCUAAUACUCCACACAAUCCCCCCCUUUUCCAUCUCACAAAUAACCCCCUACUUCCUCCAAACCUGUCUUGAACCUCUGCUUAGAGGCUGUAAAAAUUAGUUGAACUGAGUGAAGACUUUGGCUGUCCAGAGUGAGGCGCUGGAGGGGCCGCCAUGCCUAGAGAGAAGUGUGCUACAGCCCAAGUUCCAUUCAUUUUCACCGAGAAUUUCUGUAAUUUCAGAUGCUCACCUUGCACAGAUCUACACACCAGCCACAGGCUGCAAAAGAUACUGGCAGGCUGACUGACUGACUGCAUGCAAGGAUGCUUAAGAAAAAGACUUGAGGACAAGAGAGGAGAGAAAGUUGUAUGAAGAAUUGGAAUGUGAAGCUGCAUUUGUCUGUGGGAUGUUUCCCUGUCAAUUUAAAAAUAACACUUUAAAGUCCAGCGGUCACCCACUUUGCGGCCUGUAACCACAGAGGCAUGCUGUGACAGAGCAAUAGAUGGGACAAUUCUCGCUGGGCAGCUUGCCUGUUGGUCGACAAUGGAAGGGGGGGACAGCUAAACCAAAAAGAAAAGAUGCAAAACCAUGAAUUCCUCAAUCCAAUUGUGGGUUUUAGGGCAGUGCAGGCUGCAGCAGUAGCAGCUGGCUUCAGUAAUUCAGUUACAGAAGUGACCUGCUGGGUUGGGGUCAGGCUGUGUUGACUGUGUUCAUGUGCAUGUGUGUGUGUGCGAAAGAGAGAGAGAGAGAGAUAGACAAGUGCUUUGGCGAACACGUACAACCUCGUCAUUGAUUCUCAACUGGGCUGUUGCUGUUUUUUCUUGUAUCUAUGGGUCCUCUGGUCUGCCUUCUCCAUUUGCCGGGUGGAAAGUCAAAGAGGACUAAUUGGACUAGAGCCUUUGACAAGUCAUUGUAUUAAAGAAGUCUCAAACAUUUGGACGUGAUUAACAGAGGAGUAAAUAGAUUGGAGCAGGAAACGAUUGACUUCAGCAAAAGCAUCCUCAUUAAACUUUGAUUAAGAUCCUCCAAAUGCUAAUAUCUUAACCCAGAUUAACAUCUCGUGUUGAUUGUCUAAAGCGAAUACAUAUUCAACAUUUUCUUUGAAAUUGUCCCAGUGACUGACCUGGUUGGUACCUGCUGAUCCUUGGACAGACAGACUGAACCGGCAGGCUUCAGUAAUCAGCGUUCCGUGGAUUUGUUUAAGAUUAUCAUAUUACCAUAAUUAAAGGCUUAUAAUAGAAUGUGCUAAUUGCAUUUUUGGUGGCGAGGGUAUGCUUCUUAAUGGCUCAUUAGACCCACAGUACAUUGGCAGAUGUUUUCUUCUGAGUAGAGGCUCACUUUUCAGUGUCCAUGAUACCCCAGAAAACAUCAUAAGACUACAAGCUAAUAAGUCAUCUUCACAGGUAAUAUAAUGUAACUGUGUCCUUCCAUUUUUGCUUCGGAAAGGGGGGAAAGCUGUUAACCUAUUUUAAACUGGCAACAGGCAAUUUCCUGUCACUUAAGUGUACCUUCAUGCCCUGCCCAGUUCAUUUGUGUUUGUGAAUAGGGUGGAAAUUGGAAGCAAUUUAAUCUCUGAUGGGUCAAGUUAAUUGGAUGUGAAUUAUUUGUUUUUGAAAUACUCAGUUUUGCACAUUUUGGUUCCCAGACCCAUAUUUACGACAUUGUUCUCAACAGGGUUUGUCAUUUUGAUUGAAAUUAAAAUAAUCUCUUGCUUUAUACCUUCUGCAUUGCAUGUACAGCUGAAAACAGUUAUGGUGCUUUAUUGUUCAACUACAACUUAUCAGUCAGUGUUAUUGUCCAGUUCCUUUUUUAUACCCUGUUAAACAUCGUUUCACUCUGGAGAAGUUACUGAGUGGAUAAGACACUCUCCAGUCUCAUUAAAUUUGUGUUAUGCCAUGUUGUGCCAUGCACCUGAUGAGGCUGAUUUUCUUUGUUUGGCAGCUACGACAUCUUGGAAAUGAUGAAGUGCACAUAGUGUGGUCAGAGCACACCAGAGAUUACCGACGGGGCAUCAUCCCAACUGACUUUGGAGAUGUGCUGAUUGUCAUCUACCCAAUGAAGAACCACAUGUUUUUCAUCCAGAUCAUGAAGAAACCGCAGGUAAACUACAACAGGUGGUAGUUUUUUGGUGAGACCAGCGCCAGGUUUUUCUCCACUUUAGCCCAGCAUUUUUGCCUACACUUACCCUUUUUCCACCAAGCCAGUUUAAGGGCUAGUUUGUGGCCAGGACCUUUAAUUUAGAACCAGUUCUUUGAGUUUCAACUGUCAUUCAUAGAAGUGGCUUUCAGCCAGGAAAACAAGUUUCUUAGUAUAACCAGUCCCUUGCUUUGUUACAAGGAAGAACUUCUCAUGUAAGGGGAAGGAGGUGGGGUUAUUCUGGCCAGAAAUAAACCUCACUAGGAUAAGAUCUUAAAAAACAGGUAGUUAAAUGAAUGUCGUUAUUUAAAGGAUCAUGUGCUGUAAACUGUGUCUCCACCAAGAAGAGUUUUGUUUUCAAUGUUUGUUUUGUUUUUAGAGGGCAUGUUAUUCCAUAAAAUAUCCUGUAAGUGACCCAGAAAAAAACUUUAUUUUCAGCGCUUUUCAACUAUAAUUCCCAUCUUUAAGCCAGCACAAGCAGCAAAGCCCUCCCUAUACUGACUGAUUCAGUUUGGUGUAAAUUGAGCCAGACUUCAUCCUGAUCAAGAUUCACUCUCACAUACUGACGGUUAUUCCUCCUCGCCCUGCCAGAAGGCAAAAGAGGAGUGAGAGCCCAAAAGACAAAAUAUUGCCCAUAACCUUGUAUUGUUUAAUAAUUAACACACCAGCAGCCAACAUGAUUGACAACCCUUUUUACAGGGAAAGUUCACCUUAAGCCUGAAUAAAGAGUGGUGUGUGUUACUUCUUUCACCAAAUUACUCUUCCAGACACAACUUUAGAAUAAUUGAGAGAAAACAAUGGGGGUGCGAACAGCAAUCCACGAGUAAAAGUUGUGUCAAUUUCAAUACUUUUAAUAUAAAUAUAGCUGAUACAGAAAAAACAGUGAGAUUCACUGGUAAUCUGUUAACAUUUACACCAAAAAUGAAUCUGUCUAGAGGUCUCCAUGUAGCCAAUAUGCCUCCUGCAUAAACCACCAGGGUAGGUUACAGUCUGCUGUGGAAAGAGAGGCAAGAUCAGGGUUUACUGUCCUGAUCUAAAACAACCCUUUGGUGGAAACACACUUAUAGUUAGGCACAUUUAGUCAGCUCUUGACUAUCUUCAGUUGAGCUCCAGCACAUGAUUAUUUUCUGAGAGAUCAUUGCAGGGUUUCUAUGCAAGUAUGGAAAGUAUGGAAAAGUAAGAAAGUAUUUUGAUCAAUUUCAAGGUCCUAAAAGGUAUGGAAAAUGAAAAAUGUAGGAUGGAAAAAUAUUUAUGCUUCUGAACUACUACCACAGUUCAAAAAUACUUUUUUUUUUUUUUAAUAGAAAAGUAGGUAUUUUCAGAAGUAAUUCUAAAAAAUAGGUACCCUGUCACUGUGCUAUACAGUGGUUAAACACAUUAAGUUUAGCUUCAUCAGCAUGGAUUAGUUAAACUUGGAUUUUUUAAACCCAAUAAUAUAUUUUUUAAUCUAAUUACAGCAUAUUUUACAUGACAUGUAUAAUUUAGAUAACAAAAUGGUAAGACAGUGUGUUUUAUAUUUGAUUCAGUGUUUGCAGAAAGCUCCCUAUUCCUGUUUUCAAAAGUCUGCUUCUCUCACUUGUUGAAACCCCAAAAUCUUCUAAAAGUAUUUCAUUUCUUUGCAUUAUAACUUUUUUUACAUAGUGUACCGAAUGUUACUGGUUUGUGGAGUUUAUUAUGUCUGGUUAUGAUCCAUUGGUUGAAAACUGUGUCUAGUUAUUAUUCAUGCUGAGCUACCAAGUUAAAAACAGCCGGACCUUUUGGAGAGACUUUGACAUUCACGUCAACUUCCAGGUCAACGACCAUUGAGCUUUAGUGAUUAAAGGCCCCUUCCCAAUAUGCAUGAACAGACACAUGUAGCCACACACACUCACAGGCUGCUGCUAAAAUGCAUAUUGUCCCUUUGUAUAUGUUCCAUAGCUCAAUAUAAAAGCAUUGUUAAGUAUUGAUUGCCUUUUUAAUUUUAUUUACCUCGCAUUGAUUUGCAUUAGGAGCUGUGUGGUUGUCAUGCAAAGUUAAGUAAUAAUCCAAUUGGAUUUUGAACCCUUCCCCCAAACAGAUGGAAAAACGUCUAAAACUUAAAUGGACAAAGAGAACUUCUGUGAACAGCAAAAGGACCUUUCCCAAAUGUAAUAAUAAUGAUAAUAACAAUGAUAAUGAUGUAUUUUUUCCCAUGUUUUCUCUGCUGUUUCCUUGCUUUUUUACCAGGUUCCUUUCUUCGGGCCUCUGUUUAAUGGCGCCAUCAUCACUGGAACGCUGCUGCCAAGCUUGGUACGGGCUACGUGUAUCAAUGCCAGCAGAGCCGUCAAAUCUCGGCUGACACUCUAUCAGAGCUUGUAUCCUUUGCUGCUUGAUUUAACAUUUGCUAUCAUGACAGGGAUGGCUCUAAAAGAUGCACCAGUUUUUGAAGAUCAACCAUUAGCUACACAAACAGCUGCAACCACUGGGCUUUGAGUGUAUAUGUAGCACUUUAUAAGAUGGGUACAAUUGAGUGUUUAUUACAACUCAUCUUUAAUCUUCAGCACCACCAGUGGAUCAUUUGGGUAAAUUCGUGGAGACAUGUGGUGUGGUUGUCACGUCAGCCAACAUACACAGCUGAGUGCUGACACUGAUCUUUAUGGGCUGGCUGAUUUACAUACAGCUAUUAGGCUUGGGCUGUUUCACAGCCUGGAGCAUCAUGGGAGGUUAUGCGGGACUGUUUGAGCAGGAGCACUGAUAAUGUGUCAUCAUCUAUCACUCCUGUUUUAUGGAGCACAAGGACAGCUAAAAUAAGAGUACCCUCAACAAAUACAAGUGCAUACAAACACGAGCGCACGCACACAUCUCUCCACCCAUCAAUCCAACAGUGUGCCGUUGAGGGCCUGACUCCAGCUGUAGUUGUCAGUUGGUUUAAAGGGAGUGUAAUCACCAAUGGAGAUGAAUUAGCAUGUGAAAGCCAGCAGCACAGAGUUGGGGGGUAAAAGGGGGUGGGCAGAGUCAGGAUGGUCCCUGGAGGGGGAAACUUGAUCUCUCAACGCCCUGCUCCUCCUUGGACAGCAUGUACAGCACCGCCUCACCAGAACCACGCUGCCCCUCUGGCGGUUGCCAUAGAAACCUCCCCAAGGAGGUUUCAUUUGAUUGGAAGACUAAAAUCUAUUGUAUAAUUUAAAAAUACAUUUUAAAAAUAGUUGUAUUAAAACUGUCCUCCAAUCAUUGUAGCAGAGUCUCUUGAUAAAAGACUUUUAGCCUUUAAAUGUACUAUGAUACAGGCUGUGUGUAGUGUUGUUUACAGUUGUGUGUGUCAGUAUGUAUCUGCUUGUGUGCAUUUCACAGUGCAUCACACUCCCUCGCUCCCCACCACGAUCAGGCCUUGUCUGUGUAUCCCCAGGGGCAUCCUGAGUGACAGAUGUCUGUUACUCAACGCCAAGUGAAUUAGCCCACUGUGGCUCUUGGUGCCAGAGGGGGAGCAGCCACAGGCCUGCCUGCCUCUUUGAGCCCCAGGGGGUAGGGGGUAGUUUGGACAGUACUGGGCCUGUGGUGGACCACAAAAGCCUUACCUGGCAUUCCUUAGCAGAGUAGCAGACAGCACAAAGGCAUGAUCUAUGAGAGGAGAUAAGCACUGCCUCUGGAGUUCUGGCACUGAAAGGCAGCCAGGAGAAGAUGAAUGCAUGAGCCAGGCAAACCUCUCUGCCAGCAUUAGUAUUUGCAUGGCUGCUUUUUCAGCUGUUUGUCUGCUUAAAUAGAGAUGCUGUAAGGAAAGGGGAAAUGUAUAAUGUGCAUCAUAGCUAAAUAUUCAGUUUGAUGUGGACACAAAACUGAGGAAAACUGGAAUCAAAGAAUUUCUUUCCUCGCUCAAAGUCUAGCAGAGGGCAGGAGGCCAAAACAGAGGAGAGCCCAUCGUGGCAGGUGUAGUAGUUGCUGUUUUGGUAUGCUCCCAUCAUUGGACUUACUCUAGUUUUAUACCUUUCUUCUUCUUCAUUUAUACUGCCCAGCUGUCAUUCUUCCAUCUUCCUGGGUAAUGCAGCUAUCAGUCAAAGAUUGGAAUAAUGACCAAACCUUUUUCGUGGUAGGAUUUUUUUUUGUGCUUGAUGAAAAUCCUCAUCCUUAGUUUACCCCUCCUCAAUGCCUUAGCAAUCCACAGUCUGCUCUCUGCCUGUGAGGCCACUCUCCAAGGUAAUUAGUUGAAUAUUUCUUCAAAGAGAAGCUAUAUGACCCCUGUGUGUCCAGAUAAAAGGCCAGUAUGGUGCUGUGGCUCCCUCUCCAGCUCUGUCACAGGCUCGAGAGGACUCCAGCAGUCUGCCGCAACGCUCGUAGGAUCUCUCAGGCUAAUAGGAUUUGAUAUUGAAAAAUGACCACCAAGAACAUUUUCAGAAAAUACAUGCACAGAUAGGCUUCAUGAGUGUUUUUCAAAUGGAUACCCCCCACCUUUGUCGAUUUUUCUUUUCACAUACUCUGUCCCUCUCUCUCUGUUUCCCUCCAUCUCGGAUUUUGGAAAACUGGUUGGUUGAAAUUUUUUUUUUGCACAAUCUCCGUCGUUCAUUGUCAGCUAGAAUUUGUGUCAACCGCUUUGGUCGAGAAGUCACUAUGGCCUCGUGGACAUCAUAUUACAAGCCUUUCACAGACAACUCAUAAUGUAUCAUCUAUUAUUUAUGUGCCUGAUGGAAAAUGCAGCUGGUCUGGCUUUGUGUGUCUAAGUGUGUUUGUCUGCAACUCGUCCACUCUUCACUGCUGCAUUUUAAAUUUUAAUUUAAGAAUUCUCAUUUUAAAAUGAAGAUUUUUAUCCAGUAACCUUCUCAUUAUUGAUACCGUAGCUACAAAGUAAUUAUUGAACAGUCGUUUUUCCGUAAAUGCAACUUCACUGUAUGAACACAAAGGUCUAAAACGAAUUGGCUGGAAGGAGAAAAGUAAUUUUGUUGGUGUCGCAUGAACCCAGCCUGUAACUGGAUGUCUUUACUGGCCGCCUGAACUCUUAAAACUGUCUCUAUUUCGUAAUCUUUUCAUCCAGAUGCGAAAAAAAUGGUCUAGGUCUUCAAAAACACUUGAAUCUGAUGUAGUGUCCAUCACUGUGUGGUGGGGAUAACGUUCAGGAGGAAAACUCUGUGAAUGUGUGUGUGUGUGUGUGUGUGUGUUUUGGAGAGAUGGCAAGUUUGUAAUAGGUGAGAUAGUGCAGAGCUGACCUUGAUUCAGAGACACAGCCUCCCUACUGGAUGAAAUCAAUAGUUUUUGCACACUGCCCUUAGUCCCCAUCCUCUGUACUGACACACAUAAACAGACACACACACAGAUCCAUCUCCAGGCAACGAUCAAUAACCAUAAUCUGUUUCUGCCCAUCGCCAGUCAUGCGAGUCAGGCUUUUAGGUGUGUGUGUGUGUGUGUGUGUGUGUGUGUGUGUGUGUGUGUGUGUGUGUGUGUGUGUGUGUGUGUGUGUGUGUGUGUGUGUUCAAAAAAAAAAAGGGAGGCAGCCUUGAUCCUUUAAGGGAACCCAGGAAGCUGCUGAGGUCCGUCAUGUCCCCCCCACAGGCUUAUAUGUACAUCUCUACAGUCUCCCCCAUUUGCCAAAGCAAGAUUGUACAUUAUUUCAUUAUUUCAAUGGCUGUCAGCUUAAAAAAAACAAACAAACAAACAUCUUAUAUUGCAAAUGAUAGAUUACAUGUACUCCUUUGUGUGUCGGAGCUGACCCCCUCGCACCAGCCCAUCAGACGCUGUUAUAAUUAAUACAGUCCCUGCAUCGACAAUGACACAUUCCCACACCCCUUCUGAGCAACUUAUUGUCCCGCUCUCACUGUGUCUUUGUCCGACAGCAGUGCGUUUCUUUUGUAUACUGUAAGAUUCCUCACCUAGCAGAGAUGAAAGUGCGCCUGUAUGCAUGAUGGGAUGUCAUGAAUACGAUCUGCCAUGUUAGUGUUGUCUCACAUGAAUUAUUUAGCAUUGCUGAUAGGUCUAAUUUGCCAGCUGUUGUGCCAUAACUGUCGGCAGUCUCAUAGAUAAUGCUCAGCAGUCUAUAUCACUGUGGAGCACAGUGCUUGACUGGGCACAGUGAGAUGCCAAGCUUGUCAUUAUGUGCUGGAUUCAUGUCAUGGUCUGAGCUAGUAUGAGUGAAACUGGCCAACUUCCUGUUUAUGAAAAACAUGGGGUCAAGUAUAAAAAGUGUGAAGGGACAAAAUAAAUCACCUAGACUUGUUGCUGCAAGUGUAUUUAUAUGACUAAUGAAGCCUUUUAAAGAUGGAGUGUAUUGGGUGUUAGUGGGGUAAGUGGUUUGGGUUUAGUUCAGGGAUCAAUUCUGAGUCUCUGCUUGGAGUUGGCCAGAAUGGUUUGGGCAGGGGUUUGCUUUGGCGUUGCAAGUUUACGCAGUAUUUGAGGGGCUUCACAUAGAGGAGGGGUCUCUCCCCCACUGAAUGUUUUAACCUAAUCCCAUUAUCAGUGUAGCGCACUGCCUCUCGUCCUUUCCCCCCUCCUUAUCCCGACCCCCUCCCACCCUCCUCUCCAGCUGACCAGCUGUUCAUGCGGGGAUUCACGACAAUGUCCGAUGUGUUCAGAUCACUGAGUACCCCCCCCCCCUCUCCCUCAAACACACAUAGGAAUACACUGAGCAAUUGCCUUUCCCAUAUCUGGAAGCUAGGGGAGGCCUAGAGGGAGGAGGACGUUAGUUAUGGAAGGAGGGGGUAGCUUUGGGGGUGAGAAGGGGGCAAGCACAGGCCUGUCAAACCAAGAGCCCUGACUCAGGAGGCAGCCCAGCUCGGAUGGCAUAUGGCGUCUAGCUUCAUACAACAUGCAAAAGUAUUCUCUCUCUUUGCCCCCCUCAUCCUCCUCCCAACUCCCUGUCUCCCUCCCCUGCUGCUCAUGCAGAAUGACUCAUAGCAUUACUCCCUUUUUUCCCCUCUGUUCCCCACCCCCCCAUCAUCAAUUCCUCCUCCUACUUGCCACCCAGCCUGCAACAAAAGGCAUUCGCUGCAUUGCACCCACACCCUUAAAGCCCUGGGGGCCCAGCCCAUCCCAGCCUGCACUCUGAGGUAUGGACUUCAUGGUGACCGCCCCUUUUAAAUACAGGUAGAGCAGGCGUGUAACCAGACGGCCAACAGCAGGAACCCAAAGCCCUGCCUGGGGUAGUGUGCACACACACUGCUGGUGUCAAACUGUUGUGCCUUUGCCUACAUGUGUAUGGAAGCUACCACCAUUGUUGUGUGUCUGCUUGUUCAGAACAGGUUGUGUUUUUGUCUGUAUUUAAGCAUCACAACUCCUGUGUGUGCCCUUCUUUAAUCAUUUAAUGAUCAGUCAAUAUUUGUAAUGGACUCAUCGACCAAAAGAUAGAUGUGUGACUUUCACUUAUUACUUGUGAUUCUCUUCUUUUAUUUUUACCUUUCAGUUUUUUUUUUGUUUUUGUGAUAUUUUAUUGAUUUUAUUAUUAGAUUUGUAUGUUGACUGAAUCAUUUUUAAAAUAAAUCUAGUAUAAUGCAGACUGCAAAAUAAAUCAUCUGAAAAAUGUAGCAUAGCUUUAACAGCAUAGCCAACCCAGAGCGUCUUGUUGUCUUCUGUGCCCCCCCCCAUCUAUUAUGCGUGUCUGACAUCUGUGUAUGCUAGCAUUAGCAGCAAAGUGAAAGCAAGACUGCCAGUUUAUUUAGUUUAUUUUUUUAAGAGACCGUUCAAAACCCAUCCUGAAUGAAGUAAGAUCACAACUGUCCACCUAUAUCAACCUAACAACAUUACAGUCUUUUCUCUUCUUUAAUUAAAAACAGAUGCCAAUUUGAGACAAUCUCACCACGCUCCCCGUUUAAAACACAGUUGGGUAGAUUCCUAUACACCAAACAGGCAAAGAGUCCCAUUUUUCACUUGAACAAAUAUGGAUGAGAGAUUUUCCACAUUUAGCUGCAUUUGUGUGUGUUGAUCGUUGAGGUUGAUGAUUAGAUCUCAGUUUUUGUCAAAAUCAGAACUUUUCAAAGGCGGUUUCAAGUUUUUAGCAAGAUAUGAAAAUGCCUAAGUGUCUUUUUUGAUCAUAGGUUAUUGGUUUCUGUCCAUCAGCCAGAACUCUUUGACCUCAGUGUCACCACUGGACAAGUACCAACUACACUGGCGUUGAGAAGACAUGUUUGGUGAGAUUGAUGUGUGGUGGUACUGCUUCUAAAAACCUGUCCGUCCGCUUGAAGUGAUAAGCAUCCAGCUAGCCAUUCCAUCUGUUCCCCCUAGUCCUGUUUAAUUAAUGAACUGUCUUUCUCCACCCCUUAGCCAACCAGCGCAACACUAAAUAAAAGCUGUUAGCCCUCUCAGGUUUUCCAAAUGGAUGCCCCCCACCCCCCCUUAUGGGUGCGUUCUCAUUGAUUAGUUAUGUUUUGUUUUCCCAUCUUUUGUCUCUGGGUUUUUGAAGGGAGAGUUAAUGAGCUUUCCUGGCAGUCUGAAGCACUAGGAAUCCUGGAAUAGAUGGGAAUAGUUUUUUUGGUUAUUUUGCUCCGCUUUUUUUUUUUUUUUUUUUUUUUUUUAUUGUGAUGGAUUUGGCAGAGAUGUGAUGCCUCGUGCCACCGUGUGUGUUUGCGUGUAUGGGUGCGUACAUCAUUGAUGAUGUGUGCUUUUUUAGAUGUGUUUGAAUGGCUUUGUGGUGGAGUAUAAUGCAUUUUAUUCCUGCUGGUCCAUUAUUCCUUUUCAGAUGAAGGGAAUCUGGUACACUCUUUGACAGCCUGUGUCACCAUCCCUCCUUUAGCUAUCUCAGCAAAACUUGUGUACUGUCCACCUUUAACCAUGAAGUGCUCUCUCUUUUCCUUUAUAUGUUCCCUCUUCCUUCCUUGUCUCUUGUAACAAGGCAGUGGACAGGCCUUUGUCCAGCUGGGGCUGCCCUCUUUUGUUUGUCCAGCCUUUUUUAUCCUUGUGCUAAUCGCCAUGGUCGUGUGCCUGAGUGAGACCCCAUAUUUCACGCUCAGCUCUCCUUUGUUUGACACACCGCCCCUGAUAAGAAUCCCAAUUCUAGGGCCCCUCUGAUAUUGAAAUCCAACAGCGGCGUAGAGAGAGCCUUCAAUCAUCCAUUAUCUGUGCUCCAGUGAUUACCAUUCAAUCUCCCAGGGUCCAUGCGCCUCAUCACCGGCCCCAGAGCUGAGGCUGUCCCCUGAAAGAACCUGCAUCCCUUAACGCCAGUGUCACAUACACGCAUAUCCACAGAUAUUUCAACCACCUUUUUGAGACAGCCAGGCAUUGAAUGCUACAGGGAAAUGUCAGUGAAAUGUCACUCAUCAUUCUCCACUGGAAUCUUUUGGUCUUUGAUGUGGCCCUGGGUUUUUCUGGACUCUUGUGAGAACAUCUUUUGACAUUAUUGGGUUUCUUUGUCCCUAAAUGGCUAUUAAAUUUCGAUUCUCCUUUUUCAGCCAAAGAAAAGAAAAGAUUGCUCUUUUACUUUUAACAUAAGACUGUCUCACGUAUAAUGUCACACACGUAAUUCGCUGUUAGAAGGUAUUAGUUGAUUAUUUAUAAGUUGCACAUUAAUGCCUCUUUAAAUGGUUCAAAGGCUGUGUCUGCUCCUCUGCUGGCCUAUGUCCAUUAUUAUCUUUUAAAGGAUGUCCUUGUGCCUGCAGCAUUUGCAUUUUUGCACUAAAUGGAAUUUUUUGCAUCAAGAACACCAUGAGGCAAGCUAAACCCUCACAAAACAAAACAUUGAAGUAUGCACCUCUGUGCAUUGUCUGCCUCUUCGUGCGGUGAGCAGCCUUUGAUGUGUUAAUAGAAGGAGUCUCUGUUUUUUUGUCAAGUGGUUGUCGUAGCUUGAAGAGAUGCACCAAGAAAUACUGACCAAAUCUACCCAUGCCCUCCUCGGUUACAGGCUGUGAUCAUGUUGUUUGGCAGUGGCACACACAAGUGCAUCAUAUUUUUGUAUUUAGAUCUUACCUCAAAAACUAAGUGCAUGUAUAGUACACAUUAAAUCAAGAGGUAAUGCAACAUGUGAUUAUAAUUUAUGUGCAUUUUGCAUUCAUUCAGCUCAUUUCUAUUGUGGGUUCAGUGUAUGAAAGCUUUGUUCUGCAGACAUCUACUUAUCCCACACUCUGUUUAGAUAAACAAUAGCCCUCAGUACCUUUGUUUAAUCUAGUGUACACAUCUUCAUUUGUUAUGUAUAGCUUCUAAUUACUAUUGAUGAGAGGCUGGCUGAUUUGGGUACAAAUCUAUAGCUUUUGUCAUUCUAAUGAGUGUUAUUUAUCCUCAGAUCUUCAAGCCAGGGGUUCGAAAUAGAGCUUUGUGCAGCCAGAUAUGGCCAGGCCACACUUGUUUUUGCAUGUUGCCGACUUUGACAAAAUCCAGUUUGCCUCCCCCAUCACCACCAGCCUGCAUGGAUGUAUAAAACACUUCCCGCUCCUCCAUCUGUUUUUGUCCACCCAUGAAAAGGUCCAUUAUAAUCUGCAGGAUGCACAGUUGAUGUGCCACUGGCCCUGUUUGAGCCAAUCAGGGCCGUCCACUGAACUUGAACUACAAUUUUAAGAGGCCCUAACCCCUCCCCCAGCCAUUUUUCAUUAUCUGACUUCUUGUCUGAGAUCUUGUGUUGAACAAGAUUUUAUAACAACAUUUUCUCUGUCAUUUCUUUUCCACUAUAAAAGCUUCCAGUCUGAAUGGAGCUCUAUGCAUGCCCAAAGGAUGAUGGCAGGCUCCUGAUUAACCCUGGAGUAACUAGCUAAUGUCAAUGAAGGAGGGCCACCUGGCUGUGAGAUUGUACAGUCAGCUGCCACUGAAGGGCCAGAAUAGGAGAUGACCAGGUGUUGGGCUCCAGCCCCCCUUAAUUGUUGCCAUGUAAUAGCCUGCUUGACUGCACAGUAUAGCCCAGGGGCCAGGAUUAGGAAAAAGCUGUUGCCAACACAGAAGACAAUUUCUUUUUUUGCAAGGUUUUGGUGCGUGUGUUACUCUUAGUGUGCAUGUUAAUCCUAUGUGUAUCCCUAUAUGUACUCACAUGUGGUGUGUGUAGAUAGAUAGAUAGAUAGAUACAUACAUACAUGCAUACAUACAUACAUACAUACAUACAUGGUAUAGAUAUACACAUAGAUCGAUAUAUGGUAGAUCUAGAUAGAUAGAUAGAUAGAUAGAUAGAUAGAUAGAUAGAUAGAUAGAUAGAUAGAUAGAUAGAUAGAUAGAUAGAUAUAGUCAUAGAUUGGUGUAUGGUAUAGAUAAAGACAGAUGGUAGAUUUAGAUAGAUGGGUAUAGAUAUAGACAUAGAUCAAUAUCGAUAGAUAGAGAGAGAGAUAGAUAGAUAGAUAGAGAGAUAGAUAGAUAGAGAAAUAGAGAGAUAGAUAGAGAGAGAGAUGGAUAUAGUCAUAGACUGAUAUAUUGUAUAGGUGUGCACAUAGAUAUUUGGGUGGACUGACGGAUGGAGGGACAUUAUACCAGAAAAUAUCCCUCUUGACCUUAGAGUAACUAACCCUUUUUUCCUUUUUAUUCAUCCCGGCUGUGAUUCUAUGUAACUCACUGCUAAUCAUUAUCAUUCCCACUAAAUGCCUGGCAUUUUGCAUAAGGCCAAGCAGCCUAAUUGGCCCAAUGAACCUUUCAUAGUGGGGGCAAUAGAGGAACACAAGAUUACAUAUUCAGCAUGUCUCAAAGGAGAAGCAGACUUAGAUGCUUGGCGUUAAGGCAUCACAGUUAUUUUGUAGCACAUGCCACAAACAUCAUUAAAAUUGCAGAGGCCUCGCUUCGUUUUGUUUUAAUAUUUCAUUGGCGCUUGUCUGAACAGUGUUUAACAUAUGGUUAAAAUUAGAGCCGUUUUGCUUGGCCCAGGGUUUGACUGCAACUUGCUCAAAUGAAGUUGUCAGACUGUGUUUUUAGGUUUGUGAAACAGAUAAAACAUCAAGUUACUGUGUGUUUUUAUGCUGUUUUGAGGUGCGAGCAGGUGAGCUUAAACAGAGUCUGUAGCCUGACAACAAUUAUUACAGGACAAAUUUCAUCAUGAAAGUUUGAAGAAAGAAAAGGUGAAAUACCUCACAAGAAAUCAGAUGGAUUUCAAUCAAAGUCUAGGUCCUGUGUACCCUUUCCUGUUUCAUCUUUGACUUUUUAUUAAAAGUUCAAAUUUAGAUCAGAUAGAUGCUGUUGUUCCCUGUCUCGAUUCUGAACAAUUCAAAUAUCAGGAACUGAAGGAACAAUAUGAUGCGUAUUCACCUCAGAUAGCUCAUAAGAUGCACACCUUUGUCCUGACCUAAUAAUGUUUCCAGAAGGCUGAGGCAUUCAUGUCACCCCGGCCAUCAUCACCGACAAAGGGGAACCUUCAGAGAUCUCUCACCCAGUGACAGAACUGUAUCUGUUAAUCUUCUUCCCUAUGAGCCUUUUUGCUCAUCUUAUUAUGACUUUCUGUUAAUGCAUGGUGAAGGCCUGUGUGACUGUCUGGCUGUAAUGGGCCUGUGUUUGAUUAAUCAUGUCGAUCCAUUGUGUUUCACAUCUAAGGCUGCCGUGUUAGGACUCAUCAAUGGAGACCAGAGUCCUUUGAAAAAGAGAUUGGUUACAGACUCAGCUCAUCUGAAUACACAAGCCCAGCAGGCUUUGAUGGUUGUGUUGUGUUGAACAAACCAUGCACCAAGAAAUUAUGAUGUCACCGGAUGGCUUGUGGAGGUAACUUGUUGCUUUAUCGUUUAUGAAGCCCCAACGAUCGGUAGGUCCGGACAAAGUUUAGAGGUCAACAUUGACUUUGUUGUCGGUGCUUGUCUUAUGAUUUGUUGUGGAGCAGGAAUCGAUUUGAAGCGUCCCCCAGAGGAUCAGUGGGCUGCCAGAGACUUAAGCAAAUGGGUGACUACUUCCUCCAGUCAGCUCAUAAAUAACCUGCUCAUGCCAGCCGGUAGACAUCAGAUGUCUGCAGCUGUGGCAAACCUGUAUGAAAUCACUGAUGGGCAGUGAUGAUGUCACAAGUUAGGAGUGAUGUCACGGCCAUAAUUUCCCAUGCUGCUGUCUGAAUGCCAGAUGGAGGGUAGAUAGGUGUUGGAGGUUGGAGCUGGGAAAGCUCUUGCUGUAGGAAACCCACCCCUCAGGAGGUGUCAUUAACCUGGGCUUACUGUUUGACCUAGCUCCUUUGGGGCUUCUGAGCUCCAGUUUCCUGGACCGGCUCCUAAUUAGGCUACUUGUUAAGACUCUCUGAAAGCAGCCAUUUCCCUAGAGCAUGUGAUGUUGUGUAUGUCUAUGCACACCUAGAAAAUGGACACACAAACACCUCCACUCAUCAUAAUGCAUCUGUGACACAUUCAGACGUUUUCUCUUCUGCUGCUGUGUCUGAAGCAAAAAGCUGUUUAAUGAGACACCAAGGUUUGAGUAGCUGCUGCAUAAAAUGGGAAUGGGACACACACACCAACACAGCGCAAUCACCCUACUGGCAGGUUUCUGUAAUACACACUCUCACUUUAUCUGUGUCUAUCUGUUGUUCUUUCCCACACUGCCAUUAUUCCAGCAGCCAGCUUUAUUGCCAUAUUCACUCUUUCUGUCCGUAUCCUUCUUUCUCAGUGUCUCUCCAUCUAAAUGUCCCGGUCUUUCUGCCCAUUUUCCCAUAAUCACCUCACACCUCUAAGGGCCUCUGCUGAGACGAGCUUCACACCUCAGCCCUCACUGUGACAACAGGUACCGCUGGCACUCACCGCCUGGCCUCUCUCCAAUCAACACCUGCUCAGCUUUAUCCCUCUUUCUUCCCGUCCCCUUUUCCAUCUCCCCCCUCCCUCUUUUUCAUCUCCACCCUCUUUCUCCAUCAUGCUGUUGCUUGUUUGGUGUUUUUGAUACUGGUGCAUUCGCCAACCUUUUAAUUCCAUUUUGCAUCACCUUUUUGCCUUUACAGCGGUAAACAAUAGUUCAUCCAUAUUUAGUCCAAUUCAUUUUUCUAAACAGACCCCCCCCUGGGAAUGAUGGUAUGAAGCCUCUGAUCUAUUCCAACACCAAGUAUCUUCUUUGCAACAUAAACUGUAUCAUAUAUUCGCCAACCAGUGAGUGAGUGCAUGAUCAGCCCCCUCCGGUGAUGAUGGGAAACAGUGACACUUCCUCGUUCAUUUUGUUUUGGUUGUCACUGAAGAAAGCUAGUCAGUCGAUAGUUUGUUGGAAAUAGUUGCAAUGUUUUUAGUCUUUGUAAGUUGGCUCAGGAUACUCUGCUAGGAUUUCUGCAGAAUUUAAGUUUUCUAAAACCCAUUUUAAGCUGCAAUAAAGCUGCGUUCUGAGUGGGACUUGUAGUAUUGCUCACUAAACGCAGGUAUCCUUUUCAUGGACAUGCUAGGCUUUUUUGUGUUUCACCAUUGAUACUUUUCUCCCUCUCAAAGAAGCUCUCCACAAGUUUUGAUUUACUCGUUUUAGUAAACUUGAUUUUUCCUGCAUCAUAGCUUUGACAGUGACAUAAAUGUGUUGGGAGGCAAGACGGGCAGUUUUCUAAACAAAAGACACCACAGGUCAAAAAAGGUUAAUGAGAUAAAGUAUAUGAUUGAUGCUUUUCAGCCAGGUACAUUAUCACCUUUAUUAAUAUUGAUAUCUGAUCUCAGUAAAAAAAUGAAUAUCAGAUUUUAUCAGCCUGCAUCUAAAAUCUCCGAUAGCAGCGCUUGGAUACAAGCAGUCCAUUCCAGACUCUACUCCAGCACCUCUAUCUAUGCAGAGCCUACUCGAUCACAGUAACAGUGUGUACUAAGGUACUAACAAAGUAGCAAAGAGUAAAGAGUAAUGUCGGCAUGUGGCAGUAUUUUUUGUUUCAGUCCGAAAAAGACAUUGCUGCUGAGUGAAAAACUCGUCGUGCAGGUAUCCUUUUCAUAUUAAUAUCGGAUCAAGAUCGGUAUCGGACAAUACUGAAGGCUACAAUAUCGGUAUCGGAAGUAAAAAAAAUUGUAUUGGGACACCCCUGUUUCUUAUGAUUGCAUGUAGCAACCUGCAUACAAGAGGUUAGCCUGGCCAAUAUUUGCUUCUUUUCAUUUUUCACUGAUAUCACUCCUUUCAGUUUACCACUGAUGCAGGACACCGGAACCCCAAAUAUAAUUUGAAAUGGAUUGACAUCAUUUUUAUAGUAUAUAGCAUCAUGCUACAAGUGCAUCAAUGGUAUGCAACCAUAAAUUAUUAAAAAAUUAGGAAUGCACUUUUCAUCUGCUUACUUGAGCAACCAAGCACCCAACCAUGCCGUCCUCUUAGCAGGCCAAUUAUGUGACUGCUCAGAGUCAAUGGUGCUCCUGAGCGCUUCUCUUCAUCAAGGUCAAGCUGAUUGGCCCAGGUUAAUGGGCAGAUGGGGGGCUAAGAGAGGAGGGGGUCAAGCACCGAGAGGUACCCUCUACCUCAUCUCUAAACUGUCCCUCUUCACUACAAGAGCUCCUUUCACCAGCAGUGCUUCUACAAACAGGAUUAACCUUGGCUGAGGCUGGGGUAGCCCCCAAUAGCACAGAGGUUGUUCCUCCACUUGCAAAAUGACAAUCUUCUUCAAGAUCCGUGUUUAGAUUUGUAUUUUCUAGUGACGUUUACAUUUAUGUUCCUUGAAGUCUCCUCAAAACAACUUUUCCCACCAUCGCACACAUGAAAGACUGUGAAGAGUAUUUGGAAAGGUUUGUGUGUUUGGUGUGUGUGGGUAUAUAAAUGCAUCCGUGUGUACUCAGUAAAGCUUUAAAAAUACUGAGAUAUGGUGAUGUUUUCUCUCGGGAUUAUGCAGAUUUAUAGUAUAAACUAAGAUUAAGCAAAAGUGUGAUUUUUGAUGAUGGUGCAAAUUGUGAAGUUGAUGAGGGCUCAUCUCACCAUUCCAACCUGAUCUACCCUCAUUUUCUAUGCUAUCCCACAUUUCUGCCUCCAAGAAUACAGGGCUCCUCUUUUUGGAGUUUUUCCUUUUUUUGCCCCUUUCUUUAUAUUAACCUCCCGACAGCCCUGCUCUGUUGUAGCCUUGUUUUUGGAUGUUCAAAGCUUUGGAUAUGCUUGUCAUCUUGAUUUCACAUUCCUCAUUUUCAUAACACUUUCCUCUGAAGACGUGACAUAUAUGAUCUUGUAUAUUGCAUCAGUUCCUAUCAUGUACAAGGGAUACCCUCUGUGAGAGUGCUCUAUGGAUUUCUGACAAAUUAUUUACAGAUGGCAAUCUUGGGCUUCACAAAUUAAUUUUGCCUCCUUUUCUAGCAUCCUCACUGGGGUGAAAAUAAUAAAAAGAAGUCAAAAUAAUAAAAGCAUUAAUGUCACUAUGGGUCUUUUUAGGACCCCUGCGAAUGUAGACUUUCACACUGUGCCCGAACGAAUCAACAAAUCAAGCAUAUUCUGUACGUGUGAGUGUUUGUCUAUUUUGUCCCCUUCAUUUAUGCAAUUACAACACAAGGUAAAAAACACAUCUUAAUUAAAUGUCCUUCUUUUGACCGGUUGCCCUGUCCCCGUUGCCACAAAACAACCCAUACUGUGUAAUAGUGCAAGAAAUACAAACCACUGUUAAGGGUUUAUUGAGUUCGUUGUAGUGUUGACUCCAGACCGAGAGUCAUAGUCUCAAAUCUGUCAUAUCAGAGUCUGAUUCCUGUGUCAAGUCUCGUCCAAGGCGAAUUCCCCUUGAGUCAAGUCCCGAUAAUUAAUAGUUUAAUUUGCUAUAAACAAGGUGUCUUUUUCACCUCAAAUUAUUGAUUGUUUGAACUUUACAGUGGGGGAACUUCAAAUUAGUAAAAAACAAUCCUUUCUAGUAAUAUCAGAUUCUAACAAAUCCAGUUAAGAUUUAAAUUAUCAGUGCGGUGUCGGGGCUGUGUCUUUGUGUAUAUGAAUAUAAUUUAUCAUCUUCUGAGGGCAGCUUGUCUUUUUAAUUUUUACUAACAUUUUAGGAAAGUGUAGAGGAAUUUUGGAUCCUGAACUGAUCAGAAAUUUGACCAAGAAAACAUCUUGCACCCAGUGGUUGAGUCUCUUAAGAGGCUAAUGUUGUUAAUUUGGAUUUCAUAUUUUGGUGACUUCUCUUUGAACUGUUGGACGUUGAAUUGAGAGGUAAGAGGAAAUUCAUAUGAAGUCUGAUUUCAUUAUCUCAGCUAAAGACGGACUCAGAAAGGUUUUUUUUUUAUUUUCAUUUCUCUUCAGUCCCGCAGUUUUCUUAUUUUUUCUUGUUUCUCAAGAAUAAGAAGCACAUAUAUGACGACAUUUUUGAAGUGUCAAGAUUUCUUGGUGAUUGUUCCAUGCUUUUCGUUUGAUUGACAGUUAGUUAUAGCUGUUCUUUAAUACAUUUUUGAAAGUUCACAGACAAUAUGAGGGAAACUCUUGGCACCUGUUCAGCUGACUUAUUUUGAAACUAAAUACUUUUGCUGAGUGAGAAAGGACAUUGACUUGUUUUUGCCUGUGGUGAGAAGAAAUGAAAAAGAAACCCAUAAGCGUCUCUUAGUAAAGGAGUAUUGACUGAGGCCAUGAUUGUCCCAUUUGGCAGUGUGUGUGUUAGAGAGAUGCUGAGUGUGUGCCAGAGGCCACUGGUGGCGUGAGGCCUUUUGUCCGCGGGAGGAUUGAGGAGCACAAAGAUAGAGGCCGGAUGGUAUGGAUGCUGCUCUCCAGAGAGUUACAGUUCAGAGGUCAGUUUAGGCUCUUUUGAGGAACUGUGUGCCUGUGGGUAGAGGGUGUUGGUGUGUGUUAUGGGUGUGUGUGUUGUAUCUAUUUAUGCACAAACGCCUGUGUGUAAGCAUGCUACGUGUCUAGAUUGUGGGUGGGGUUCCGCAAGGCUCAAAAUGGAUCCCAGUGGACUGGCGUUUUCAGGACAGGUCCCUGUGGAUGGUGAAGAAGGGAGGGAGAUGAUGAUGAUGAGGGUUGGUGGCGGUUGGCGGAUUGGGUCCAGCAGGGAUGGGGCAGCCUGCUAAUGAAGAGCCAUCUGAGGCCUCCAUUCACCUUGAACAUGGGCCACUGCAGCUGCCCUGACCUUGGCUUUGAUCCAUAAAGAUGCUUGACCCCCACCAUUCCCCAAGAGUUACCCCUCCUGCCAUCUGGCCAGCAGGCAUGCAUAUGUAUACAUAUGUGCACACACACAUACACACACACACACACACAAAUACAUAUGCAUGUACACACAGGCUGACCCAUAUGCACAUGCACAUAUGCUGUUUAAUUCAGUUCCAUGCUAUGUUUGUUUAGCCACAAGCAGCAUAUAUUUUAGGGCAAGUUAGCUGCAUUUUGUAUGUUAGUGCAUUAUUGACCUGUAUGUCGAUGAUGCAUGUGUUUUUAUGUAAUUAGAAAAAAAACACCGCAUACAUACCCUUCGACAGACUGUUAUUCAUGAAAAUAUAUUCCUACAAAUUUAGAAAUAUUGAAGUUAUUACCUGUACCCUCUCUUACCACAGACUCCAUGUUUCCAGCUACCUAAAGUUAUUUUUACAUCAGCUUGGACCUAGAUUUAUUUUCUAACCACAAUUCCAGUGUUUGCCACGCUCCAUAGACAUUACAUUGCUUUGACUCCCUUCUCUCUAAUAAGAAUGCAGCAGCUUGGAACAUGGGGGGUUCCAUGGAAAUUCCCAAAGUGGCGCAACACACUCGCCCCUCACACUGGCUUGUCUUGCUUGUCCGCCCAGUUUAGCUGUAAAUGACAGUUAUGUCACGGGUGACUUAAGUUCCUGUCCAUCUGUGGAAAUGCAGACCUGGCUACAUUUUUCUUUCCAGUUUCCACUCGCUGGCUCUGUGACUAUUUUUUUUUUUAGCCUUAAAAUAAAGUGAUGUUUUAUGCAGUACAAUGAGGGGGUUUAUCAGAAAGGUUUUGUAGCCUAUCACAUUUUGGAUUUUGUCCAUAAAAGUAAAAGCUUGACUCAAAACUCAAAGCUUUGCCAGACAGUCAUCAUCGGCAGAAGCCACAGCUUAUUUAUCCCCAAAAGUAGGUCAGAGUCGGCAGGUUUGGUGUCCAUGACACGGACAUGGUCUUUGCGUCACUGAUGUGGACGUGUCCCUUGAUUAAGUUACUGCAUGGAGGCAGCAGCAUCUGUGCAUAUGCAGGGGAACAAGCUGUGCCCAUGGCUUAGUAAUUAGAGACAAGCAGAAAGAUGAGGGAGUGUGUGAGAGGGAGAGAAUACAAGAUUACCCCUCACUGUGCAUCAGGUCUGAUCUCUGCAGCAAUUUUUUUACCCACAGAUAACAUCGUACAUUUACUUAAGUGAGCUGAUUAUGGCUCUUGCUUUCACUCAUCUCCAAAAUACCUUAUAUUAGUCCGCCUCCCACGCUGCCUGUCUUUCUCCCUUGCAGGCUGUCAUAUAGUUUUUGCUUCCUCUCAGUAAUCCCACACUAUCUGCCUUUAUUUCAUUUUUUGAAAAGAAAAAAAAAAUCACCCACUUUAAUCCAUUUGUCUUACUUGGAUAGAGGGCAGUGGAAGAAAGUAGUGAAGGAGAGGCGUGUGUCAGAGUCAGAGAGAGCGUCUGCUCCAGCUGGAGUCAAUAUUUGCUUUAGGAAUCUCAAUAACAGGCCUCCAGUCAUCUGCAUCUCUGAUAAUGGACAGCCAUAUGGCUCUGUUGACCCACGCUGUGCCGAGGUUCUCUUUCUCUCUCCUUCUCCUUCUUUGUCUUUCAUUUGCCAGCUUCCUUUAGACUUCUUUCAUUUACUUUCAUUAAGUCCUCCCUUCUACUGUACUUUGUCUUCCACCUAUUACCUAUUUGGGCACAUUUUGUUCUUUUGCAAACAUCUCUCAUCAUUGUCUGUCAACCAUAAAAGCCUGGAUAUGACCCACCACACAGAGCUGUGACCCAAGUUACCAUGGCAGCAGAGACUAGGAUGCCCACUCUUUGUCCAAUACUGUUUCCAGCAAGUGACAGAAAUAGUGACGUUGCAUGUCUGGUUAUGAUGGAGGACAGAUGAAGAUAUGUGAAGCUGAAGAGAGAAGUGCUGAUACUUGCCCUAAGUCUUGCUGUUGUAUGUCAUAUAAAUAUACGUUUUUACUCUAUAGUGACAGUUUUUUAACUCACAGGUAGUCAGAUCUGCGAUUUCUAUUUUCCAGCUCAAGAUAGCAGGCCUGUUCUGGCCGUGGCUAAAUAAUAAUGCCUUUUUUUUUUUUUGCUAUUUUGAACAACAUUCAAUAGUUUGCUUAGUCUGACCUGUAGUGAAAAGAAAUUUGCCACCAUUACAGAAGUAACACUCCUGCUUCCUUUGUCUUAUUAUGCCCUUUGUCCAUCUCUGACCAUCCCUGUGAGCAGCUUGGCCAUGGUACCCCCUGGAGCUUCCCGGCUCAGGUGCCCGUCACCCCAGCUUUGCCACGGUUCCCUCAUAGCCAUUGGUCAUGGCUGCCUUGGCCCCCACUGUGGCGGCAUGUGCCCACAGCAGGCCCCCUGCCCAGUCACUGUCUUGUCCUAUCUAUCUAACCCAGACCGGAGCCUCCCAGUCCAGUCCACCCUAUCUCAGCUCAUCCUGGUUCAGCCUUGGCAUCAGCAACAGACCAGUGCCACUCCACCCUGGCAGUCAUAAUGAGACGAGGGGGAGGGAGGGGCUCUGUGCUGAGAGACCAGAGUUGUCUGUGUGGGAGCGACAAUACUUGUUUGUUAAGCAAUUUGUUGGGUGUUGUCUAUGAGGGAAAACAACGGAUGGUGAUUUGAAAAAUUAGCCUCAUUGUCAAACAUACACAUGUGUUGAAUAUCAAAGGAACUUUCCACCAUUAUGCCUCCACAUGGACCUUUUUACUCCACCAGUGUCCUGCAUCACAUUUCCUCCAGCACUUGUCUCCAUUCCAUAGCAUGCUCUGCACAAUAUACUUCUGAUAAUGUUAUGAUAAUAGCCAUCAGAAUGUUUUCCACCAUCAGCACCCAACAGCCAUUCUGCAGAUUGAUUUAUUUAUUUAUUAACAUGAGCUGUCCCAUUUCAAAUCCAGCUAUCCAUCCUGCAUGCUGGCUGCCCAGGCUCCAGUUGCUGCUUGUCACUCUGAAUUUCAAAUGGCUCCAAUUUUCCCCCUGAUGGCACGGAGAAGUGGCAGGCAGCACAUCGGGGAGGGUGGUCCUAGACAUGCUGCCUGCAGCAGGGGUUCUAUUAGAGAGAAGAGAGGGCUGAGAGGGGGGACAGGAGAGGUUUGGAGCAUCACGCCAGUAGUCAUGUAUUCUUUCUUUCUUUUUUAUGAUUAUUUUGGAGACUGCUUUCUCAUUUGGGGAUGUGUGGCAUGGCUGAUUGUUCCAUCUCUGCCUUUGGCUGGGCUGCUGAUGGUUGAACUGCCUUGCCUGCCAGAGCUGUCUCCCACUCUCAGCUCACUCUCACCAUACGUUGUACAGCUCUGGAAAAAUGUGAUUUUUAACUGUUGCUUCCAUUUGGUCCCUUGCUGACUAAGCGUACCAUCUUGUGAUCGAAUCACUCGUGGAAGCUUACCAAUUGUGAAAUCUUUCCUCUUCUAUGCCAUGUUUUGUUCCUUAAUGAGAGCUUUCCAGCUAUGAAGAGCGAGCUCUCUACUUGGAGGCCAUUGUUCAAAACCACAGAGAGGUCAUGACCUUUGAAGACUUCGCCUCACAGGUCUUCUCCCCUUCUCCUGGCUAUUCAAUGAGUGGAGCAGGUGAGAAAUGAAUCAAACUGCAGCUCUGUCCUCCUGCCUUCCUUCCUUCCAUCAUAUCUCUUUUUCCCCAUUUCUUUCCCUCAAACCUCUGUUGCUUCAUCAUAAAAGAUCCUCCUUUCCCUCUUUGUCAUUUCUUCUCACACCUGUUUGCCUUGUCUCCCCCUCAUCCUGUCCACUCUUCCUCCACGCCUACGUUCACUGAUGAAUAUCAAACGAUGGGCCCGGCUCUUCUCCCAACGACUUCAAACACACUGUUUUCUCCACUUCCUCAAGCCCCACUCACCUUACUUUGUUCAUCUCUUCUUGUUUCAAACUGCAUCUUUCCAUGCAAUUACUCCUCCAUGAAUAUAAGCAGCCUUGUUAAAUGGUGGUUGCAGAGUGCAUUUACGUCCAUGUUUGUGCACAUGCGCUUGGCUCUAUGAGCUCAUUCACAAACACUUAAAAGACCCAACCAACAAACAGCAGUACACAGAUGUCAGCACAGCACUCUUAUCAGCCCGUGAUGAAUAGAAUGGAAAACGUGUCUUAUCUUGUUCUUCCUACUUGUAGUAGCUCUGAUCGAUCUGCAACAGCACUGAAAUCAAUACAGAAUUGCACUUUUCCACUCUAUUGGAUCUCGACAGACAUUCUGUUUUGACAAGGGAAGCACUCCACAAAAUCACACCAUCCUGUGAUUUUCAAAUCUGUCAGUGCGUUUAUAUUUUAAGGGGCCUUUACAGCGUAUCUAAUAUUUUCAUCCGGUAUGAUGGCAUGUGCAAAUUAAAUGUCUGAAUUUCCUCGACUGUGUGUUUGUGUGUGCGUAGACUGCCAGACAGCAGGAGAGAUAAGCGAUUAAAGGCAGGCAAGAGAUAGUCGGACACAUUACCAUCUCUUCAGUUGGCCCAUCUCUUCUGCACAGGUGUAAAAUCUCCCCAGACCGAUAUCUAGUCACCUCCUCUUAUCCUCAGCACCAAACCUGCCUAAAGACAACCACUGAGGAAAGAAAUAGACGGAGGAGCAGGUGGAAUGAAGAAGAAGAAGAAAACUUAGCCCAUUUUGUCAGCCAUGAUUUGAACAGGCUUGAGGAUUGUGAUUCACAUGAUCAGACGUGUGCUGUUGCUAAUAUGACAUCUGUAAGGCUGUUCUGUCACCCACACCUCUGCAGAAACUUGUCUUGAUGCCUGCAAAUCAAUCAGCUGAUUAAUAUAAGCUUGUGUAUCUAUUUGUUUGUGUAUCUUAAAAAGGGGGGACAUUUCAUAGCUCACUGAAACAAUCUCUGUAAAAUAUUCAAACCAAGGGCAAAAUCCUAUUUCCAUGUUUUAGAGCUGUACAGUUGUGCUCUUUGUUGCAACUGGUUUUAGAAAAUCAUGAUAUUUAUGUUAUAUUGUGGUGCUUUUGGAGCUCAGAGGUUAAAUUGUGCAGCUCAAUCAGAGAGGCUAAGGUUCUUGGAGUGUCCUCCCCGGUUCAAAGCCCAAAUCAAUCAUAAAAACAUAUUGUUGUGCAGAUGGAAUUUUGGGUUUGACUUUUUCUUAUCCAGUACAAUCCUUCCAAACCUUGCAGCACCAACAAAAAUAUACAGUUCAAGUAUUCUGUACGUGUGUGAAUCUUGUGCUUUUUAAACUACAAGCAUGGUAUAUUUGCAGCACAAGGGCGCAUAUUCAAUGUGCCUUUUAGACUCUGUUUACACAUGACCAGCUAUUUUCAUAAACGGACAUUUCACCCUCUUCAUUUACAAAAAUAACUGCGUGCGCUUUACUACAUUUUUAGAAAAGUUUGCGUUAACACAAACCCGUGGAUGAAACAGGGAAAUCCACGCCCCCAACCCAUUUGAUUGGUUCCUGCAGCAUCUCUUCUUCGCUCGCCUGUUGUUUUUCAUCCUCUGAUAUGAUAAGGGGAGAGUUAUAAGCUAAAGUAGGGGUUAGGGUGAGGUUAGUAAAGGUUAGGGUUGGGUUAAGGGUUAGUGGCGGCGAUGUGACUGCAGUGAAAUUUAAAAACAGGAGGGGGGCGCAUAUGAGGUAGAAGUGAGAGACUGUGUAGGAGCCAAUCAAAUGGGUUGGGGGUGUGAAUUUCCCUCCCUUGCUGUCAAGAGCAUAUCAAACAUGUGGGUGGCAGUGUAGCGAAAAGCCCAAGCCUACGUUAGCCAAUCAGAAUCCUGCAGAGCAAUAACAACAACUGCCAUCAACCUCCCAAAUCUCCAUUUUUCUCUGUUAUCAUUCAAACGUGCAAACAGAGUUUUCCAAAAUCUCCAUUUUGGCCAGAGUUUUUAAAAAGCUUUAUUUUCAGUGACAAAUUCUCUGUUUGCGUCUAAACAAAGAGUGCAAAUGAUGGAUAGUGUCUCAGUUCUUAAAAAUAAACAGGGCCUUAAAAUGCAUCUUUGUAUAAUAUGUCUGUCAUCCGUUUUCUUCUGUGAUCCGUUAAGUACAAACAGUAGUCUGAGAGCAGUGAUCACUAGCUAACACUGCUCCUCAUUCCCACUUUUCUGCAAUGUGCUCCUUCACUUUCAUGCCGUACAUGCGUGUGAGUGUGUGCUUGCGUAAGGUAAGUGGGGUUGUUUUAGGGGUGGGAGGUUGUAUGUGAGAUCAUCCAUCCACACGUCUGCCCUUUUCAUCCUGCUCUGGCCCCCAUUGCUGCCACUAACAUGUCAUUCAUGCUUCAUGACAGCGUGCAGGCGUUGGCCAGGGAUGGUUUGGGACAUGGAGUACCCCUGGGCCAAACUGGACUGUAAGACUCUGCCUGCUUCCUCCACACUAGGCAUGAUGCCCCGCCACAGGCCACUAACAUUUCCAUUUAUUUGUUAAAAAAGCUCUGGGUUACACCUCAUGUAGACAUUUCAUCUAUUCAUAGUAGAUGUUUAAUUUAAAAACACAUUCUGCAUGCAGUUAUUUUCAAUGUAGUGCUCAAUGUAGAGUAAGGUACCGGACCUUAAACUCUACACCUUUAAACUUUUCAGUUUUAUCCACAACCUUUUACUCUGUGAUCCUGAAUGAAAUCUCAUCCAGUCCAGUCGGUCUUAUGCCUGCCUUCAUGAGCUCGUCCAUCUGUCAUACCUCCUCCAUCCACAAUGCUCUGCCAUGUCUGUUCCACCUACACUCCUUUUUUUCCUUAUCUUGUGUUCAUCUUCCAAACUUUUCAAAAUGAGUUACUGGACACAUGAAAGCAACACUUCUCUCUCAGGAUAAAACAACCAAAAAGCUCCCAUGACCCUCUCCACUCUAACCUUAACCCUCUUUUCCAGUAACACCGGUGGUAAAUGUUACUCAGCCUGCUGUUGCUAUGUGAACUGCCCACCUCACACACUUUUGGGUUUCGAAAGAGUCUUACUUUUGAGAUCUGUGAAAUGGGCAGAUUUCAUCUUCAGAAAAGGUUCGACUUGAUGAUUAACUCACCCCCCAAAUCAGUUAACUUUGUCUGAUUUUGAAACCCUCCAGUCACAACUAACCUGGAUACCACACAAGCUGUUUGAAAAUCUCUCCGACCCUCAAUUCACAGACUUUUCAUCAGCCUUGUGUUGUGUUUUGCUGCAGUGAGUGUGGUAUAGUGUGUGCUACUCUCUUAAAUGAUGCUCUAUUGUGUUUCCCUUUUAGAUUAAAAAUUUCUUAAAGGUCCAAAUACUGUUUGUGGUGAAGGUAAGCCCCGAGUCAGACCAGAAGCUUGUUUCCGUCCAGCGGACUGCCUACCCUUCACUCAUUCACUCAUCCUGGCUGUUUUCCCCCACCUCUCCUUUUUCAUACAGCACUAACCUUGCUUUAUUUACUGAGUGCUCUGACAAAGAGAAGGGGACAGAGAAGCCAGGCUGUUUAUUUGGGGGUGUCCUACUGUUGAAGCCAGGAUGGUAAUUGAAAGUGAUGCACUGUGGGGACAAUUAGCACCUGACUAAGUAGCAGCAUGAACAAUACGGCUACACUUCUGGCCCUCGCUUCUGCAUGUGGUGCGCCUUUAUCUUUUCCCUCAGCAAGCACUUUUCUCCUUCCUUUCUUUGCUUUUUUCCCCCCAAAUCCCUCUACCCCUCUCAUUUCCUCCUGUUGGAGUGUGCCUGUUUGCCUGGGGCAGACUCUGAGACUAACACCUGCCGCACUGGAAGACGUCUUUGUCAUCCUAAGCCUUGUUUGAACUGCUGCGGAGGGGGCCAAUGGAAUGGCAGGGCCAUUUAAAGAGUCUUUGUUUUCUUUCUCUCAGUCUCUACCUUCCACCUUCCAUCUUAAAUUAACCUCAGCACACAGUGGUGUGGGCUGAGUAAGGAAAUGCAUUGGAAUAUUGAUGAUCACAACAACACAUUGGCUUCCUCAUAUUUUCAGAGUAUGACUCACAAUAAAAAAUGUUUGUAUGAAGCCAUAGAGGGGAAAACAUUAUAAACCAAUGCAACCGCAGACAUUAGAGCUGCAGUGCUGACUGUUGAGUGCAGCAUGUUUUAAUGGCUGAUAAACAAAAAGUGAAGCCUGUUGAGUUAGUGGGGAAUCAUAUUACACGAUUGACACUAUUUGUUUUUGGAGCACACGCAGCUUGAGUGUAUCAAACAAAGAAUUAAGAAGACAACAGCUCUACUGUAGGAAUGAGGAAUAAGGGAAUGUGGAUUUCUUCCAUCUUUAAGGCCAGCCUGUAUUUCAGCGUAGCCCUUCCCUUGUCUAUAUUCACAUGCAGAUUUGAGCAAGCAUGUUCAGACCCUCCCUCCCCUUCCCCUCAUACCCUCCACAAUGCACGCACCCAAUGUGUCAUGUACAGCCCAGCCCUCCUCUCCCAGUGAGCUGCGACCCUGGAUGCUGCCUGUGUCCACUGUGCUGCUGAGUGUCUGUUACUCCAGCCAUCUGCCAUUCCUUUUAGCCGCUGCAACUUGAGAUGCUUCAGAAAAAAAUGGCAGGAAAUAAAAGGAUAGGAAAGAAAAUAGGCAACCAGAUGCCACCUCGACAAAGCAGAAAAGUUGUUUAAACUCAGGGCAUUGGGUGGGGGGAUUCGGGGGUGGAGGGGCAUCAGUGGCAAACUGAGGAAGUCAGAGCCAGUUUCACAAUACUUCAUUGUCCUCGCCAGCAUUUGAUGCCCACCCCCAGCUUAUUACUAUUUGCCAUCCCGCAAUCAUGGAUGUGAAGUUUUUUCUGAGAAAGCACGAUGUUUGAAAAUGGGAACACUCCACAUGUUCACAACAAGAGCAUAAUGUGUAAUUUUAUUUUCAUUCAAAGCAUUCUGCUGUCAUACAGCGAACCGAAUACUUUUUUUCUGCCCUUCGUUACAAAGGUUACCUCUCAUUUUUACGUCCUAUAAGCAUCUGGAAAACUGUGGAGAGGGGAAGGGGUUUCUCCUUUAACAAGCUCUGCUUUUCUGCAGCAUGUGAAUAAGGCAUGUCAGAAACAUAUGGGAUGCUGUCUCACGUUUUUAUUCUGGUUACUUGAGUAGAACAAAUGCAGAUACUAACACUUUUUUUACAGUUUGCAUUUGUGAAUUUGUGAAUGAUGGUGAAAUUCCCUUGAACUGGGCAAUCUUGAUUUUGGGAAACGCAUAUGCAUGACAAAGCAUGAUGGGAUAAAGCGGCAAUCAGAUCAAGACCAAUGUGCCCCAAUCACAUCUGACCGGCUCUGUCCCUCUUUGUGUUUUUUUUCUUUGAGUUUCAAUCUACAGACUCUCUCUCUCUCCAUUUCUUUCCUAGGCUCUUUCACUGGCAGUGUGGGCACCGAAGCUGGAAACUCCGCAGGAACGACAGACUCUGUUGACCAAGUGUCUCCCACAAUGCCCCGGGCCACAAAGAACAGAGUUUCAGGAAAACUCCGUCGCUCAGCCAGCGCUAUAAGCAAAUCCUCCAACUGAGCUUUUGAACCCGUACCCCCUUUUCCCCCAAAAUGCAGCCUUUAAUCUUUUUCUUGAAGAACCUCACACACCCAGCCGUGACUGCAAUAGUUCUUUUUCUUUGUCUCUUUGUUUGUUUGCCGUGUCUCGUUUGUCUUUGUUUGAUUUUGUGUCAUAUUAACAUAACUGGAGCAUAUUGCAAUUUUUAAUUGAAGUGGCAAUCGUUGAUUUUGUUGAUACAUUUCCAUUUGUUGUGCUUGACUACUUAACCAAGAUGAGCACGUGACUAAGCUAUUUAUGUUCAUCUUGAUGGUUUCAGCUUAAGAAUCAGCAGCAUAGGAAGAUUUGACUUGGGAGUCUAAAAGCAAAUGUCAGUUUUCUGCUCAUUUGUAGUGCAGACUUGAUACACUAGAGAGGGAUGUUCUAAUUAAAGUGAGGGAAGGGGACUCUGCUUGACCCUAUUUCUAUAUUGCAUCUGUCUCAACACUUAAUAUGAGGAAGCACUGAAUGACACCUCUGUGAAUGGCAUCAUGCAAAAGCUGCACAUGAGAUUGGUAACCAUUAUAAAUGUGUCUGCCUUUUUACCUCUCUCUGCACCGGCCACAACCUUUCCGUGUCAAAGAUACCACUCAGUCUGCAACAGGAUGAUGAAGUCCUGCUCAGUAGCACCCAGUCGGGACCAUGUUUGUGGACCAUCUGCCUUCAGUGAAGAGGAGAUGAAACAAAUGCAUGGGGAAUACCUCCCCAGAAUGAUUUUACUUACUGCACUACCACACAGACUUCCUGUGUAUCGAGUCCCUGUAGUACGUGCAGCCAGAGUCUUUUAAUUGUUUUGAACCGAGAGUGGACAAUCAAUGAUGUCUAUCUGACUUUUCUUUUUUUUUAUUUCUAGUUUUUCUUUUUAAAUGAAUUCCGAUAGAUUGUGUCAUGACUUGAUUUAUGCAACCCUGCUGGAAUGAGAAAAAACUGCGUUUGUAAUUGUUUGCUGAUGUCGUUAACGUGGGCUCAUGUCCGGUAAUUGAAUAAGUUUCUUCUGUCUCUUUCCUCUGCGAUCAGUUUACCUGUCCUGUAGAGCUAAUGCAUCGACAUUCCAACGUUUCUGACCGACGGUUUUGCACUCACUGUCAUUGAUUAACUUUACAUUGAAUGUUUCUCUUUUUUUUCUUGGUUGUAAACUGCUUUAAGUUUUAUUUGACCGAUUUAUUUUGAUGUAUGUAGAAAGGACUAUUUCAUGAACUAUUUCCGCUGUUUUAUUGUUUUAUGUAUACAUGUGCUAUUUAGAGGAAAAAUACCGCCAGAGCCUCAGGUGAAUCUUAACUUCAUGCACUGGUGUGUAUGAGUGUGUGUAUGUGUGUGCGUGCGUGCGUGCGUGCGUGAGUGUGCUUGUAUGUGUGAGUUCCCUAUGGAGUGUCUCUCUCACAGUGCCUGUGUAAUGUCUGUCCUUUUGAGAUGCUGUCCUACACCACCUCUGCGCCUCAUAAUCCGAUUUAAGUUUAUCUGUAUUGUCUCAGAAUAACCAUGGCCACUCUACAUCACAUCUUUAGAGAUCCAGAACAGAGGGUUUGACUCCUCUGCGUCUCUGAAGGUCUGUCUUGUGUUUCUCAAAACAAAAAAACAACCACAGAUGGAUUCACCAACCAUUCAGUCUUUAUUGGAGGUGAUGUGAUGCCCUGUAUUUAUCUGUGAAUGAAAUCAAUUGGCACCAACUCCUCCCUUUUCCAGUGAUCUCUCUUUUCCCAUGUUGGCUCCUGAGGCCUGGAGAAGUGUUGGUGGGUUGGAUCGUGGAGGCAAAGAGAUGAACACUAUCCCAGCAACAACCUUCUCCAGCCUGCCUGUGCAGGUUGUCAUGGUGGCCAGGUGUUCCUCACACACUUAAACACACCCUCUGAGGGCUCCACCCAAGCUGCAACACUAUCCCCAUCUGUUGCACUACUAUGCCUUACUUUCCUCAUGCUCUCCUGACACCUCAGCUCUCAUCUCGCCUUUUUUUUUUCUUCUUCUGCCCCCGAGAGAAAAGAGGGAAUCCAAACGGUGGGAGGAUUGACAGAUCCCUUUUUUGUUCUGCUUUUUGUAUAUUUGAAGAAUGUAUAGAUGUAGUAUGAACCUUGAUCACAUCUCAGUUUUUUUUAUUUUCCCCAAAGCCACUUGAAGGAACCUCCCAGGAUGCUGAUCUAAAGAUUGUAGGACAUAGAUGAUGUCUGUCAAGGGGUCUGCCGUGCUCCCCCUUUUGUGGCUCAGUCGCUGAAGAUGUUAGUUUGGACCAAGAUAAAGAUUUUGCGUCUUAUUCAUGUGAAGAAAAAUGAGCUGGUGUUAGUUCUAGUGUGUUUUUUCUCCUCUCAUUUUAGAAAUCCUUGUACAUUGUGUCAAAUUUGAGGGCUUCAGCACCCUCUGAAUAUAAAUAUAUUAAAUAACGCCUGUAAUAUAAUCUUUGUAUAAGAGGAAGAGGAAAAAAAGCUUGAAGAUUUCAUCCUUACUUGUCAACAUAUCAAAUUGUUUUUAAUGACCGAAGUCCUACUAUCUUUAUUAGAAAUGUGAAAAUUUGAACAUUUCAUUAAAUCAAUUUGAAAUUCUA